CUCUAUGGUAGCGGAAGUGACGCAGUGUGCAUGGGCUCCGAUCUCCAACGCUGAAGGUAGUAUCGCCUGAUAUUGUAUUAAACAGCAGUGAUAGCAUUGUUACCAUUCCACCGUAUAUCGGGCAGCGUUACACACCGGGGGCUCUGUAAUAGGUGGGAGGGCGAGGGGCUUACCUAGCUGAGCCUAACGGAGGCCUUAUGUCUGCAGCAGCCGGAGUGCCCGGGUAGCCAUGGCUGCUGUAUUGUGAGACAGUCCGGGAUCAAACUCCCUUAUAGCUUUAUAAUGAGGGAGCUGGAUUAUUAUUGUUACAGGGUACAGAGAGCUGGAUUAUUAAUGUCACAGGGUAAGGUCAGAGAGCUGGAUUAUUAAUGUCACAGGGUACAGAGAGCUGGAUUAUUAAUGUCACAGGCUACAGAGAGCUGGAUUAUUAAGGUCACAUGAUACAGAGAGCUGGAUUAUUAAUGUCACAGGGUACAGAGAGCUGGAUUAUUAAUGUCACAGGGUACAGAGAGCUGUAUUAUUAAUAUCACAGGCUACAGAGAGCUGGAUUAUUAAUGUCAUAGGGUACAGAGAGCUGGAUUAUUAAUGUCACAGGGUACAGAGAGCUGGAUUAUUAAUGUCACAGGGUACAGAGAGCUGGAUUAUUAAUGUCACAGGGUACAGAGAGCUGGAUUAUUAAUGUCACAGGGUACAGAGAGCUGGAUUAUUAAUGUCACAGGGUACAGAGAGCUGGAUUAUUAUUAUUGUUACAGGGUACAGAGAGCUGGAUUAUUAAUGUCACAGGGUACAGAGAGCUGGAUUAUUAAUGUCACAGGGUACAGAGAGCUGGAUUAUUAAUAUCACAGGCUACAGAGAGCUGUAUUAUUAAUGUCAUAGGGUACAGAGAGCUGGAUUAUUAACCCCUUAAGGACACACGACGGAUAUAUUCCGUCAUGAUUCCCUUUUAUUUCAGAAGUUGUGUCCUUAAGGGGUUAAUGUCACAGGGUACAGAGAGCUGGAUUAUUAAUGUCACAGGGUACAGAGAGCUGGAUUAUUAAGGUCACAUGAUACAGAGAGCUGGAUUAUUAAUGUCACAGGGUACAGAGAGCUGGAUUAUUAAUGUCACAGGGUACAGAGAGCUGGAUUAUUAAUAUCACAGGGUACAGAGAGCUGGAUUAUUAAGGUCACAUGUCACAGGGUACAGAGAGCUGGAUUAUUAAUGUCACAGGGUACAGAGAGCUGGAUUAUUAAUGUCACAGGGUACAGAGAGCUGGAUUAUUAAUAUCACAGGCUACAGAGAGCUGGAUUAUUAAGGUCACAUGAUACAGAGAGCUGGAUUAUUAAUGUCACAGGGUACAGAGAGCUGGAUUAUUAAUGUCACAUGGUACAGAGAGCUUGAUUACUAAUAUCACAGGGUUCAGAGAGCUGGAUUAUUAAGGUCACAGGGUACAGAGAGCUGGAUUAUUAAUGUCACAGGGUACAGAGAGCUGGAUUAUUAAGGUUACAGGGUACAGAGAGCUGGAUUAUUAAUGUCACAGGGUACAGAGAGCUGGAUUAUUAAUGUCACAGGGUACAGAGAGCUGGAUUAUUAAGGUCACAGGGUGCGUAGAGCUGGAUUAUUAAUGUCAUAGGGUACAGAGAGCUGGAUUAUUAUUAUUGUUACAGGGUACAGAGAGCUGGAUUAUUAAUGUCACUGGGUACAGAGAGCUGGAUUAUUAAUGUCACAGGGUACAGAGAGCCGGAUUAUUAAGGUCACAGGGUACAGAGAGCUGGAUUAUUAAUGUCACAUGAUACAGAGAGCUGGAUUAUUAAUGUCACAUGAUACAGAGAGCUGGAUUAUUAAUGUCACAGGGUACAGAGAGCUGGAAUAUGAAUGUCACAGGGUACAGAGAGCUGGAUUAUUAAUAUCACAGGGUACAGAGGGAAACUGCUAUGUUUAGAAUAUGGUUAAUGCAGCCUCUAGUGGCUGUCCCUUGCGUGCUUGUCACUGUGAAAAUCACAGUGAGAAGACGCCAGUGUCCAUAGGAAAGCAUUGUAAAUGCGCAUUCAGCCGAUGACGUCGCUAUAGUGUUUUCCUGACACUAUAGUGAUCCUCUAUGUCUAGGAUAGCCUUAUGCCUAUCCCACGCAUGCUUAAACUCCUUUACUGUGUUAACCUCUACCACUUCAGCUGGAAGGCUAUUCCACGCAUGUAAAGUAAUACUUCCUAAUAUUAUUUUUAAACCUGUGCCCCUCUAAUUUAAGACUGCCCUCUUGUUGUGGUAGUUUUUCUUCUUUUAAAUAUAGUCUCCUCCAUUACUGUGUUGAUUCCCUUUAUGUUUUUAAAUGUUUCUAUCAUAUCCCCCCUCUCUCGUCUUUCCUCCAAGAUAUACAUGUUAAGUUCCUUUAACCUUUCCUUGUAAGUUUUAUCCUGCAAUUCAUCAACCAGUUUAGAAGCCCUUCUCUGAACUCUCUCUACAGUAUCAAUAUCCUUUUGGAGAUACGGUCUCCAGUACUGUGUACACUACUCCAAGUGAGGUCUCACUAGUGUUCUGUACAAUGGCAUGAACACUUUCCUCUUUGUAAUGUUAAUACCUAUCCCUAUGCAAACAAGCAUUGUGCUUGCAUUUCCUGCUGCUCUUUUACAUUGUCUGCCUACCUUUUAAGUCAUCAAAAAUAAUCACCCCUAAAUCCCUUUCCUCACAUGUUGAGGUUAGGACUCUAUCAAAUAUUCUGUACUCUGCCCUUGGGUUUUUACAUCCAAGAUGCAUGGUCUUGCACUUAUCCAUAUUAAAUGUCAGCUGAAGUAAGGCUUACUGGCCUAUAGUUGCCCAACUCCUCCCUACUACCUUUCUUGUGAAUGCUCACAACAUUCGCCAACUUCCAAUCUUCUGGGAUUACGCCUGUUAACAAUGAUUGGUUAAAAAAAUCUGUUAAUGGUUUUGCUAGUACACCACUAAGCUAUUUUAAUAACUUUGGGUUGACAGUGGCGCUUUACAUGCAAAAAGUGUCUGCUCUAACUAGUAAUAAGACUACUGAUUAUAGCAUGUGGAUCAACUUUUGGGUGCCAACACCUGGUCAGGUGGUUGAAUUAUUGCUAGAAAUGCUUUGGAAUAUCCUUCUGCUAAAAUUACUUUUGUAACUUUUUGUUUAUUUUUAUCUUUGCAGUACUUCAUCAUGAAUCUGCCACCCAACUUCGCUUUACACGGAAUUCCUGAGCAACUGGUAUGAAAAUUAUUUAAGCUUUUUUCAUAUUUGAUAUAAAUCUAUUUUAUCAACAUGUAAAGUAUUAAGCAAUUAUUUAAUGCAUUAUUUGAAUAUUGUGGAAUACAAUUUAAGUUUUAUAUAAGGAAAAGUAUACACAAGGGUGUCAUUGUUUUGUAGCUUAUUAUUACCCCACUGAAGGCUUACACUGGUGUUAUGAACUAUAGUCUUAUCUGUGUCCUUAGUCUGCGUCAAUAGACCCUAGGUUCAUUUCUCCGUUGACUUUGUAAAUGUAAUUGCAUCUCCACCCUCUACAACCUGAAAAUUAUGUUGCACUUCACACUCAAAUAAUGGACCAGUUGUUCUGAGAUGGUAUGAGUGAAUUGUGGUGCCUCAUCUUUUUCUGCAUUGGUAUUUUAAAUUUCCAAAUAUACGGCCCCGCUGAAGAACACAUUUUAAAUGUUCCAUAACAGAACAGCUUACAAUGUAAAUAUCAUACAGUGUACUUCACUGCUAAUUGUUAGAAAGACAUGCCAUCUUAUCUAUCAUUGGCUUUUGAACUAAGGAAUAUUUAUUUAAAAAAAAAAAAAAAGUAUGUCUAUAUUCUCAUUUAUGUACAACAUGAACAGUGUUGAAUGUUGUGGUUAUAUCUUUAAUUAUACCUCUGUGCACUUUGGUUUUUCAGAUAAGACAAAAUGCUUUGAAUCCAGGUUUUCUGCCCGCAAGCAAUUUCCAAAUUGAGAAACAGCAUUUUACAUGUCCUGUAAGUUUUUUUCCAUCUAAAUUUUAUUUUCCAGAUUUUUUGUUAAAUGGUUAACAGCUUGUGCAUCUGAAUCUGCAUCAAUAUUUAUUAGAGAUUUAGUGAAGUCAUAUUUAAGUCGCAUGUUCUCCCCGAUAACAACUUAAGGGAAAAUUGGAGGCAUCCAGACCACUUCAUGUCAUUGCAGUGGUCUGAGUGCACUGUUCCUAUAUUAUUAACCUGGCAAGUGAAAACAUUAUAGUUUCAGAGAAACUGUAAUGUUCAGCUUGCAGAGUCCAGACUGCCUCUAGUGGCUGUCUACUAGCAAGCCACUAGAGGUGCUUCCUGCUGUUUCACUGAGUUUAAGUCUGUGAAAAAAUGCUGCACAUCCUCAAACUUUGCAUGAGGACAUUCAGCGUCUUCAAAUCCCCCAUGUGAAAGCAUUGAUUCAGUACUUUCCUAUGGGGAAGGCCUAAUGUGCACACGGCACUCGACACUCAAUGCGCGUUAGGUUCCCUCUCAGCAUUGAUGUUGGUGGUGGCGUAGACGGAGAUGAGUACUUAAAGGAGUUUUUUUAUUUUAUUUAUAUUUUAACCCUUAAACUGACAGGUAAGAGGCACUAGUUCAGAUAGGCACUAGUCGUUAGUCCACUGUGCCGAGGUACUAUAGGGACAGAAGUUUUGGUUACUGGGGUAUAGCCCCUCCACCCUCUUCCCUAUUUUUGUGCCUCCUGUUAUACCUGUUUUUUGUAUAUAUGACAAGGAUGUUCUAAAAAAGUGGUUCCGAUACUCCAGCUGAUUUUUUUUGACACCUAAUGUGGUUAUGCUGUGGGACCCAGGGGCGAUUAGACAUCCCAAAUAGCAUUUUGUUUCUCCCUAUAAACUGAUUUUAAUUUUACCUUUAUUUUGUAAUCCUUAGAACCAAUAAAGGUAGGGCCUCCUUUCCAUUCAUUUUGUCGCUCUCCCAUCUAGGACUUUUCCUCAAGGCCGAUGCUUUUUUUUACAUAUUUUACUGAGAGUUAGUCCACUUUCUCUCGGAGACCAACAGUGGACACUUUUUGGAACUAAUCCACCAGCUCCUGUGUAUAUUUUUCUCUGCUGAUUGAGUCAUACCCUUGACUUUUGUCUACUUAUGUUUCAAAUUGUAAAAAAACAAAACAAUGCUACAGUUUUUUACUUUGGUGAAGUUUGACAUAUUUAAUACAUAAUGCUGGUCAGUAUUUGGCAUUCUGUCAUGACAUGUAUUUUCUGAAGUUCCAUAAAUCAAAUAUUGGUGAUGCCUUGAUUCAAAAAAUUAGAAAUGUUGGAAACCUUUCAUUUCUUCUGUGUGUAAUAUUGCCUCAAGCAAAUUAAUCUGUUAUGACCAGAAAUAAUGUAAGAUGGAUUUUUUUUCAUGUUAAAUGAAUGUCUAUUCAAUGUGUAUGAUACAUUUGCCAUGGAAAUUAUUCAUAAAUAUAUUGUUUUUCUCCUCAGGUUUGCUUGUUUACCUGUGAUACAUGUAGUAGACUCCAGGCUCACUUCCAAGAGACUGGACAUAAACCGACCACUGAGGAAGUGCUUGAGAAAGUGCAGGUAUUGUGAUUUUGUUUUUCUACUUUAUUUAAUGUAUUACCUUUCUUAAAUGUUUAUAGAUUUGUAAAAAUAGCUAGUUAUUUUAAAACUGUGUCCAAAAAAUUACCACCUUUCCUCCCUCUAAAAGAAAAAAAAGUGCAAAAAAACAUAAGCAGGUCCUAUUUAUACCACACAUGAUGAUAGAAAACUGGAAAGGUCCUCUGCCCGCUUUUCAUGAAGCACAUAUUUUAAUAAAGGGGAAAAUCUCUAUGCUAGCAGUAAUUUUUUUUUUUUUUUUUUAUUCAUUGUUAUGAUGCUUUGCUGGGAUUUUAUCACUAAACAUUUCUUUUUAUUAUUAUUAUUAUUGUUUGCAUAUGUUUAACAGACAAUAUUUCAAUGCCCCAACAGCACUGGCAAGACAGUUAAUUGGACAACACAUAUUAGCUACAAGGCAUUCGAGUAUACUGAACAUUUUUUUUAAUUUAGUGUAAAUUACAGACUAGGCAGAACAUGUCUAGGUUAACUAUUAAGCGAGAGAAACUAGGCUGUACAAAAUCCUAGGCAUAUUGAUAGAGGUAUGAAAAUAAAAUGAGUAAGACAGGCUAACAAAGUAUGUCUGAUGUGCUGGGUUGACUUAAAACUGAAUUAUAUUCAUAAAUAAUAUGAAAUAAAACAGAAUAACAGUUUGGUUGCACUUCUGCAGCAAAUCAGUUAGAUGGAGACUCCAGGCUAUUAAUGCUUUUGCCUACAAUGGUGCAGCACAUCAGUCCCAGUGAGCACCACAAGUGAGCAUUGUAUUAGAGGGCCUGCAUGGAGACGCUUAGCCGAUGCCUGUGAAUGGCAGACGGGCAACACUGAGACAUGAGUCUACGUAGGCUUGCGAGCCCUUCCUCUGAUGUCCCUGGAUCCGUGCUGGUGCUGGAGCUGCCAUUUUGAGCAGUUAGGAGACCGAGUGUCCCUGAUCGUUGGGCUUUGAGUCGGCCCAGUUCUGUCGCUGGUUCUUGUGGUGAGUGUGGGAGAGUUCAAUAUGAAUCUGUGGACCUGAAAGGGAGCUCUUCCGGGGUGGGUCAUGCCAGGGGUGCGUGGCCCUCCGGCAUGGUGCCAUCUCCUAGAUGGGGGAAGUAUGCAGGCGAGAGGGGGUAGCCCCAGGGUGAGUCUAUGUUAAGGCUGUGGGCGACUCACCAUUGUUCAAAGCUUUCGUCGGGUCUUCCGCCUCCCUCUCCCUGCUAUCCAGGUCACUCUCUGGGCGCGUACCAGUGCUGCUGGCUGUUGAGUAUCUUGGGACUGAUGUCGGUGGAACUUUUUCCGUAGUUCCCCCGCAGUCGGAGAUCUUGGCCUAGAAGUUGGCGAAUAGACGGUCUAGCUGCCCCGACUGUGGGUGCCGACAGGGUGGGGGGAGAGAAAGAGGAACAGGGUGUUCCAGGGAAACCUCCAGUAAAGUAGGCUGCUGGCGGAUGAGGGAUAGGCCGCCUACCCCGUACCCUCUGAGUAGGCCUCAGGUCUAGCCCAGAGCUCGUCUGAAGUGCGCCCGCUCAGCUUGGCUGCCAGGCUUCACCCACCACUAAACAUUUUUGAGCUUUGUUAAUCUUUUAGAUAUUCCUAUUAAAGUCCAUUUAAAUAAACUACAAAUAACCAAAAAUAUUUUUGUUCCUCCAUUGGAAGUUUAAUUUUAUGUCUGCAUUGCAUAUUGUUAUAUGGUGUGGGUGUUUUUUCCUUCUCUCUCUCUCUCUUUUUUUUUUUUUCCCUCAACAUUUGCAGAUGUGAAAUAUCUGGCAGAACAUUCCAGCUGUUCAAGAAAUGAUCUAAUCAGGGGAACACAUCUCUUUGGUUUGUUGCUUGAAGAAUCUUUGGAUCUUCCAAUGAAGCGCGCUAACAAAUAAAGUUAUAAAACAUUGUGACUGCAAAUUGCAGAUAAAAUGUUUCUGUUCAGUUUUUUGUUUUAUACUUUUUGGUUAGUGUCAUGUACAGGUCAGGCACAAAGCUUCAAAUUAUCAGCAAUGCCAUUGAGCUUCAUUUUUUACUAACUGGAUAUUUAAAAAAACAACAACAAAUUAAUGAGAAAAGAAAAUAAAAGCUGAUUGGAAGAACUCUCCAUACCUCACAACUCAACCCAUAUUCGUCCCUCCAAGCAAAGCAAGCCCAUUCACCCUCUCAUACAGAGUAACAUUCCAACAAGGACGACCAAAUGUUUUGAAAAGAUGCAGUGGAUUCUCUAGCCAUUAAACCGGUUCUCUCUUUGCUUACGAAGAAACAAUAGCUACGUGGGAAUUACCUGGUACCGCCACCCCUCUGUCACUGCGCUCUGCUCAGCCAGAGUAUAUCUAGCAAUAAAUUUAGUUUAUAUAAGAGAUGUACUUCUCCAUUCGUUUUGAUUGUAGCUGAUUCCACCGGUUUCGUGCGUAAAACUAAAGAUUGUUUUCAGAGUUCCGUGCUGCUAAUUCUCACAUAUAACUGUUUAACUGGCAAAUCCUAUCUCAUCGGCGUCUUAUAGCACUGCUCUUGCAGGGUUUAGAAAAAUCAAGACUAUCAAUUUUCUUUUUAAACUAUGGCUAAAAAUUCCAGAGUACUGUUCUAGUGUUAUUGAAAUGAAUAUAUCCAGGGGAUCUAUGUACUGAAAUACAGCAGAAUUCCUUCUUUAUAUGUACAGGGGGGGAAAAAAAGCAUACAAAUCUCAUGCUAAGUGGAAGUUCAAUAUUGCGAUCUGUUGAAAGCUGAUCAUGGAAGAUAUGUUGGAUUUGAAACCUUGUACGUGGACAACUGAAGAUAAUGUGCAUUUUAAGUUGUGGCCCAGAAGAUCCUGCUUAACUAUUCCUUUUUAUAAAGCUUUUUCUCUCUUGCAAAUGGAAUCACUCUCCUUAAAUUCUGCAGCUGACAAAUAGGCACCUUUGGUUCUGUUUUCUUUGUCUUUGUAAGAGUAAAAGGCGAAGUUGGGGUUGAUGCCAGGUGAAUUUGCAAAUCCAAAAGUUUUACAGCUUGGCUCUUUUACGGAGCUAUCUAGCCAAGCAAAAGCAUAUUUCACCAUGCCUCCAAAUGCAUCUUGACGAUCGUGUGAACUGCUAGCUAAUUCUCAAAGUUGAUUUGGCAAUGCACUUUAAAAGUAUGGGAAAUACAAGGUUCAAAAGCAUCUGUUGCAUUUAUGCAGCAUAAUCAAAAUUAAUGCAACUUGUCAUUAAUUGACAUAAAAUGGCGGUUAAAUUCCAGUGCUGAGGUAGUCAAGCACUGAUGGUGUUCAUGUGUCUAACAAUUGAGAAAAUGCUGCUUUGAAAUGUAAUGUUUAACAUGUAAACAAGCUUCCAUUCAACAUAAUCUUAAAGUGAUCUGAAAAAUUCAGUGUUCCUCACCAGAUCUUUACACCUCACAUCUGAAACUCAGAAACGGUUAGCUGGAUUCAGACGUUGCAACACUAGUAGUGAGCAUAUCCUUUGGGUUCCAUGAUGCGAUAAUGAAGACAAAACAGAUGAUCAUUUCAUUCUCUUUUUCUGCAUACUGAAGUAUGUUGAAGUCACCAGCCUCGAAGUUAUUGCAUUGAUAUCUUCAUGGGUUUCCGAUGAAAUUAUAAGCACUUUUGCUUAUAGUUUCUUUCUACGGUAAUAGAAUUUACUUACACAUCGGAGAGACAUAAAUUGUAAUCAUCUGAUAUUGUUAAAAAUAUUCAAUGUAGUGUGGUAACAUGUAAGAAUACCUCUUAGGUUUAUGUUUUUAUACACAAUGUCAGUGUAUGUAUUACAACAACUGUUUAAAUCCAUUAUAUUUUAAGCAAAUAAAUAUUGGAACUUCCUUAGCUUUCUCUCACCCCCACCAUCGCUCAUUAACUUCUCAGAAAUGCAUGUGUCUGCAGCAGUCGUAAUGCAAAUCUGUGGCCAAAAUAAUUGACUUAAUAUCAGGAACUUGAUUAAUAUGAAGAUUGAUGGCCGGCAAUUUGAGGUUUUAAAUAAUGCUAACAGGUCCACUUUAAGGAGUCCUGUGAGUAUAUUUUUGCCUCUCUCAUCAUGAUUGAGCUUUAUUUUCUCGCUGUCGAAGAUAUUUAAAAAAAAAAAAAAAAAGCGCCCCAAGCAAUGUCCCUCAAGGCUUAAAGUUGCCUUUUCUUCACUUAAAGCUUUCCUUUUAAUGUGUGUGCUUGUUUGUUUGUGCUACACAAUCUUUGUAGCCUCAUGCAUUUCUAUAUAUUUGUUAGACUCUUACUUGAAAAUGAUCGUCAUAAUGAAAAAUGGAAUGUUUCUUCCUAUCUUCCCUCUUUAUCCCACUUUAACCCCUUAAGGACACAUGACAUGUCAUGAUUCCCUUUUAUUCCAGAAGUUUGGUCCUUAAGGGGUUAAGGACACAUGACGUGUGACAUGUCAUGAUUCCCUUUUAUUCCAAAAGCUUUGGUCCUUAACGGUUUAAAAAGUACUCUGCUUUCGGACAAAUGACUGACCCUCCACCAUUAUGACAUUUGCUACUUGACACUCAGUGGAAUCCUAAAAUAAUCCUACAGUAUACAUGCAGGUAGGGAUAAGCGGAUGUAAUUUCUUGUCAGGUUGGCAAACUGACUAUGCUAUACAUACUAACUUGAUAAUAAACACUCAAAAUAAGUGAUAAAAUAGACAUUUGUAAUAACAGGCUUAGAAAAUGUAUUGUUUGUUUAUGUAUGUAACUAGAAGAUUUCUAUUUUCAAUACUUUUUCUUUGAACAUUUACAAACUUGCGUCUGACGAAUUUUACCUUUUACUUCAAUAAACAGUGUAAAGGCUUCAAUUUCAGUCUGGUCUGAAAAGUCUGGCCUUUAUGCUAUAAUACCACAAAUAAUAAUGUUAUUGGUUGUCACUUCCAUAAAAUUAACAAAUUCUUCUCUUUUGUUUUGGGAUUGACUUGCAUCUUCACAAUAAAAGAAUGACCCUCCACAGUUCAGGUCAGGUAAGAGUGAACUAUUUGUAUAUCUUUUAAAGUUAUUCUUCAUAUCUGUGCACCUACUAAGUUUUAGAGUGCUGUUUUUAAUGGCCACUUAGGUUACAAGAUGCAUUGCCGUUUUUGAGAAGCUUCUGUUCUGCAAACUGGAAAAAAAACCAAUUUAAAUGGCUUGGAUUUGCUAUUGCGUUAUACUAAAUGAAUUUAUAAUUCAAGUUUCCAUAUUUCUUUACAUAUACAGUUCUGGGUUUUAGCCAUUUUUUUUUUUAUUUUUUUAUUCUUUAGUUUGGUUCACACUGCAUGGGAAGUGUACAAUACAUAUCAAAAUGAAAAUAUCACAGAGAAAUGCCAUUUAGGGCCACAUAUCAUCAAACAAUCAGCAACAUGCAGUGUGUGUUUUUAUAUAUAUGAAAGAAAAACUGGUGUAAUAUUGGUGUUACAAAAGGAAAGCUAAACAUAUGCCUGGGGUAACAAUCUGAUCUAGGCAGUAGUAGGUUACAUGGCAUAGUUUAGUUGUUUCAUAAUAGGUUAGAUGUACAAGAGUAUGGUACCAUUGGGUCCUCACAAUAUAGAGUUGCAACAUAUAAAAAAUAAAAUAACGUUUGCACAACAAGUUAUAAUCUGUGUGAGCAUUAUAGAGCAAGUACACAGAUAUAAAGGAUGUCAAUGGCAUUCUGCAGGCUGGUUAGUGAGAAAACAAUGCUUAUGUCUGGGGUUAUCUAGUCUAGGCAAUGGUAGAUUAGCUGGCAUAUUAUAGGUGCAGUUUAUCAGCCGAUGUUAUCACAUUGCAACAGAAUAAAAAACAAGUGUUGGCACAAAAAGAUAAUAGUGAAAUAAAAUAUAAUUCAGAUCAGUGUGAGUAUUAGGCUGGAUGAUUUAAAUACACUGCUGUAGGCAGACAUGUAGGCUAUUAUUAUAAUUGCCAUUUAUAUAGCGCCAACAGAUUUCGUAGUGCUUUACAACAGGGGGGAUUUAACUAUAAAUAGGACAAUUGCAACAAAACUUACAGGAACGAUAGGUUGAAGAGGACCCUGCUCAAAUGAACUUACAGUCUAUAGGAGGUGGGGUAUAAAAUACAUUAGGACAGGAAAUGGCAAUCAAAGGUGGAGAAAGUAAAGUGCUGCCCUUUAGGAGAGAACAAGAGACAGGUAUGUGAGGUAGAAGUUACUUUGGGGAGGCCAUAAGCUUUCCCAAGAGAUGGGUUUUAAGGCACUUCUUAAACGAUUGAAGACUAAGGGAGAGUCUGAUGGCGGUAGGCAGGCUAUUCCAUAGGAAGGGAGCUGCCUGCAGGAAUUACUUCAAGCGUGAGUUGGCCGUACAGACAUAAGGUCACGGGCAGACCAGAGAGACAGAGAAGGGGCAUACGUAUGGAUCUGUGAAGAGAUAUGAGAGGCUAGAAUUGUUCAGUGCUAAGUGAUAGUCGGAUUUCUGAAUAGCAAGGAGCCUGUGGUGUUAAGUCGUAAGUCAACCAAUGCCUUGGCUUGGGGGUAGGUGAUGGUAAUUGAGCGGUUUUAUGAGGCAGGAUCCAAGCCUGACAACACCCAGGGCUGCAUCCUAAAUCCACGAAUUCGGGAUCUCGGUACUGAGUCCAAGUUCUUCAAUUUCGGCAGUUCUUCAAGUUCUGCGGUGAUGGAUCAUCUGUCAGUGGUCGAUGCGCUGGGAUAUUAUUCCUACUGGCUUUCAGCCAAGGUAGGUCAUGGUAGGAAGACUAAAACACUGAAAUGGAAUUUGCACACAUGGGGGGGUCCGCUCACCUCCCUCCUCUCCUCUCUCCCAAUUCAAAUGGAGUCGGUGCUGCCUCAAGACAGGCUGAUAAUUUGGCCUAGAAGCUAUGGAAGAUCUCGGUCAGACGCUGCAGUAUAUGCUCAGUUGCGCCUUGUGGGAUUGUUAUAGGCUUUUGCCCACGAGUUGGCAGUGUGUCCACCAGCUUGAGGGGAUCUACAAUGCCCAAGAUUUGUGUCAGUGCAGAUGCUCAGAGUCAGUAGAAGUCAGUGAGGCUCACCAGUGGGGACCAGAAUAACCCCUGCCAGUCGCGGGGGAAAGACAGCUCUGCACAAAUUUCACCGCGAAGGUCAGAGAACUGGGAGAGCGGCCGCCUCUCCUCAACUUAAACUUGAGUGGCCCGCAAGCCUCUGUCCGGGUAAUCUGGCGCUAAACAAACUCAAAUAGGGUAUCCCAGAUGCACCGAAGUCAGCUUAGCAGGGUGAGUGCUGAAUGGGGUCAGUAUGAACAUGUGGCACGCAGUUACACACAGCUUUUCGGUACCUGAUGCAGGAGUUCUCACAAAGCACGUCUGGUCUGCUCAGCAGUCAGGCUGCACCCCAGCUAUUUUUAAACAAUAUUAAUUUGUAUUCAAAAUAAGGAGUUUGUAAGCACAUGUAUUACAGACUCUCUAUUUUGAAUACAAAUUAAUAUUGUAUAAAAAUAGCUAAAACCAAGAACUGUAUAUGUAGAGAAAUAUGGAAACUGAAAUUAUACAUUAAUUUAAUAUAAAGGAAUAGCAAAUCAAAACCUUUAUGUUAAUAUUUCAUUAAUGGCUGAAAUUAAUAAGUCUGCUAAUGUAUCAAGAACAUAAUUGUCAAGGUAAGUUGUAUCCAUUGAGUUUUAAGUUUAUCUGUUUAUCGUGUAGUUUGGGCGUGUUUGUUUUUUAAAUCAGUUUUUAUUCUAUAUCUAUUGUAAAUGCAUACUUAAUGCAAAAAUCAUCUAGUUUGUUUAGGUUCAGAUUUACAUAUUCAAUCCAUUUUCUCUCAAUCCCUCCCUUCCUCCCUUUGCAUUUUUCCUAACUAUUUUCUUUUUAAUAGUUGUAUUACGACAUUUUGCCUCUAGCAGCUGCCAAUCUUUUCAGUGGAAUAGUCUUAGCAUGUAGUUUUUGUUACUUUUGUAACUGUAAUACCUCGAUGUAAUACUUUUUAUAUCCACUUUUUACAUAUGGAUAACGGCAGCUCAGUUUUAUCUCCACUCUUCUGUGCGGACAGGCAGCACUUUUCCGAAUUUCAUUUUUUUAAAAUUUUCUUUAGAAAUAGGUUCAUUCCACCCUUCAUUCAUUUUCUCCAUGGGUAUGCAGUGUUUGAUUCAACCAAAAAUACCCCAGUCUCUUUCUGUUACUUUAAGUACUGAUGCAUUAAUUCUUAUCCACUGUCUCUUUUUUUUUUUAAAUAAGUGUUUACUCCUUUAUAAAAUACUUAUUUUAUAUUCGUCAUGAAUGAUUAUUUUUUCUUCAAUAACUAAGAGUAGUAUUUGUUUGUUGUCUGUAAAAGAUAUAUUAACAUUCAUUGAUAUAGGACCUAUACUGUUUGUGGAAAAUAAGAUCUGGUGAUGGCUUAGCCCUUAUUAACAUAUGCUGUAUGAUAAAAGUGUGUGUUCAACUUAAAAGGGACAUUCAAGUUGGAGAUGAAGCCAUUUUGAUAAAUCAUUAAAGAAUACAUCUUCCUCUUUUAUUCCUUUUGCAGAAUUUCUCUAGGCUUAAAUCCAAUUCCUCCUUAGUCAACAAGGAUUGUUGUCUGAUACAUUUCAUACAAUACCUGCCUAUUCAAUGAAACCAUGAAGUAUGUGAAACUGGAACGCUCAUGCAUGAGCAUUAGAUCUGUUUAUCCACAUGCAUGGGUGCUAGCCUCACCUGUAGUGCAUAAUCAACUCCCAUUGAAUCUAGUGUGGUUAUGCACGUGUUUAAGGAUUUAGCUGUGUGUUCUUUGACAUCAUUCUUGACACAGCUAUGAGUAAUAUUAUACUAAGAAUAAUCUUAAGUCACUGGUCACUUCACUUGAAAUUGCACCAUUAAACUCUCCUGUAACUUUUGAUACUCAAAGCGACCACUAACAACAUUGGCUUAAUGAAGUCGUUUUAGUGUAUAGAUAGUGCUUCUCCAGUGUCAUAGUUCAAUUCUCUUCGGUUUAGAAGUUAAAUCACUUUGUUUAUGUUUUAGUUCACCACUCCUGUCUUCGACUGUUGGGAUACAGUAUAGUAGAUGAAACCCACAAUAUAGAAAAGGGCCGUAAGCACAAAAUCAGGUUUGCAAAUAAGGUGAAAUGUAGAAUAGUCAGAAAAGCCAAAGGUCAGGCAGCACAGGAUCGUUGACAGGAAACAGGCAAGGAUAAAAUACCAGGAAUAUAAUAUACCAGUCACUGAAGGGGUUAACACAACAAGAGCACAGAAUAACUGAGCAACGAGUCCCAAGAGCAUAGCUGUUUAAAUCGGUUCGCCUCCUUUACAUGAUUCUUUAAUCAGUCCCGACCUCUUCUCCUUUAAGAAGGCGUCGCUUCGCUGUAGUGCACCUAAUGUCCUUCCUGUUGCUCCACAAAUUCGCCAUGUGGAAGUGAAGGUCGCCUUCCGGCUAUGUGGUGCAAUAAAUGGGGAGACAUUCUGUCAGUCGGCAGUGGCGGCAAAUAGGUCGACUUCAAUGAACAGGAGAAAGAUGUGCUGCGGCGCCUCCUCGAACAGAGAGUUUGAUGCUGAGCGGGGUAAUGAGACUGAGCAGCUGGGCCUGACAGCCUCCCUUCGCAAUUCUUGUUUCAUGUCUUUCCAGCAUAUUCUGUCGUUCAAGCUUAAGAUUUCAUAAUAUUUGUUAAAACUGGCUCCUUACUAGCCCUGCAAUUCUCCAACUGACUUUCUAUUGUCAUUGUCUCAAUUAUGCAAACAUUCUACAAUAUGCAUACCUGGUGAUCACCCCAGUUAACCAACAUUCUUUACUUCUACACUAUGCUCUGUUUGGUGUUUGUAUGAAUUGGGAAGAGCUGUCUUCCAGACAGUAUAGAACAACUGUUACUAGACAAGUACGCUGAAGAAGUCUUCUUGUGGAUCCAUGAUCGUCUGUGGUGGUGCUUUGAGAAAGUGGAUGUUGUAGAGGGACAUGGUCUGGAUCCCAAGCAAGGUACGAGUCACUCUGUUCCCAUUACAAUUUUCCCUCAUCUGCCCACCUUAUGCAUGAUGCCUUACAGAGAAUCUUGAAUUUAAUUCCUCAACUUGACAAUAAUGAAGUUGAGGGUGUGCGCGGUUUAAACUAAACUAGAAUAUUCUAUUAGUUUCAUGUGUAUUUUGUGUAAAUACAUUUAAAAAAGCAAAGCGAAGAAUGUUCCUGAAGAAUAAUGCUAUUUUUAAGCAUUAUUUACUAAACUACUUCUUGCAGACAUGAUAUUGGUAGGUUGGGUAAACCCUAGAUCCAGUCUGGCUGCCAGCAGAUUGAUGUUCAUCAAAUAAUCAUUAAAGUCUAUUGAUGAGUGUCAUGCCACCAACUUCCAAGUAGUAGCUGGUUAAAAAUUUAAGGUCGCACACUAUUUGGAGUGCAUUAGAGUGCAUUUUUCCCACUUUUGGAUUCCGCUGAACUGUUCAUUUUUGAGAAACCUUUAAAUGCAUUCUUCACGACUCUAAGGCACUAAGGUCUCAUUCAGCAUUUCUUUCUGAGUCGGUACCUAAAGCAUCUGCAAAUGCUGGGAUUUGUAAGCAUUUAACUGUUGUGAAAUUUUCACUCAGACUUUCUGUGAAUGUUUCAUUUUCAAAUUGGGAAAUUCAACACACACUGGUGUGCUUUGUAUGCUGUAUUUCAUAUGAAAACACAAUAGUCAUCUUCUACUGCAAAAAAAGAGCACAUUUGUUUAAGGAUAAUUCUUAAUUUCUUUAAAGAAUUUACUUCAAUGUUCAACUACUAUGCUGAAGCCAGAUGAAGAUUUUUCAGUUGUUUUUAAGGUGUAAUGCAUCAUUUUGAGGAUGUGCAAAAAUAACUUAGAUGUUCAUUGUACCAAAUGCAUACAUUUGCAUGGAAACUAUCUGAAAUUUCCAUCGUUCAUCGGGACUUGCCAUGAACCUGUGGGCUAUUGUUCUGUUCUUAGUUACAAGUCAAGUAUUUACUCUUGCACAGCUCUACUUGUAAAUGUUUAAUUAUGGGUUAAAUUGCCUUUUUUACCUUGCGCUGUUCCCAUGUCUCUCCCUCCCCACAGGAACAGAAAGUGAGAAAUCUUCAGAGUCCUUAACCUGCAGUGUUCUAGGUAUGCACUAAGAACAUGUGAAGAGAUGUUCCUACACAAAUGUAUGCUACCACACUCUACUGCUACUGGAAGAGCGACUGGCUACAAGUCUGACUAGAUGCUUUGUUCUUCCAGACAUCAGACAUUUUUAAAAUGCACAUUUUGUUUGCUGGCAAAUUUGGAGAACACAGUCAAAAGAUCAGCAUAACUUGAAAACCAUUCAACAAGUGAGUAAUCUCACUUGAACAUAAUGAGUUUGCUUGUUUCACUGCUGUUACUUUGGAGUUUUGCCAUACUGGACAUUCUCUGUCAGACUCAGAAAUACCAUGGUCUUUUGCUGUGCAAGUCUCUCUGUUUUUCAUAGGUUGCUGAAGAAAUAUGUUGCACGAUCUACAAAUGUAAACAUAUUCCCUUUGUUGGGUUUAUUUUUACAAUGGUGGAUUAUUUUGAAUUCCUGGCUUUGCCACAAAUUUUUUUCACAUAGUCUCCUCUGCAGGCAUUAUAAAUAGCACUGGGCAUUCUAUGCCUUCAGUCAGACGGACUCUGAGAUCUUUCUUCCCAUGAUGGUGAUAUCUGCUGUGUGAAAACGUGGAAAUUGUUCCCAAAGGAUGGAUCAGCCUAACAUUUUUUCCAACGGAAGGUCUCAUUCCUUUUUAAAUAUGAUUUGAUUUCAAGGGACUGUUCUUAUUCUCCCAGUGGUUCCUGUUUUUGUUAAUUAACCAUAACAACAUUCCAGUAUCCGAAGUAAUGCAGCUGUGAGAAGUUUUGGAGUCUAUUGGACUUUGUUUACAUAUACAAAUGCUUUAAUACAUCCAGUAGAAAACAGAACUCUUUCAUGAGCCGAGACUGAUUCCCUCUCUCUAUAGAAGGUGAAGAUGUCAAUUAUUGUUCGCAAAUUUUUCAGCAAAAAAAAGUAGAUGAACAUGACAAUGUGAAUACUUUAUGCACUUUUCAAAGCAUCCAUUUAUCAUUGAAAAUAACACAACUGCACGUCUAUUAGUCUUUUUAACAAACUUAAUCAUUAUUAGCAGAGCUUUCCAUACUGCAUUUCCUGCUGACACCCUGCCCUGGGCAUUUAAACCGAGGCCGUAAAAAAGAAUAGUUAAUAAACAAUUCUGUCUGAUGUAAAAGUUGAAGGUUCUGAAUGUGUAAAUUAAAAUGUCUUGUUGGGCCGGUGUGUUUACCUAAGCCAUUUUUUGCUGCAAAAUAGUGGCAUGUAAGAAAUGGUUUGUGGAGUGCUGAUUGUAUCCUUAAACAGUAGCUGACUCUCCGUACCUUCCUUAAAGCGUGACAAAGGUAAUGUUUCAGCAGUUAAAGGUGUUGUGUUUUGUUUUUUCUUGUUGAUUGUUCUGCUUCCCAUUCUAAUGUUUUUCUCCCAUGCAGCAUUAUACCAUCCUUUUACAGCACUCUCCCCUAGCUUCCCAUAAAUGAUUGUUGGGGGAAAUCUGUCUCAUGAUGUAAUUUUGUGUAGUGUAAUACAUUUAGUCCAUUGCUGGAGGUACAUUGUCUUUACUUAAAAAAAAUAAAAUAAAAUAAAAAUAAAAAAAACACCCAAAAUGUUUACAUGGAUGAAUGUACUUUAUAGAUGCAAAAUUGCAAAUGUUAACAUUGUAAUGUUGUUUUAUUUUUAAUUCUGACUUAUUUUGCUCUUUAGUGUGAACAUAAGGAUACACUAAGCACUAUAACCACAAAAGCUGAUUGUAAUGAUUAUGAUUUAAAGAGUCAUGGGGUGUGUUCCCUGGGUUGUUUCAAACUUUUUGAGCAGUUGACAAAAGCUGUGUCCAGCCCUGGCAGCCAAGUAUAGCUUACGAGUGUUUGGGUGGUAGCUCAAUGCACUGUCUAUUCCAGAAGUUCAAGUUGGAUAGACAAUGUGGGAUCAAGCAGCUUAACCCCUUCCCGACCGUGGACGGAAAUUUUCCGUCAACCUUGUCCUUCAGUUAAGGACCGUUGACGGAAAAUUUCCGUCAUUUUCUUAAGUUAAUCCCAGAUCGCCGCGAUCGCGGCAAUCGCGGGGUUAACGGUGCUCCGGUCUGCCUCUGCAUUAGAGGCAGACCGGGAGCACCCGAUCGGGCUGCCCCAGCACCGGUGCUCGCUCUGACAGCAUGUCAGAGCGAGCACAUGUGCUCCACAUACUCACCUUCCGCCUCCCUGCACUUCCGGGUUCUGUGUGAAGUGCAGGGAGACGGAUCAGUGCUGAUCUGCUUCCCUGUGUAAAAAAAAAAAAAAUUAAAGUUAAAUCCCAGCCCCCCUGCCCCUGUUUUAAUAAAAUUAACCCCUUCCCUGCCAAUUGAUCACUGACUACAGUGAUCAAUUGGCAGGGUAUACAUUUUAAUGUCAUCUGAUUUUUUUUUUUUAACCCCUGAGGGUUAAUUAUUUUUUUUUUAACCCUCAGGGGUUAAAUUUAUUUUAUUAAUUAAUUUAAAUAUUAAAAAAUUAUAUAUUUAGCUAGCUGGGAUGGGUGGAAGUUAGUGGGGAAUUGGGGAAUUUGGUGUUAGGCUAACUAGGGGUUAACGUUAAAAAAAGUUUUAAAAUAAGCUUUAAAAAGGUAAAAAAAAAUUUUUUUUUAAAUGUUUUAGUAACGUUUAAGUAAAAAAAAAAAAAAUACCACCCCCUUUACCCAGUCUAAAUAAAAAUUAACCCCUUCCCUGCCAGCUGAUCACUGCCUACAGUGAUCAAAAUACAGAUCACAGUAUUAUACUGUGAUCUAAUUUUUUUAACCCCUGAGGAUUAACUUUUAUUUAUUUUUUUUAACCCUCAGGGGUUCCAUUUAUUUAAUUAAUUAAUUUAAAUAUUUUAUAAUUAAAUAUUUUGCUAGCUGGGGUGGGUGGGAGUUAUGGGAAAAUGGGGAAUUUACGGUUAGUGCUGCUUACUGCUAGUUAGGGGUUAACGGUAAAAGAAAAGUUUAGAAAAAAAAUUAAAAGUGUAAAAAAAGUUAAGAUAGUGUAAAACAUUUAAUAAGUAAAAAAAAAAGUUUAAAAAUGGGUUUUACAAAGUAAAAAAAGUUUUACAAAGUAAAAAAAUACAUUUAAAAAUGCUCAUUACCACUACACUUGGUACAAGCUAGCGGAAAUAUUAUCCCACGCUAAGGUUCAAAAUAUGCCUUUUGAAUUACCCUGGGAUGUCUUCUUUAAGAAAUGAUAUGCCUUUAUGGUGUAAUUGGAUGAUAUAGCCUUGUAAAAUACUCUAAAAUGGGACAUGGACACAGCGUAAAAAUUCAAAGUUUGGAAAAAACUGGAAUGGCUGUGUCUCAAAUGUGCCCCUUCAAUGUCCACAUAUACCUGGCAAAGGUACAUACGGGGGUAUUGAUGUACUCAGCCGACAUAGCUGAGCAACAUAUGAAGUAGUAUACAGUCGUAGUACACAUAAGGUUUGCAAAAUAUACUGCGCAAACUCACUUUGUGUGUCAAAAAGGCAGAAAAAAUGCUUAUUACCACUACACUUGGUACAAGCUAGCGGAAAAAUUAUCCCACGCUAAGGUUCAAAAUAUGCCUUUUGAAUUACCCCGGGAUGUCUUCUUUAAGAAAUGGUAUGCCUUUAUGGUGUAAUUGGAUUAUAUAGCCUGGUAAAAUACUCUAAAAUGGGACAUGGGAACAGUGUAAAAAUUUAAAGUUUGAAAUGAACUGGAAUGGCUGUGUCCCAAAUGUGCCCCUCCGAUGUCCACAUAUACCUGGCAAAGGUACAUACGGGGGUAUUGAUGUACUCAGCCGACAUAGCUGAGCAACAUAUGAAGUAUUAUACAGUCGUAGCACACAUAAGAUUUGCAAAAUGUACUGCGCAAAUUUACUUUGUGUGUCAAAAAGGCAAAAAAACGCUUAUUACCAUUACACUUGGUACAAGCUAGCGGAAAAAUUAUCCCACGCUAAGGUUCAAAAUAUGCCUUUUGAAAUACCCUGGGAUGUGUUCUUUAAGAAAUGGUAUGCCUUUAUGGUGUAGUUGUAAUAUGUAGCCUGCUCAAGUGCUCCAAAGUGGGCACGGACGCAUCAAAACCCUCCAUGAAAAUUCACACUUAAAAACCUUAACUUGUUACGUCUCUUUUAUAGCAGUGUAACUUCACAAAAUAGUGUCUAGGUCAUACAUUGGGCAUAUUGUUUUACUCAGAAGACUUAGCUGAGCAUAAUUUGGGGGUUUGAACUUAGUGGCACAUAUGAAAUGUACAAAAUGCCCAGCAAAAAUGUAAUCCGUAUGUAAAAAAUGCCCAAAAUUAUUUUUUACCACAUACUUUGGCAUAUAUUGGUGAAAAAAUGGGGGCAUGUUAAGGCACAAUAUGCACCAUAUGAGAUACCCUGGAGUGUCUACUUUUAUAAAUGGUAGGCCUUUGUGGGUUUUUUUGAACAGUCAAACUGCUAUAAUACCCCAAAUUGAAGCAUAGGCCCAUUAAAUCCGCCUCUCAAAAUUCUACUGUAAAUGUUGAAACGGACAGGUCUCCUAUAUGGCACUGUAGCUUCACGAAAUAGUGCCAAAGACAUACAAUGGGGGUAUCGUUGUACUCAGCAGAAGUAACUGAACACAAAAUAAAACUUUGUACAGGAAUAGCACACACCAACUUUACAAAAUAUACAUGGGAAGUUCUUUGUUAUAAGUUUGUGUGCCAAAAACUCCAAAAAACUAAAUUUUACUCCAAUAUUUAGCAGAGAUUGGCGGUGAAAUGGCUACUUAGAAAGUGUCAAAAAAACCUUAGGACAAUAGCCUGUGAUGUCUACUUUAUAUAAAUAUAUACUUUUGUGUGGCAAUUUUGUUUUCUUUUAUGGCUAUUAAGCUUACAAGACAAACAUACAAAAUUCUAAAAUCGCUCUACAUUAAAAGUUUAUUUUACUCCUUGUGCUUUAUGACCUGUAACUACCAAAAAAAACUUUAAAUCCCAGACACAUUAUAUAUUUUGUAAAUCAGAACAACUAAAUAAAUUUAUUUUUAAUUACUUUCUUUAACCUGCACUAAUUAGGCACACAUUAUUAUUGCAAAAACUGUACAAAAAACACAAAAUUUUUCUUUUUUUUGCAUUUUUCUGUAUUUUUUAAAUAAUAAAUAAGCAUUUAUAUAUAUAUAUGUUACAUCAAAUUAAAGCCCUUUAUGUCCUUUAAAAAACAGUAUAUAAUAUGUGUCGGUGCAAUAAACGAGAGAGAUGCAAAUUGCAGUUGAACGCAUACAGCAAGAAAAUGCAAAAAUUGCUUGUGUCAUUAAGCGUAAGACAAGCUUCUGAAGCUGUGUCCUUAAGGGGUUAAUACAAGCUAGUGUGGUGCCACCUAAAGACUCUUUGUGCAGUAAACACUACAAUGGCCAAUAAUGUUGUUUGAUCUGUACUUUUUAAUGAAUGAAAAAAUUAAAAUAUCUUGUACUGUUGUGGGUGCAAUACUCUUGUAUGCAAAGUUUUAUUUGUUCCUGCUAUAAAACGUUUUUUGUUUUUUUUUUCCAUACCUGCUGUGUCAAUAAAGUAAAGAGAGUUUUGUACCUGUCCCCUGGGAAGGCCUGUCAGUACCUAGAGACUUUUUACAGGGCAUCGCUCAUGCCCCAAAUAACUUAUGUUCAUUAGAUUGAGUGUAAAAUUCUAUCUCUACAUUGUACUUGUAGUUUUGCUUGUAAAUAUAUAGAUUAGAAGAAAAACCUAUUUAAAAAUAUGCUUUUUUUCGAGCGGUUAGUCAAUGCCAUGGCAUGGCAAGUCAUUGACUGAAAAGGGAGAGCAAUAAAAACCUCCCACAGGGAUUGUUUGGCUCUCCCAGGCAUAACAACCACAGCACAUGUGAUUGCUAUAGAAACUCCCUAGCCAAUGCUUCUAGCACCGUCUAGGAAGUAUAGGAAUGGAGGGAUGUGAUGUCACUCUGUUCAUACAUCAUGUAUCUUUGUGAUGUGAUAUAUAUGGGAGUGAUUUAAGGUAAGUUUUUUUUUAUUUUUUUUUGUCAACAGGUUCAAUGCAUAAAAUACAUAGUAUAGAAAACCUCUGCUUUCCCCAGUAUCUGCAUGUCUUUCAUAGUUAAAGAAUAGGCAGGAACUCACAUUUUUGUCUUCAUUAUGAGCAGAAAAUGAAAAGACAGAGGCUUUUGUUCUCAGGGCUCUGCACCCGUUCUUUGCCCACCUUGGUUUGGUUAUUUAAAUGAUUUGGCUGUCUUCCUCGGUUCUGCAUGCUAGACAGUGUUUCCGUCUUCAUUGCGUAGCCAAGAAGGCUUAAUGUAGUAGUUGUUCUGGUGUCUAUAGCUUGUCCCUGAAGGCAUUUCAAUGUAAACACUGCCUUUUCAGAUAAAAUGCUUAGGGCAAUUCUUUAAGGCUUUCUCCAGAAUGAGACUAAGAAUCCAUGAUCCUCCUUGAGACUUAAACUUGGUACUACUUGCAGUAACACAACCACUGUUUGAACCUAUGGAUGCACAUGUAUUUACUAGGAAUCUUUCUCUCAGGAAUCAUUAUUUAGGCGCAAAGUUCUUAAAGCUGUUGUAUUAGUACUCUCUCUCUUGUUCUUACUGCUGCUAUCUUAUGGAAAAAUUAAUUUUACUUGAAUUAAAAUUGCUUUUGUAUAGGAUUAUCAGCAGUAUUGGUUUGUUUAUUAAUUAAAGUUGUUUUGUAGUUUUUCAUAAAUUCUCAUGCCGUCAUCUCUGGGUAAGGCUUAGUGGUUUGCUGUUUAUUUAAAAAGCAUGGGAGUUGGAUUUAGGGGAUGUGCUCUCUAUUAUGUAUUUAAAAUGUAUCUAGUUUCUGCUUUUCUUUCACAGGGUGAUACAGACUAAGCAACAGUGUGCGUAAAAAUCAAUUUUUACAUUUUAUAAGGCUACUUAAAAUCGCCUAUCUCCGCAAACCAAUAUGGGCAUUCAGUUACACCAUAUGGCCAUAUUGUGUUAAGCCCACCACUACAUCACAGUACCACAAAAUUGGUAGGUCCUACAAUGUUCUUCCCGGGUGUUUGCACAACCCUCUUGUUCUUACUGCCAAAAAUCAUAUGCAAAAGCAAAUUUAUGGCAAGUAAAGUAAAUCAAGUUAAUGGUAAAUUUGGGUAUGGUUUGACAUGCCAUUCAUUUGAAACUACCAGGGCAGUCAGAUUGACAGGAUAGGUUAAAUUUCUAACUGCUCAUCUUUUACACUGAACUGAGAGAAUUCUGAUUUUGUUGAGCAGUUAUAUUAAUUGUUUUUUGUUUUCCUUUCCCUUACUAUAACUUUAUCCUUAUAACAUUGUCUACUUUUCCUCAUGACUACCAGUACAGUGUUUAAAUGAAAACAUCCUAUGUCACAUAUGAAACAGGAAAGAAAAUAAUUAUUUUUUGCCCUUCUCCAUAUUUACCUACUACAUUAUACUUCUUUUGGAAUGUUCUCCAUAUAUAUAUUUGGAAACUUUUCAAAUGUUUGAAAAUAGUGCAAACUUCUUUGUUGGCCAAGGUUAUGCUACCGAAGUAAGAAAAGUUCUAUCUGUUCUAAGUUCCAAGUUCUAGGUCUAUAGUCAUUGUUUUUUUUGUUUUUUUUUCCUUUUCCUGCUCUCUUACUAUACCUUUCUCAAUAUGUUAUUCAAGGCCUGAUGUUUACCAUCUCUUAAUUUUUCUAGGCCUCCUACAGGUCCCAUUCAACCCUACAACCACCCACCCCACCUCCACCAUUUUGUAUUUAUCUAUGACUUGUAUCUUAGUAGUCUGUUUUAUAUUUGCAGGCUGGGUGAAAAGCAAGCCACCAAAGCGUAUACAGUUCUUGAAAGAUUAUAUGAAACAAGCCGACAGAGAGCCUAUCAUUGGUAUGUUUUUGUUUUGUUUUAAACGUUUGAAAAAAAUCAGUUGUGUGAGUAGGUGCUUAUUUACUUAUUUACCAGUGGUUCCCAAACUUUUUAGGUUCAAGACGCCCUUAAUAUGUUUCCAAACGCCUCAAGUCAAAUAAUUUCUAGGUUGAAUAUAUGUACAGCGAUGCGGCUUAUACUGGGCCCCUGUUCAGCAGAAAUGUUUCCUGGUCAGCGGCAGAUCCGGAACCUAAUCUUGGGAGGGGCACUGGUAGAUUAUUUAAAGAAACAAUCCAGGCACAAUAACCACUUUUUUUUUAAUUUCCUUUUAAUUAAAAAUUAUUUUCAUGAAGUCCCGGUGGUCCAAGUGGUGAGAGUGCACUCUAGCUAGGAUAGAGUUUAUUCUAGAGAGAUUCAGAGUGUUGCCGUGGUAACCGCGGCAAUGCUCAAUGCUCGCAUGAGGAGAACCCGGGGGAGCUGCAUGUUAGAGCUCCCCCUGGUCCUCUCUUUCACCCCUGACAGCUACAGCAUUUCAGUGCUUGUGGGCCGGUGAGGGAGAUCUCUGAUCUCCCCUCUGGUCCUGCAGAUCCGGCAGGGAAGAGCUGGGCACGGUAAGAUUCCCAGUGCUAUGAUUAUAGCACCAUGUAAACAUUUAACGGCACAUAGUUUGUGAACCGUUGUACUAGACAGAUGAUAACAGUUAAAAAAAAAAAAAAAAAAGUGUAUUGUGAGUUUAUUGCUCCCCUUUUUUCACCACACAUAAAAUCAGGAGGGUGUCUUCAUGUGAGUGUUCCAAAUUAAAACAUUAUGGCUUUUUUUUUCAGUCUAAAAUAUCACCUAUUUCAAUAUUCUAAGUGUUUAUAUGUGCUGUUACACAUCUGUGUAAACACAUACACAUUAUCAAAGGGUUCUUUUUAAGUGAAGUUUCAUUAAAAUUUGAUUUCAACAGUCUUUCAAUUUCGAUGCCAUUAUAAUAACUCAAGUUUAAAGCAACAGAUUUUCCAUUUUCCCCUUUAUUGUUGUUAAGGAUCGGAAUACGUGACAGAAUACAGAGUUCAAACUAAACCAGAUAAGUUUGAGACGAAGUACAAAUGUGAAAUCUGCGAUUUGGAAACAGAUUUACUUCCCCUGAUAGAACAUCUUACGGGCUUCAGACACAGACGGCUCUAUGUGGUAAGUGUGACAAGCUGUUAUUGUAAUCAGCAGGUUUGUACACCAUGUAAUUACACAAAGUGAUUCCGAAUGAUUUAGUUGGAUAUGUAGUUUUAAAUACCAUUGUAUGUGAUACAUAUACAAAAGUAGUCUGUUUUGUUUCAGUAGCUUAGUACCAAAUCAAUGAAAUAUUUGUAUGGUUUUAUAAAAAAUAAAAGAAAAAUGCAAUAGUUAAUGAACAAAACAGGAUUUGCAAUAGCUUACAGUGUAAGGAAUGGAAGUGAUUUGUUAUUGUUCUUACAUACCGAACAUGUUGACAUUGAUUUUGUUACUGUAAUAAAAGCUUGAGGAAAGUUCUCACUUUUUAACUAGUUUCAUUAAACAGGCCAAAGAAUAUCCAUAUGUAUUGAAAGCACAAUUCCCCUCUAAAGAUCGAGCUCAGUUUCUGAAAAGAAUGGCUUUGGAAAUAGAGCGGGAAGAGGGGACAAAGAUGUAUAAGGUAAUUUGUUUUGUUUAAUGAUUUAUGUAAAUGAUUAUGAACAUCAAUUAUUACAAAGAACCCAAACUACUUCAACAUGCUACAGAUGUUUUGAUGCUUUCCCUGUAAAAAUGCUGGGAUAAAAAGUUUAUUAUAAUUAAUGUUGAUCUUGUACAUCCAUUGGUUUUAUUGUUGUGGUGACCACAUGGAAUAGCUAUAUAAAAUGUUAACUGCAUGCUUUUCAUUUUGCACUCAGCCAAAACAGAAAAAAUAGAGACAAUUGUUUACUCAGUACUACAAUUAAAGUUCUUCAGUUUAGAAAACGGAUUGCUUGUAUGAUUUUUGUACUUCUGUUUCUUAGCAUUAACUGUUGGGGUUUUUGUGGGGGUGGUUUUUGGUCAGUCUGCGAGACAAUCCCAUACUGAGAAUGUUUUUCUUUUCAGAUUGAUCCAGCAACAAAGCUGGAGUCAUUGUUGACAUUACAAAUACCUGAAAAGGGUAAGUUUAUCUGGUAUAACAGACCUUAAUUUACCAUGUAUGUGUAUGCAUUAAUAUUAGAUUUGUUUUAAAUAAAACUCUUAUAAAUUACCUUUAUGUUUAAUAAAAAGAAUAUUAUAACAAAAAUAAAUGGUUAACCCUUUACUGACUGAGCGUUGAGGGUUUGUAACUGAGGCACAUUUUGCUAUAUGUUUCACUGUAAUUAAGGCUUUCUCUCAAGGUGAACCCAUGCAUAGGACAUAUUGUUGGGUGUUUUUUUAUUUUCUCUAAGAUAACCAGGGCGGCCGGCUACAUGCUCCCUAAGCCGGUUGCCUCCCUACAGCCCAAGGCGUCUGUCUAUAAAGUUUCCUAAGCCGGCCACCCUGGGCUGUAUGGAGGCGGCCGGCUUAGGAAACUACAACGCUUCCUGAGCCGGCCACCUCUAUGCUCCCGCAGGCGGGCAACCGGCCAGCUUAAUUGUUUUUUGCCCAGCCGGGCACUUUGGGUAAAAGGCUGACAUCUCAGAUGCCAGGACAAAAUUUGUAGUCGUCAUAUCAGCCUGGCGCCUGGGAUUUGUCACACCCUGCUGUAACCUGAAUAAUCCAGUGACACUUGCCUAGAGCCAAGACACCGGUUCCUGUGAACACUUGAGAUCCUAGGCUAUAGUAGUUCUGCUCUAUCUAUUAUAGUGCACUCGAAUUGACACCCCUGCUAGCAUAUGACUUGGUUGUACGGUUCAGAUAUAUGAGUACCAAUCUAGCCACCAUUUACUGCUUUGCCACAAUAUUGUUAUUGUUGUUACUGGUGUUUGUGUGACGCCAGCGUAUUCCGUGGCACUUUACUAUAGUCUCCCUACUAAUGCCUGUAGCGCCUGUCGCACCAUGCAAUUGUUGAUGUUUUGCUAUGUCUUAAUUUUCUUUACCUUUAAACCUUUAGUUACAUAUAUUGAAUAAGAUGUGCACCUCUGUACAAAUUCAAAAAAACUAAAAAUGUCUCACGUCUAGGAAGGAAUUAAUUUUUGGAAGUUGUAGGCCAAAUAUUGGAGAAUAUGAAUGAUAUAUUUAAAAUCUAAGCCUUUGCUAAAAUUUCUACACUUGUACAUUCGUUUUCAGAUAAUUGCAAAUUCCUGCAAAUUUUUGAUGAGCCAUAACACAAAUUAGCAAAUCACUUCAAUACCAAAAACAAAGAAUAGAUUCAUGAUUGAAAUGCAAUUUAUUAUUUUAAUUACAAGGAGGGAGCACAAUUAAAAAAAGAAAAAAACAGUGCUGCUUCCAACCAUAUCCCUGAUCUUUGGAAUGAGGUGUAAAUUAGUUCACAAUCAUUGGGGUGGACAAGGGGUUAAAAAGGAGCAAAGCUCCCUGCUGCUUCCUUCUCCUAUCUCUUGGGCUGUGAGAAGAGAGGUGAGUAACUUAUCCAAUUGUCCACUCCCACGUGAAGAGUGAGAGGGCUGCUUGCUUUUCGCCCCUCCUAGAGUGGCAGAUGGGAUGGGGAUUAGAUAGAGAAGCACAUAGCAGCCAGUUCAUGACGCUUUUUUAAUUUUAAAUGUCAUUGUCACGCAGUAGAAUAGAGCUAAAAGAAGAAAGAGGGCAGACAACCAUCUCGCACCUCACAUGACCAUUUUUUGGUCAUACCAUAUUCCAGAAGAUAGUAGGAAAAUAAAUGUUUAGCUCGUCAAGCGACAACAGCGAGAGGGAUGGGGUGUUGACACUGCAUCAGUUCUGUCCCUAAAAUGUAAACUCACACCCCAAUUCUAGUGUUCAUGUGUUAGGAGGUGUAAAGAGCAGCAGGGAAUCAUGGGAUUAAAUGGCUCCUCAAACAAAAAAAUUAAUUUAUCCUAAAUAUAAACCUAACACUGCUGCUUCAGUUCUGAGAGCCAAACAGACCUGAAGCCGCAGUGACCACAUGGCCUAACUACAGGCUAAAGCGAGUGGUUACUAGGAUUGGCAUCACAUGGCAACCACACAGCCUCGGAAAAGAAAUCUGGCAUUGUUAACAUGCUAUCUCAUUAGUUAGACAGCCAGCAAUAUCAUUGUACACUCUGAUCUUGGCAUAGAGACUGCCAGGCUGCUAAAAUCUGAUGUCUUCUGCAAAGUGAUUGGAUGCCUUAGAUGCCUUAGACAUUUACCAAGAUUUUGUUGCUGAAUGGCAGUUGAUGAAUCUCACAUUUAAUCCCUUAAGGACGUGUCAUUGUUUUAACAAUCUGGGCUUUAAUGCCUUCAGAAUGUAAUGACACGUCCUGCAGAUUUGGUGCGUUCAAGGUUAAAUCCCUGUUCACACCAGGGAGUCCCAUGUGUCAAUGGAUACCUGGGGCUCCCCUCUGUCAGCUGAGAGCUGAGGCCAUUUAUAGUUGACCCACACUUUUCGUUUGCAGCAGUGGAAGUCAAUAUCAGUACUGAUAUUUACAAAGGGAAACCUUUGUGAUUAGGACUAAGAUUAGGUUUAGAAUAAGUAUUGGGAUUAUAUUUAAGGUAGGUUUAGAAUUAUAUUUCGCAUUGGGAUUAGGUUUUAGAUUAAAGUAUGGAUUGGGAUUAGGGCCAGCAAGGGAAUCCUGCUGAUAUCAGCAGAGAGAAUACUUCUAACACUAUAGGGUUGAGAUUAGGAUUAAGGGGUCCUAAUUAGGGUCAGGUAAGAAUUAUAUCAUGGGUUAGGAUUAGGGUGAGGUUUAGAUUAGAUUAGAUUUGGGAUUCAGAUUUUGUUUAGGAUUAAGGAUUUAGACUGGGAUUACGUUUAAAAUUGUUUCUUUGCAGAGGCAUACAAAUGGGGUAUUUUAUUCUGGAGAUGUUGCUGAGUAUAUUUAAAAUCAUUUUAUUACAGUGGGACACAUGAGAUUUAAAUAAUGAGCAUAAAAAAAUCAAUGUGUAUGUAAAAAUUGUAAAAUAAAAAAAGAAUUCCACAAAUUUUAAAGGGACACUAUAGUGACCCAGACCACUUCACCUCAAUGAAGUGGUCUGGGUGCCAGGUCCCUCAGGUUUUAACCCUUCAGAUGCAAACAGAGAAACUGCUAUGUUUGGGGUAAAUCCAGCCCCUAGUGGCUGUCUUCCGGACAGCCACUAGAGGCGCAUCUGCGAACUGGGGCGCAUUCCGCCUCCAUCACGCAGAGCGUCCAUAGGAAAGCAUUGAGAAAUGCUUUCCUAUGUGUUUUAGACCAAACCAAGUGUUUGCUUGAAUAUCUUCCCCUGUCCAGAUUUUAAAGUGAAAAUGCAUGCACGCUGAAGAAAUCACGCUUACAACAAGGUUAGAUAAAUGAAAACUUCAAAGUGUUUAUUGGGGGCGGACAAAGCCCCUUAAAAAUGCCGAAAAAUGCAUUGUGUGCAAAUAUUAAGCAUAAACGUUUUUUAAUUGGCCAUGUGUAAGUGUUUUAUCUUGAUGUACUUCCUCCAAGGUGUGAUGUCGUCAUCAUCUUGGGUGCUACUCCGGAUGGAGGCGCCAUCUUGUUACACAAGGUGUUUUGGUCGAUGGGAGGGGGUGCUCUAGUGGCCAUUUUGAGUAAUGAAUAAGCACAAUGAAUAAGCACAGGUACACAUAGUAAAUAGCAAUUUUAUCUACAUUAAUUUCUAUCCAUCACAGUCCCCCCUUAAAAUGACUAUUUACAUCUAUUUCUAGCAGCUAUAUCUGUCCCUAAUUGCCUAACUCAUCUGUCCCAAAGGCCUCGGAACUCUUCUCGUACUGCACAUAAGACUAGUGGUGGCUUGUCCACCACCCCCCUCGCUACAGACUGUGCCUAGAGGGAAGUCAGAUGCUAUCCCUAAAAUACUGUAGCCUUGAAAGUGGCGGGGAGGGACUACAACGGAGUGUAGGGUUUAUCAUAAUCCUCCUCAUCUAUUUCUUGAUGAAUGAAAGUAGGUGUGGCUUGAUCUGCUGUGUUCUGAAGACACUUUUUAAUGCAAGGGGAGAACACAACAUACAAUGAGGGCAAGGAUAAUUAGAAUUACCAAGACUGCUACACCUAUUUGGGCCAAAACGUUCUGCCAGCCGCUCAUCCACCCAAGCCAUCUAUCCCAUGGGUCUGUUACCCCAGAGUUCCUUUUCAAUUCUUCAGAGAGACACUCCAAUUUCUCUAUUGCCACGGUAACCUUACCAUUAGGGCCUGUAUUAUCUGGGAUGAAGGUACAACAUGACAUGGUGUCCGGGAGCAUUUUACACACUCCUCCUCUUUCUGCUAGGAUCAUAUCUAGGGCCAUCCUGUUCUGGAAGGUCAUCUGAGAUGUGGCUUGUAAUUGCUCGGCUAUCCCCUGAAGGGCAUCCCUUGUAUAAUUUACAAGCCGUUGCUGGUUAUAAUAAAUGUAAUUAAUCCAGACGUAUGACGUGAUGACGUUGACGUCGUGAGGCGGGAUCAGGAAAAGUCCGCGAGUGAGGGGUAGACAACGCGGCUAGAACGUGGCUCGAGUGAGACGACUAAGCGACGACCCACACAUGGGGUUCUAAAAGUCUGCCGGGCUGCUGCUCAAAACGGCUAAAUAAUAAGCAGUGGAGAUCGAGCACAAGCAGGAGGAGAAGCCGGGAGAGAGACCUGGGACCAGCAUUUAAGAUAAGUGUUGCAAAGGGAGGAGGAAAGAGGAGGAAGGAAAGUCGCUCAGAGAAUCAUACUACCAAAGGGAUCAACAAAAUGAAGGUACAAUGUGUGAAACUGAUUUAAGAGGGGGGGCCUUUGAAAGACUAAAGACUAAAGCACUAAAGCGGCUGAAGGAUUAAAGUGAUUACCAGCAACUAUGCAAUGAACAGCAAUGAAUAUUUAGCCGUGUUAAAGAUUUAAAAUUUGAAGGAAAAAAAAAAGUAUAAAAAAAAAGAGAAAAGAAAAUGGAUAUAAAAUAAAAUUAUUUAUCUCUGCCCGCAUUAAAAAAUAGGAAAAAAAAAUAUACUAAGGGCCUUUGAAGUUGAAAAUUUAUUAUUCAGCAUUAAAAUAAGGUCUGAGGUCUCCCAAUUGGCACAGAUGGAAAAGUAAAUAUUUACAAAAUAUAAAUUUCUGACCGGGAUUUGUGCUUUCUUUUUUCUCUCCUCGUUAAAUUUUGCCACAACAACCCCUUCUCCUCCACUAAUAUACGCAAAACAUAUAUGUAUUAACAUCAAAAAACCUAAAAACCUAAGUUAAAGGAGAAACUAAGAAAAUUAAGAAAAGAUAUGGCUACAAAAAAAAUUCAAGAAGAUAGGAAAAAAAAAAGAAAAGAAAGACCCACAGUCUGAUAAAAGACUUUCGGGGUAUUUUUCACCUGCACCUUCUCAACAGAAGGCUCAAAGUAAUCCAGAGGACUCUGAAGAGAAUCUGGAAACAAAUUACAGCUCAAUUAAAGAGGUACAUUUAAACACACCUAUGACAGAAGAUAUACUUACAAAAAAUCUGGAUAAAUUCUAUAGAGCUAUAGGAGAAGAUAUGAUGGCUAAUACGAGAGAAUUAAAGCAGGAAUUUAAAAUGAUUCAGGUUAAAUUAAUAGAAAUGGAGGAAAACUUCAUAAAAUUAGAAAAAAAAUACAUCACAAGUCAAGAAAUAAUUGUUGGUCUCACAAAUAAAAUAGGAGUACUUGAAACAAAAAUCUGGGAUAUGGAAGAUAGAUCCAGGAGAGCAAACAUCAGAAUAAGAAAUAUCCCAGAAGAAGUAUCCAAGGAAAAACUUGAAGACUUUCUCCUGGAAUUCUUCAAGAAUUUGUUAUUGGAUGGGGACCCUCAUGAUUAUUUAAUAGACCGGUGUCAUCGAUUACCAAAACCGUAUAAUGUUUCGGAGAAUUUAGCAAGGGAUGUAAUGGUGAAAUUUCACUCCUACAAAACUAAAGUAUGAAUAAUGGCAGCCAUGAGGAACAAGCCGACAGUGGAGGAAAAGUUUAAGAACUUAAAUAUAUUUCAAGAUCUAUCAUUUACAACAAGAUCGUGGCGAAAAACUUUUAAGGAUUUACUGUUAAUCUUGAGACAGAAGAACAUCAAUUAUAGAUGGGGCUUUCCUUCAUCAUUGAGAGUGUCUUGGAAUGGAAAAACUGAAAAGUUCGACUCUAAAGAAUCAUUGAACAGUUGGAUGGAACAAGCAAAGAUUAAGUGAUAAGUGAAAAACUUCUUUGUUUCUUUUUUUAUUUUUUUUUCUGAUAUCGGAUAAGGAUUAUGAUUAUAAAACACAAUAGAGUGAAGAAGAUAAAAACACUUAAAAUAAUAUUAAGCUUAAAAUCACUAGUACACGAGAUUAAAGGGGUAGAAUAAUUAAUGUUAAAAUGAACAGGUAGAAACAGAUAUGUAAUAGAUAGGAAGAUGAAUGUAUAGUUCAAAAUAAAAGGAGUAGGACUUAUAAAAUAUAAUAAAGAUGAAGAAGAUAUGAACACUUUAAAAGAUUUGAAACACAAAACUAUUAGAAAAUGGUAAAAUUGUUAAUGAUAAGAACACAAGGAAGAAAUUGAAGUCACGUAAUAGAAGUACAGGUUUUUUUUUUGUUUUUUUUUCUGAUAUCGGAUAAGGAUUAUGAUUAUAAAACACAACUGAGUGAAGAAGAUAAAAAUACUUAAAAUAAUAUUAAGCUUAAAAUCACUAGUACACGAGAUUAAAGGGGUAGAAUAACUAAUGUUAAAAUGAACAGGUAGAAACAGAUAUGUAAUAGAUAGGAAGGUGAAUGUAUAGUUCAAAAUAAAAGGAGUAGGACUUAUAAAAUAAAUAAAAUAAAGAUGAAGAAGAUAUGAACACUUUAAAAGAUUUGAAACACAAAACUAUUAGAAAAUGGUAAAAUUGUUAAUGAUAAGAACACAAGGAAGAAAUUGAAGUCACGUAAUAGAAGUACAGUUUUUUUUGUUUUUUUUAAAAAAAAUAUCUCAAUCUCAAUCUCAGGUCUAUAAUAGAAAUAGGCACCUCCUCCUCAAGGAUAAUUUCUUUUCCCAGCCAUGUGUCCGUGGUUGAGACACAAUAACCGAUAUGACGAGAAUGCGAUUCUCGCAAAUCGAGAAAAUGGCUCUCCCAUUUUUGAUGGAUGAGAGGCCAUUUUUUCCUAUCUGGUUUAUAACCAGAAAGGAAGGGUAUGAAUGUUUUAAUAUAUGUGUUGUGUUAUUGUUGUGGUUGAACAUGCCGUCGGGGAUACUGGGAGGUUUUUGCGGGGAAAAUGGUUAAAAUGUUAUCAGCUAACACUCAGGGCCUGAACUCUCACUCUAAAAGAGCAUUAGUAUACGACUCUAUGGUUAAUCAAAAGAUAGAGAUUGGUUUCCUGCAAGAGACACAUUGGAGACUGAUCGAUAAGGUAAAAUGGGGAGGAGAAAGAUUCCCACAUUUGUUCCAGGCUUCGCUCAACGAUUGUAAAAAAAGGGGGGUUGCUAUAUUGGUGGCAAAUACGGUGAAAUUCGAACUAAUAUAUCAAUAUGCGGAUAGGGAAGGUAGAUUUUUAAUUGUUAUUUGUAAAAUAAAUGAAAUUAAAUAUACUCUAGUCAAUAUAUACCUGCCAAAUUCUUUCCCUGUGGUUACUUUAAGAAAGAUUUUGGAACAAGUGGAAAUGAUUAAGACUGGAGUAUGUUUGAUUGCAGGAGAUUUCAAUUGUGUGUUGGAUCCAGUUUUAGAUAAGAAACUUAGCAUUAAGACCUCAGUGAACAGCUCAGUAGCUAAAAUGGCAAAAAGCCUUAGAAAUAUAAAAAACGAGUUUGAUUUUUUUGACUUAUGGAGAUCUUCUUACCCAGAGAAACUGGAUUAUACUUUUUUCUCUAGAGUCCAUUAUUCAUAUUCACGUAUUGAUAUGAUUUGGGGGGAUAUGAAUGCUUUAGAAAAUGUAGAGAAAAUUGACAUCAGGAAUAAUACAUGGUCGGAUCAUAGUAUUAAUAUAUGGACUAUGAAAGACCAGUGGAACAUUAAAAAUAGAACGACAUGGAGAAUAAACGAUUAUAUACUACAUAAUAAAAAAAAUCAAGAGGUUCUUAGAACCCAGAUAGAUAGAUUCUUUAAAGAUAAUAAACCUAAUGAAACUACACAUUCCAAUAACUGGUGUACCUUUAAAGCUACAAUAAGAGGCAGCUUAAUAAGUAUGGAAGCGUACUCUAAAAAAUCUAAGAGAGAAGAACUAAUUCCCUUACUUGAUAAAUUAGAGGAAAAAUCUAAAGAGAAUAAAAAAACUCCUUCUAGAGAGAACUCGGAGGUUAUUGUUGAGAUCCAAAAUCAAAUUAACCAAAUAAAAAUUGAGAAAAAUACAAAGAUAAUGGGGAAAUUGAAGUUGAAAGAAUACAGUACAGGUAACAGAUAAACUUUUAACUAAGAAGUUGAGAGAAAAAACUGCCUCAAAAAAAAUCACUAGAAUAAAGAGGAAUGAAGAGACAUAUAUUUCCCCCAAAUGCAUUGGUCAAUGUUUUAACUCAUAUUACAGUGAAUUAUAUUCCCUUUCAACCCAGGAUAAGGAGAUAGAUAAAUAUCUAGAGGGUAUUAAUACUCCAGUAAUAUCAGAGGAGCAAAAAACAAGUCUCAAUACUCUAAUAACGGCACAAGAGGUGGAAGAAGUUAUUAAAAAACUGGAGAAUAACAAGACCCCCGGCCCAGACGGAUUUUCAAACUUAUUUUAUAAAGCCUUUGGAGAUUUACUUAUAAAACUGGUAGAUCUAUUCAAUAAUAUUGUAGAUAGAGGACAAUUUCCAAAGGAAAUGUUGAGAGCAAACAUAUUACCAAUUCCAAAGCAGAAUAAAGACCAGGGGGAAGUGGAAAACUAUAGGCCAAUUUCUCUUAUAAAUACCGAUGUAAAGAUUUUUUCUGCAAUAAUAGCAAAUAGAUUAAAACCCACUUUAAACAAUAUAAUUGACCCUGAUCAAAUAGGGUUUGUUCCGGGAAGAAUUUCUUCAGAUAAUACAAGGUGCAUAAUAGACAUUAUAGAUUUAGCGAAUAGAACAGAAAUACCUAUGACAAUUUUAACAGUUGACUCAGAAAAGGCUUUUGAUAGGGUUGACUGGGAAUUUAUGAGUAAGUCUUUGCUGAAAUUUGGUUAUCAGGGUUGGAUCCAUAGAGCUAUAAUGUCCUUAUAUUUUGGUCCUUCGGCUAGGACAGUAGGACCUAAUAUAUGUGCUGAUUGGUUUAAUCUCCACAAUGGGACAAGACAAGGAUGUCCGCUGUCUCCAAUUUUAUAUAUUAUAACUAUGGAGAUUUUGGCGAUAAAUAUAAGAACAAAUAAUCUAAUAAGCGGAAUUACAACGAAUCAAAGAGAGCUGAAAUUAAAACUAUAUGCAGAUGAUUUGAUAUUAACCCUAACUAAGCCAACUACAUCUAUUGCUGCUUUUAUGGAAGUAGUUAAGAAGUUUAGUGAAGCUUCGAAUUAUAAAUUAAAUGAAAAUAAAUCUAUAAUUCUAGAUAUUAACUUGGAUACAUUAAGCAGAAAUAAUAUAAAGGAUAAUUAUAAAUUUAAUUGGGCCAGUAUUAGUAUUCCAUAUUUGGGAAUAUUGUUGACAAAGAAAGCUUCUGAUCUAGUGCAGGUUAAUUUUUUAAGCUGUUUUAGAAACAUGAGGAAUGCAUUGAAUAAAUGGAAAAAAAUUGAAAUCACAUGGUGGGGAAGAAUGAACCUUAUAAAACCCUACCUUUUACCCAAAUGGGCCUAUAUGUUUCGGAUGAUUCCGUUAAAAAUUCCUAAACCUUGGUUGAAUAUGAUUCAAAGAAUGAUUAAUAAUUUCAUCUGGAAGAAUAAAAGACCGAGAAUUAGCAAAGGGCUCUUGGCUCAAAAAAUAAGACGGAGGCCUGGGUUUUCCAGGUAUAGAGGGUAUUUAUCUUGCCAAUGAAUUUUUCCAUAUAUAUAGAACCCAAUUGGAUAGUGUAAAAAGGGAGGGAUGGUAUAUUUUGGAAAGUGAGAGGUGUCAAGUAAGAGAUUUGAGUUCAAUUUUUUUGGUAUAGAUAUGCAGAUCCGAAAUUGUGUAUUAUUGGACAUUCUAACUUAUGUAUAGACUCCAUAUUGGAUUUUUGGAAAGUAAUAUGAAGAAAAGCUAAUUUGGAGAACAAUAUUUCAACUAAUCUUAAAUUGGAAUUACUUCCAUACUAUAUUAAGGAUUUAAACAUUAGAAGCUGGGUCCAAAGAGGGAUAACUCAAAUAGAAUAUCUAUACAAAAAUGAAAAAAUUAAAACCUUCUCACAAUUAACGCAAGAAUUCCAACUAUCAAAUAAGGAAUUAUUUACAUAUUUGAGAGUGAAAAACUAUUUAACUCAAAAUACUAUAAGACACCCCCUAGUAGGAACUAAAUUGAUUUGUGCACUUCUUAAUCACAAAAAGGUAGACAGGGUCUCUUCCAAGGCAAUGAGUGCUAUAUUGAAAUUGGAGGCUCCUCAGGUUAUCAUCGCAAAGCAAAAAUGGGAGAAAGAUCUAAAUAUUACAAUAGAUAAGGAAAAGUGGUGCGUAAUAAUGCCCUGAGCUUGUGAAACUAUUCAUUGUCUGAACAUAUUGGAAACCUUGUUUAAAGUCAUCAACAGAUGGUAUCUCACGCCCACAAGAAUGGCUAAAAUGUAUAGCUCAGGUUCACCAAUAUGUUGGAGAUGUAAGAAGUACUUGGGUUCAUUCUUGCAUAUUUGGUGGGAAUGUGAGAUCGUAGCAAAAUUGUGGUAUGAAAUAUUCAAUUACCUAGAGGGAAUGCUUUGUGUGUCUAUUCCAAAAUUACCAGAAAAUUUUUUAUUACAUCUUAACAUUGACCCUCUUUUACAAAAAGAUAAAGUAAUUUAUACUCAUUUUAUGAUAGCGGCUAAGACGAUUAUAGCACGCAAUUGGAAGAGUUCUUCCCUAUUUGCCCUAGAUAGGGUAAUAAUUCAAGUUAAGUUCCAACUUGGAAUGGAAAGUCAGCUGGAUAGGAUACACGGAAGAGACCCAAAGAAGGUACAUAAUGCCUUUUGGUUGGGGAAAAUGUAAAGAGAAGGUCAGGCAGAUCCUGAGGGAACAGAUGAGAUAACCCUUAUGAGGGAGUCUCAUCCAUAUAUAAAAAAACAAAUAACAUUUGUGGAAAACUAAGAGUGAAAUGAAGGGUCCCCCAGUAUUCCCGACGGCAUGGGAAUAGUUAUGUGUUUUAUUGAGUAAAAUAUUGUAGUAAAUAGAGGAGUCUUUAACAUAAAGCAGAUGACCAGAGAGGUCAAAACAUGAAAUACUCCUCUACAAAUGUCUGAGAAAUAAACAGAGUUAAUCUUAGAUAAUGCUGCAUUGUAUUAUACGGUAUUUACUGCUGUAUACAAACUUAUUUUAAUGACAUUUUUUUGAAUGUUUAAAUUUGUCUGUCUGAUGUUGUGAUGUGACAAAAGAAUAAAUUCAAAAAAUAAAUUAAAAAAUAAAUAAAUGUAAUUAAUCCAAUUCACAUUCUUAUUGGCAGUGAUGAUCGGAAAAAUGCAUUCAAAGCCCGCUGCAACUUCGUUACUUGCUUUAAAUUCAUCUGGCACCCCAAUGGCACAUAUAAAUAUAUAUAUAUAUAUAUAUAUAUAUAUAUAUAUAUAUAUAUAUAUAUAUAUAUAUAUAUAUAUAUAUAUAUAUAUAUACUUUACCACUGCUCUGGGGGUGAUCAGGUGUGUGGAAUGCAAGGGUUACCCCUAGGGCUGCCCAGAUUUCUUUGGUUACUGAUGCAGUGAAGGCCGGUCCCUGAUCACUUUGUUACCUCGGGGACCCUAUAUCUGCAUAUCACUUCGGUGAGCAGACGUUUGACUGUGGUUUUGGCUGUCAUAUUUGUGACUGGGUAGGCCUCUGGCCAUCCUGAGAACAUGUCUACUAUGACUAGUGCAUAUUCAAACCGACCACUCUUUGGCAUUUGGAUGUGGUCAAUCUGGAUUCUUUGGAAGGGAUGUUGGGGUUUGGCCAGGUGCUUCAGGGGGGAUUUUUUCCAUGCUGCCUGGGUUGCAUUUGGCACAGAUUUUGUUUGUCAAGGAAGUAAUCCCUGGUGCUUCGGUACAUGUCUCUGUGUGGAAUUGGGGAAAGCCAAUUACACUCCAAUACAGGGUUUGCUUGGUGACACCCUCUUCAUAGAGUUGGGUCUGGUCCUCAGUGCUCCAUGAUUUGGCCAUUGGGCCGAGUUCUUUCCAUGAGGUCUGAGGGGACUUGGUUAAGAUGUGUGGGACAGCUAAGUCCCAGUGAUGAUAUAGGUGAGUUACCUCAGAGGGCAGGAGGGCUAGGGCCAUGCUGUUCCCUUUAGAAUCACAGAACAGGACUGUUAUGGUGAGUUUCACAUCCACCAACUGAAAGUUAUUCUUCAUAGUGGGGGUCGGGCCCUGGGAUGGUUUUAUACCACAGGGUGCAGUGAGGGACCAGGAAGGUCUGAGUAUCGUGUGGAGGGAAAGCCUGAGUGCCACAUGGGAUGACUUGAGUUAGAAGAAAAAACAUGUAUCCUAGGUCUAUGUCUAGGUUGUACCAAUAGUGGGUGGAUCCACCCUUGGGAAGAGGCAGAAGAGUGGACAGGUUAAGGGAGUAGCACCUCUGCAAGGACAUGUUGUCUGGAAGCAGAAGAGAACAUUGUAAGCGGAGGUGGCGGGUAGCAGAGAGGUGUUUGGGCUGAACUUGGUUAAGGAUUGGCGCAAUGUCAUGAGGGGCAAGAAUGACAAGCUGAUGGCCAAGUACCAAAUCAUUAGUCUUGUCAAUGAGGGCAUGUGCAGAAAAUACUGCUCUAAGGCAGGAGGAUCCUCCCCUUGCCACAGGGUCAAGUUGGCAUGAGUAAAAGCCAGUGGGGUGCUGGCGUGAGCCAUGAGACUGUGUGAGGACCUCAGAGGCAUGACCCUGUCUCUCUGACACGAACAACUUAAAGGGUUUCUGGUAGUCGGGGAGGCCCAGGGCCGGGGCAGUGGAGAUGGCAUGUCUCAAGGCAAAGAAGCUGGAGAGGGCCUCUGGGGACAGGGAAAAUGGUUAAGUUUUGAGGGCGUCAUAGAGGGGUUGCAUAAGGAAGGAGGCCUCCGGGAUCCAGGCCCUGCAGUAGGAGAUUAGGCCCAGGAAGGCAUGGAGGGAUUUAUGUGCUGUAGGAGGAGCAAUGGCUGUGAUAGCUCUCACCCGGUCACGAGUGAACUGGCGGGUACCAUAUGAGAGGCAGUGACCCAGGAAAACCAUGGAUGGCAGGCACCACUGUAGUUUCUGUUUAGAGGCCUUGCAUUCUUGCUCCUCAAGAUAGCAUAGAAGAUCUUCAGAAGUACGCUCAGCAGUAGGGAGGUCAUCAGCACAGAGGAGGAGGUCAUCCACAUAUUGAAGCAGGACCACAUCAGUGUGGGCAUUUUGCCAUGAGUUCAGAAUUGAAGCCAUUGCUUUUGCAAACUGACUGUGAGAAAUUUGUGCUCCUUGAGGCAUGACAGUCCAGGUGUAUUGCCGGUGUUCAUGGGUGAAAUCGAACAGAUAUUGACAUGGAGGAUCCAGGCGUACACUGAAGAAUGCGUUAGCCAGAUCCACCACUGUGAAAUACCUGGAGGUAGGUGGGACCCCUAAAAGCAAGGGCUUGGGCAGGCUUCAGAGGGUAUUGUGGCAUACGGGGCAGGCUGGCCCCUGGGAUUUACUUCACUAGAACUGGAGGGACAUGGAGGCAUCCAAUGUCUUCUGGGCCUAUGGACCACAGCUUGGGAUGUAUUCUGGUGAAGGCGUCGGGGGAAGUGUCCAGUACCCUUGCAUUCUUGACAGGUUCUUCCAUGUGGUGUUAGAGGGGUAGCGAGCAGAAGGAUGAUGUCAGCAGCAGAUCGGGGAGAAGACAUUUGAAUCUGGCCAUCUGGGGUAAAGGUGAUAGAUGCCUGCAAGCGGGAGAGAACAUCUGCACCUAGCAGAUUCAUAAGGCAGGUUGCGGAUACCACAAAGCGGGCUAGGAGGUCAGAGAAGGUGCCAACUUUCAAGGGCUGGGUUAGAAGGCUGGAUCGAGGAGUGCCAUCUACCCCUAUGCAGGAGACAUCAAUAUUAGACAGGAAUGAGGAGCCAGGCAGCUCUUGUUUCCGAAGGACGCUCCUGGCUGCGCUUGUGUCAACUAAGAAGGUGGUGGGGUGGCCUUCUACAGGCAGGGCCACCAUAGCUUCCCAAAACGUAGACUAGUCCCCUGAAGACACUGCCAUGACAGGGGUAGGUGACACAGGUUUGCCAGUUACCUAGCGCAGGAGAUCUAGAUGAGCUUGGUCAGGGCCAGCGGAGGGGUAACUGGCAGCGGGGUAACAGUUUACGGGGCGACCGGCAGCGGGGUAACUGUUUACAGUGUAACCGGCUGCAGGGUAGGACGCUCUCCCAUCCUGUGGGGGAGCCGGUCUAGGGACCCAGUUGCCCGCAGUUAAAGCAUCUUCCAAGUUGUGGCAUAGGGGGCGAACAUGAGAGGGGCUGGCUUCCUGGGAAGCUGGAAUUGGGAGGAUUCCAGGCCCUUAGCAACCAAUAGGAGGGUAUCCAGGGGAAGCACCCUAUACUCGGAGUUGGAUAGAAGCAGGCCAUUGCGUAUGAAUUCUUUAAGGCCUGUUACAAAGGCCGCAGACAACAUUUGGGUAUGGGCCUUAUUAUACAUGCUGAAACCCAAAUCGGAGAAGACUUGGGACAACCUAGUGUGGUAUUUCUCCACAGAUUCCGUCUUAUCUUUGGUGAUAUUGUUAAUACAGGUAGCCUGAUCCACUAAUUUAUCUUUGGCCCACUCUAUGAGCUGGUCACAGAACUCCGUACCGGAGGCAAAAUCGGUAUCGCUAGUGAGGCGAGCAUUGGAGAGACUUUUCUUAAUAAUAGGUCAAUAAGCAUCUCCUGCCUUUAUUUUGCAGAGACUAAGUAAGUCAUGCCAUGCAGCAGAAUAGGUCUUUUGGAUUUGGACAAUUCUCCAGUAAAAGGGCAUGGGUUGUUUUUCUGGGUCAGGCAAAGUGCUCACCAGGUUUGUGACUUGGGACAGAGUGAAUAUGACAUACAUUAAGGGGGCCCCUUCUGUGAGGAACUGGACUUGACUUUGGGGUUCUCAACACGAAGUUGUGGAGGAUCGCCCCCAAAUAGGCUACCAUCGUCAUCAGGGGGAAUCUGGUACCCAUGGGAACUGGCGUCUUCGAAGGAGUGUGAAGCCUGUAGGCCUCCGUUGGUGCUGUACAUAAGGAGAGGGCGUAGGGGUUGGAGUGGGGUGGGUAGGGCUUUGGGGCGUGAGAGUGGGUGGAUCAUCUAUGGUGACUUGGGGUCUGUCUACGAAGGGCAUUACAGAGGCUAAUACAAUAGUGGCGAGAAGAGAAGGCAGAACAGGGGCGUGGAGGGUAGGCAGAACAGGGGCAGAGGUAACAGGGGCAGGCAUAACAGGGGCAGAGGUAACAGGGGCGGGCAUAACAGGGGCAGAGGUAACAGGGGUGGGAAUAGCCGUGGCAGAGGUAACAGGGAAGGGAAAGCCUAACAGGGGCGGGGGAAUAAAAUUAUCCAUCUGCCCUGAGAAUGGGGCAGACUGGGGCAGGGACCAGAGGGGCAGUGGUUGUUGAUACUGGUAAUAGGGUGGAGGUCACAGGGGCUAACCUUCUCUUUGUGCCAGGCGCCAUCAUAGGGAGGUGGCUGACAUGGGACUUCAGUAUCUUCAGCAUUACAAGUACCUUCAUGAUAUACAUACAUCCUCUGUCCCCCUAGGUCUAGUUCUUCCUCCACCCACCCCUCCUGGUGAACAGCUCUAGCAACUCUAAACCAGGCUUCUGCUGUCUCUACUUGCUUAUUGUCCUGUAACAAUCCCCUCUUCUCUUUUAGCAGCUUGGGCCAGCCUUCUGGCUGUAACCGCCCACUGGCACACAUUAAUGCCACAUAUCUUAGCUACCCUCUUCAUCUUCCCCACUGCCUCCUCGCCCUCUCUCUCUCACUCUAUCACAGGCUAACCAACCCUUACUGGGUUUCGCAAGCUUCUGACCCAUCCUCUCUAAACAGGACGUCACAAGAUGGAGACAAACAGGAAAGAGAACGUCUACAGUGCUCGACUGCCACGGCGGAUAACCUGUGUGCGUCUUCCCAAAACGAGGUGGCCGCAGACUGGAGCGGGGCAAGUAGUGUGUGACCAAGCACUCCUCUCAACAAAGUAUACAAGAGGAAAAAAACAAAACAUAAACUUACACUGAUUGCAAUCAAAAACCAAGUAACAUGUACAAUUAAACCAAAUUACCCUUCAUGUAUUUAUUUAAAAAAAGGCAAGGAUAGACCCGCGAUAUAAUAAACCCUCCCAGACCCCGCAAUAAGUGUGACCCUGAUGCCGUCUGCAAUGUCAUGUGCUUUACCUCGCUACGGCUGUACCUUGCAGAACCCUCCCAGAUCCCGCACCAAGUGCGUCCCUGACGCCCUCUGCAAUGCCGUGUGCUUUAUCGUGCUACGGCUGUACCUUGCAGAAGUUUAACCACGUCAAUAUAUCCCUGUGAAAUUCCCUCCCGUACUCUAUCCAGCCCUCAUGCAAAAUACAUCCACACCCAGGUGGCAGUUAAUAUACAGGUUCUAUACAAAAAUUAUUUACCUGUCUUUGGUGCCCUGCGGCAGCCGACAAAGACUCGGAGAUAGGCCAAUCACAGAGACAGCAUAUAUAGGCAAGGUACUAACACAGUCAUUACCCUAUAUCAGGGGUGAUCAGUCUCCGUCCCAUCACUGCAGGUCUGCCCCCGGCGUCUUCGAGGUCGGCUAUCCGCAGGGACACAACCCGGAGCCCCACGUUGGGCGCCAAUUGUUUUAGACCAAACCAAGUGUUUGCUUGAAUAUCUGCCCCUGUCCAGAUUUUAAAGUGAAAAUGCGUGCACGCUGAAGAAAUCACACUGACAACAAGUUCAGAUGAAUGAAAACUUUGAAGUGUUUAUUGGGGGUGGACAAAGCCCCUUAAAAUGGCAGAAAAAUGCAUUGUGUGCAAAUAUUAAGCAUAAACUUUUUAAUUGGCCAAGUGUAAGUGUUUUAUUUUGAUGUACUUCCUCCAAGCUGUGAUGUCAUCAUAAUCUUGGGUGCUACUCCGGAUGGAGGCGCCAUCUUGUUACACGAGGUGUUAUGGUCGAUGGGAGGGGCUGCUCUAGCGGCCAUUUUGAGUAAUGAAUAAGCACAAUGAAUAAGCACAGGUACACAUAGUAAAUAGAAAUUGUAUUUACAUUAAUUUCUAUUGAUCACAUAUGGACACUUUGAAUGUGCGCGCCGCGCGUGCGCAUUCGGCUCCGCUGGCGGGGGGGGGGGGACCUCAGGGCACUAUAGUGUCAGGAAAACCACUUUGUUUUCCUGACACUAUAGUGAUCCUUUAAGAAAAAAUGCCACCUCCAAAACUUUUUUACUCAAAUAUUUUUGUGAAUGGUCCUAAAAUAUCCUGCAAUUUAUCGUGUCAGGAUCUCAUUCAUCUGUCUAAUCCUUUCUUGGGAUUCUUCCCUGAAUUACUUAGAAAUUGGACAAUAACGGUACAAAUCAGGGGCCAUAUAUACGUUGUUAGGGAAAAAUUGUCUUGGACAUUCUCUCAGAAGUUUGUUUCUUGUAGACUAAUCUAAAGGCUUUCUUAUCCAGAUUUUCAGGCAUUGUGAAGUAUGGGCAGCAGGAACCAGCUCAAUGGCCUGGGAUUUUUAAUAUGUCCUGAUUGAAAAAAGGGUUUACCUUUAGCAUCUAAAAGAAAAAAUUCAGAUUUAUUAGGAAUAGUACACUCCUCAUCUUAAACUGAUUUUUUAAUCAUAAGAGUCUGAAUAAGAUGAUUCAUUAGAUGAAGUGUAAUACGAAUCUGGUUUGCUUCAGGAUGAUUUCCAUAACUGUUUUACUUCCUCGUGGUUAGAGGGUCUAUUGUGUGCUUUAGACACACAUUUCUUAAUGUAAUGGUGAGUGGUUCUUUGAUUUAUUUUGUUCCUUAUUUAUCAUGAGGCUUUUCAAAACCCUGUUUCAAUAGGACCGUCUAAACAGUGUUUUCUUUUGUGUCGUCAACCCAGGUUGAAAAAAAAAAAAAAAAAAGAUUUUAGCCUGGUUACGAGAGGGUUCCUCAGCUAACCAAAAAAAGAUCACACGGUGUAAUGGGAUCAUCAGAAUUUUUUUCUCUAUUAAAAGUAUGAAAUAAAGCCAUAUCCAUGGAUUUAGAGCCUUUAGACAAUGAUUCUGGCAUCGAAUUUAUGGCAUUUGAUAACGUUUUAUUUACAGAUUGAUCUAAUUUUACCUGCCUGCUCUGAAAGAGUGGCAUCAGUAAUGGCCUUCUUGGCUUGUUUUUUAUUAACCACAAGAUAUAAAAGUAAAAGCUGAUAAAGGUUGUAGUAAUAUUACCUGAUGUGGAUGGAAACAAUUAGAAUUGAUAUAAUGUAAAACAAUGUUUCCUAUUGAAUUAAUCUGAGGGACAAGCUGAAGCACAGUUAUUCAGCUGAGGUAAAAACCAUUGUGAGAAUGUAAUGGAGACCAGAACGAAGGGCUGAACUCCAAAAUUGCUGCAACAACUGUGACUCAGCCAAGAUAAAAAUUGCCAUGGCAAAUAAAGACCCAGUCCCCCUGCAGUAGUCACAGGGGGUGAAUGCAGUGCACCCCAACUCUAAGAGGGUCAGAAAUAGUAAUAUCUGGUGGACUCCGACGUGGCAUUCGCUUCCAAGUUGGCCAUCACAAUUGAAGCUCAAUCAGUGAAGAGCUUGGUAUGUAAAUUUCAAAAGAAAUAGUCAACCACAAUUAAUAUAUCACUGUAGCAACCCCAAUAGGAUGUGUGUGUAUAUAUGUGUAUAUAUAUAUAUAUAUAUAUAUAUAUAUAUAUAUAUAUAUAUAUAUAUAUAUAUAUAUAUAUAUAUAUAUAUAUAUAAUAUAAUAUAUAUGCAUCCUAUUGGGGUUGCUACAGUGAUAUAUAUAUCCACAAAAAAUACCAUAUAAACCAGAUUCCUGCACUCCAACCAAACGAAAAAAAAUACCUGGUGCUCUGGUCGCUAUAGUAAUAUAUCCAAAAAAAUACCGGUACUCAAAGAGUUUCCAAUCUUAAAUUUUCUUUUAUUCCAAAGUCAACCUUUCAGCUCCCUGAUGAAAGCUCCAUGGGGAGCCAAAACGUUGACGUCGUUCUUGGAAUAAAAGAAAAUUUAAGAUUGGAAACUCCUUGAGUGCUGGUAUUUUUUGUGGAUAUAUAUAUAUAUAUAUAUAUAUAUAUAUAUAUAUAUAUAUAUAUAUAUAUAUAUAUAUAUAUAUAUAUAUAUAUAUAUAUAUAUAUACACACACACACACACCCACCCCCACCCCUUAAAGGCACAGUGGGAAAAAAAACAUUCAAGCAAAAUCAAAUUUAUUCAUAAUUGGGACUUAUGCUAGAAUAAAUCAUGUAGAAUACGUACCUGUCCGAAAAAGGAGCAAAGAAAGAGAAGGAACAUCCACAGGCUUCCUGUUAUAUAGACUAUACUUGAUGCUGAUUGGUCAAGGAGCUUACCUGUUCGUGCUUGGUUGUGAUCUUUGAUUCUUUUUUAGUUCUACCUAUCUUGUUGUUACACUUUGUUGCUUUGAGUAGUAAGGAAAGUUCUAAGCAUAACAUGAGCCUCCUGUCUGCGAUAGAAUUUAUCUAUCAAAAUUGUAACCGUCAGGUCUCUUAUAUGAUGCUGUAACUUCACAGGACAGUGGCAAAUCAUACAUAGGGGGUUUCCUUAUACUCAUAUGUAGCUGAACACGUUAUGGGGUUUGGCACAGUAGUAGCCAAUAUCAGGUUUAUGAAAUACACAUUAAAAAACGAGAAUAAGAGAACUCUGAGAAUCGACAAAUCGAACUCAGUAGCUUGCCCUUCAGUAAAUAUGUGCACUGGUCUCAAAAUAGUGCUCACUUGUGCCAUUACAGAGAGAACCUAUUCCAAAGUAUUUCAGACUAGACUACCCAUAUGGGCAGUCUAGAACCGAAAUGCCAGUAACUUCUCUCUGCAUGAGGGAUACAGCAACCCAGACAAUCGUUUAGUCCUUCCUUAGGCUUCGUUUAGCUGAUACCCCUCUAGGCACAGUGAGCACGGGGUCCACGUCUGGAUUAUUCUUUUGAACUUGGGUAGAGCCAAGUUAAUGCAUUGCAACUUAAACAGAGAAUAUGAGAAACAUUAAAAUAAACCUUGUUCUAUUUGUGAUGGUUAAUAAUCAGAAAAAAAAACUAUUUUACUACAACAUUUUGCAGAGAUCGGCUGUUAAAUGUAAAAAGUUUCAAAAUAUGCUUAGAUAAAUAGCUUGUGAUGUCUGCUUUUUUAAAAAUAUUUACUAUUGUGUGGCACCUGUGUUUUCUGUGACUAUCAAAGGGACACUAUAGUCACCUGAACAACUUCAGUUUAAUGAGGUUGUUCAGGUGAGAACUAUACCUCCCUGCAGCCUUUCUCAUGUAAACACUGUAUUUUCUGAGAAAAUACAGUGUUAACUUUGAAAGCUAGGAACACCUCUAGUUGCAGUCACUCAGAGUGAACCAGAGGGACUUCGGAGUUGAUGGAGGCAUAAUAUGCAUCCAUCCACUCAGAUCUGCUGUCGGCAGAGCACAGGGCAGCACUGUGCACAGCAUCCUGUGAUUCAGUAUCUCCUCCCUCUGCAUGUUGACACUGAACUUUCCUCAUAGAGAUUCAUUGAUUCAAUACAUCUCUAUGAGGAGAUGCUGAUUGGCCAGGGCUGUGUUUGAAUCAUGCUGGCUCUGCCUCUGCUCUGCCUCUGCCUCUGCUCUGCCUCUUUGUCAGUCUCAGACAAUCUUAUGGGGAAGCACUGUGAUUGGAUCAGGCUACCACAUGUCAGCAGACUGCUUGUUUUUCUGAGUCUAACAGCAUGCAGAUUUACAGCUUCCGGCUUGAAUACAGUAAGAUUUUUACUGUAUUUAUGGAGGCGUGAGGGGUCCAGGGGCGCUAGAUGGUGGUGUUAACACUAUAGGGUCAGGAAUACAUGUUUGUUUUCCUGUCCCUAUUAGUGAUCCUUUAAGCUUACAAGGCAAACACACUAAGUUCUAAAAUCACUCCACAUUAAAAUUGUAUUUUACUCUUUGCAUUUUGUGGCCUACAAGUACCAAAAAUUUACUUAAAUUCCAAACUUAGUAUAUAAUCAGUAAAUCAGGACAAAUAAAUGAAUUUAUUUUGUUUCACAUUUCAUAAUUAUACACGUAUUAGAAUUGCCAAAACUGUAAAAGUUUUUUUGUGUUAUAAAUGAGAUUUUAUAUAUGUUACAUCAUCAAAUGAAAGCCCUUUCUGUCCUUUAACAAAUGAUAGCUUAUGUGUAUGGUGCCUAUACCUAUAUACCUAAACCUAUAGCUAAAAUGGAAGGUUUUGUUUUGGUUCAGAACGUGGACAAUUACCUCCGUCCUUAAGGGGUUAAACGGCAGUCAUACAGUGUACAUUUGCUCUUGCCAUGUGCAUAGGUCUUGGAUAUAAAUGAGAUCACCACUGUCACCAAGGAGUUAAUAAAAUGGCGCAGACUUUUAGCAGUGAAGCAUGAAUAUUUGCUCAAUGGAAGGUGGUGAAAUGACAUGUCAUACCUAUGUUUUCUCUGUAUGUUAGCAUUUUUGUUCUGGAAUAUAUUUUUAUUUAUAUUUACAUUUUCCUUCCACAGAAGCAGAAAAAAAAUCCAGGUAGGAAAGUCUUAUUUAUUUUGUUUUAAAGAUUUUGUUUAAAGAUCUGUUUGUAGAGAAACUUGCUUUAUUAUAUUGAACACUGUUUGAGAUUAACUGCACAGCAUUUUUUAUUUUUUUAUUCCGUUAAAGACAAGUGUUUUUUGUUUUAGUUUUUAUCUAACCCCUUCAAUCCCAGAAUUGAGUAAAACCCAUUUUAUUGUCAUGUAUUUUGGACGUAUGAAAUCUAGCCCAUAACAUAUCACUCACCCUUAUUUUAUACUCUGUGAUUAGUAGCUUGUAGAGAAACUAAUUUCUCUGUGUGAAGCCAAUGGUUACUGAUAUAAUACCUGUAAAGUUGCUGAAAAUGUAAGCUCACAUUCUGCUUUCAGGUAGUACAUGGAGUUUUACUGGGUGACACCAUUCUUACUGUCAGGAAGUGAGGGGGAGGGAGUGGAUGGACUCUACCAUUUCACUGUCAGCAUUACAUUAGCAGUUCAGAUGAUAAAGAUUGCUAUAGCCGUUUUAAAUACCUUUAUUUUAGAAAUAUGAUUUAACUGUACUUACUGUAUGUGGGCAUUAUGCUCAAAUGCAGACUGCUAGUAAUGCCUUCAGGGUCCUUACAUAUACUUAUAAGCAAGGAUUUUUACCAUUUUUACUUAUAGAUUUUUGUCACAGCUACGAUAUGUGAGAAAAAUUGCAUGUAUUUUUUUUCUAUAUAUACGAACAUUUCAGACCCUGUGUGAAAUAUUGUAAGAUAAAAGUGCACUGUGCACGGUCUAAAGCUUUUAAUUUCACAAAUAUGUUUUAUAAAGGAUGAAUGAAUAAGUGAAAAGCAAAAGUUAUUUGACAUUUUUCAUUUUUACGUUUGUCUGCAGAUCAAUCAAUACACAGAAUUCCUGUGUUGUGUUUAUAUGUGAGCUAUGCAUUCCUUGCUUUAAACAAAUAUUAUGCUAAUAUUUUUUUCAAUCAAAAUGUGCUUGGUAGUGAAGGGGUUACAAUAAAAAUUAGGUAAGGGUUUCUUCAGUACCCAGAAGUUUCCAAAAAUUACAAACAAACCUUGCUAUUGUGGGGCUGCCACCUCCCUCUGCAGCUCCAAGUAGGGUUUAACAACUCACAAAAUAAAAUUAAAAUUAGGGCAGCGCUACCAAUUGCAAAUAUGCACACCAAGUGAUACCUACACACAGAUUUAUUUGAAGGACAGCAAAUAAAAAUGUUUCAGGUUCUCCCCUUUCUCAAUGCAUGUCAUGAUGAACGUGUACAUGAUGACAUGCAUUGAGAAAGGGGAGAACCUGAAACAUUUAAAUUUGUUGUCCUUUGCAUAAAUCUGUAUGUAGCUUGUGGUGUGCACAUGUGCAAUUGGUAGUGAAGGGUUUUAAAGAGGAAGUGUUACUUGUGAUAUAAUUUCAUAACAGAAUACCUACUGUGCUUUAUUCAAAAUUAUGUUUGUAUGUUUUUUUUAUUUAUUUUUUUAUUUGCCACACAGGGCCAGGCAGGUAAUUUUUACCGUUGCAUGCCCAUGUACAGCAUUUAAGUGUAGUGUAUGCAUUGCUCCUAAAGCAUUUCUUUGUAGAUGGCCAAGCAUUCGUAAACCCACAUUACAGAAGUGUGGACAAUUUAUGUAUGUGUUUUUUUUUCUUUUCUUCUUUAAAACUCUGCUGCUUUAUUCACCCUGGUAAACAAUGCAACAGAAUUUGCGGAGAGACAUUAUCCAUAGCAGCAUAGGUUACAGCCAUGCCAAUCCAAGAGUUGUACAUUCAGGACUGUAAUUAGGCCCCAAAUGGACAAUGUUGGAAACAUCCCAGGCUCUGGUUGCUGAUGUUUUUUAGCAGUUAUAUCAGAAAACCAAAUAGACAUUUAAUGUCUGUCUAUUGCAUUCCAUUUUAAUAUUGUGGUAUUCACUUAAUACAAUAGUGAAUAGUUCAAUAGUUCUCUUUGACUCUGACCUCUCCUUACCCCCUCAUGUCCAAUCAAUCCCCAAAUCCUGCCGCUUCCAUCUCAAAAACAUUGCGCACAUCCGACCCUAUUUAACGCCUGAUACGGCAGAGGUACUUGUCCAUGCCGCUGUCCUCUCUCGCCUUGACUACUGUAAUCCGCUUCUCAGUAGUCUUGCGUGUUUUCCACCAAUCUCAACUCCUUCAAAAAAAUCUGUGAAAACGUACUUCUUUAGGAAAGCAUAUGAAUUAAACUGUGAACAGCUUUCCCUCCCCGCACCCUGAUUCCUCUCCUGAAACUGUCAUCAAAACAAAACACUAAGCCCUCAAUGAAUACUAUCCUAGCAACCUACUUUUCUACCCUUACCUUUUGUCACUAUAUCCUACUCCCUCUAGCAUGUAAGCUCAUUGAGCAAGGUCCUCUAUACCUCUCUUCCUUUGUGUCCAACUUGUUUGGUUACAACUACUUGUCUGAUAGUACACCCAUUAUACAGCGCUACAGUACUUGUUGGCGCUUUAUAAAUAAUAAAAAACAUAGCAUAACGUUUUAUUAUCUAUAGUGAUAAGUGACUCCUGCAUAACCCUACGAUGCUUCGUAACAUACCCCAUUGAUUGUGAUCCAAUCCAGAGUAGUUUUGAAGACCUUUAAAAAUGACAAGUUGAGUGUUUAUAACAUAUUCAUCCUCACCUUGCGUUUAGUGGCCAUUCAUUUGCAUGAUUGACACUUGCGGCAUGUUAAUGGACAGCAGCCGCUGCGGAUCCAAGGCUAAUUAUACCCCCACGCUCGCUCACGUGAUUGACGACGGCGUGCAUGCUAUGUCGUGCAUGCACAGCGCGCGGACGUUUUAGGAUAAAAGAGCGAUCCUGGACAAUCAGAAAGGUAAAGCAGGUAUAAAAGCCUAGAAUUACCUUUCCUCGUUGCCCUGUCGUGGUUUCCCUAGUGGUUGUCCGAUAGCGCGUUUACCUAGAUUUCAGUAAGGCUUUUGACACUGUUGCACAUAGAAGGCUUAUCAAUAAACUGUUUCCAAUAUUGUUGAAUGGGUAAGGCAGUGGCUGAGUGACAGGCAACAGAGGGUUGUAGUUAAUGGAAUAUAUUCGAAGCUUGGACUUGUCACCAGUGGGGUACCUCAGGGAUCUGUACUUGGACCCAUUCUGGACCCAUUCUCUUUAAUAUUUUUAUUAGUGAUAUUGCAGAAGGUCUUGAUGGUAAGGUAUGUCUUUUUGCUGAUGAUACUAAGAUAUGUAACAGGGUUGAUGUUCCAGGAGGGAUAAGCCAAAUAACAAAUGAUUUAGGUAAACUAGAAAAAUGGUCAGAAUUGUGGCAACUGACAUUUAAUGUGGAUAAGUGCAAGAUAAUGCAUCUUGGACGUAAAAACCCAAGGGCAGAGUACAGAAUAUUUGAUAGAGUCCUAACCUCAACAUAUGAGGAAAGGGAUUUAGGGGUGAUUAUUUCUGAUGACUUAAAGGUAGGCAGACAAUGUAAUAGAGCAGCAGGAAAUGCUAGCAGAAUGCUUGGUUGUAUAGGGAGAGGUAUUGGCAGUAGAAAGAGGGAAGUGCUCAUGCCAUUGUACAGAACACUGGUGAGACCUCACUUGGAGUAUUGUACACAGUACUGGAGACCGUAUCUUCAGAAGGAUAUUGAUACCUUAGAGAGGGUUCAGAGAAGGGCUACUAAACUGGUUCAUGGAUUGCGGGAUAAAACUUACCAGGAAAGGUUAAAGGAUCUUAACAUGUAUAGCUUGGAGGAAAGACGAGAGGGGGGGGAUAUGAUAGAAACCUUUAAAUACAUAAAGGGAAUCAACUCAGUAAAGGAGGAGACUAGAUUUAAAAGAAGAAAAACUACCACAAAAAGAGGACAUAGUCUUAAAUUAGAGGGACAAAGGUUUAAAAAUAAUAUCAGGAAGUAUUACUUUACUGAGAGGGUAGUGGAUGCAUGGAAUAGCCUUCCAGCUGAAGUGGUAGAAGUUAACACAGUAAAUGAGUUUAAGCAUGCGUGGGAUAGGCAUAAGGCUAUCCUAACUAUAAGAUAGGGCUAGGGACUAAUGAAAGUAUUUAGAAAAUUGGGCAGACUAGAUGGGCCGAAUGGUUCUUAUCUGCCGUCACAUUCUAUGUUUCUUAUUAUAGUAAUUUCGGUUCUUUGGCUUUGAUUUUGACUUCUCUGUAUUCUGGCAUCCCUGACCUCUGGCAUUCCUUUAUUGUUGUGUCCCCUGACCUCGGCUAUUUCUCUGACUAUUCUUUGGUGUGUUAGUCCGGCCAUUCUAAGGUGCGUUAAUACGUUGCCUAUUAGUCUCCUGUGUUACACAAUUCUACGUGCUGGAUCAUACUGUAAUCCUGACAGUGUUUCAGAUUCAAAUUACAGCUUCCUUUUCACAGCUUUUAUUAUGCAUCUUUUAUUGAUAUAUGUCUGGCAAAGGAUGAUAACGUUCCUAGGCAUAGAACCAGGAGCCCUUGAUAAACAGUUUGUUCUGCAUACGCAAUCCAGCACUGUAGGUUUGGCCUAUUUUGGUGGGAGUUCUUCAAUCGUGACAGGUUCUUGAAUUCUUAUUUUAAUAAUUAUUUUCUCCUUCCCUGGUCAUUGACCAUAUCUACUUUAGGGCCUAGAUUAGAAGGAAAGGCCAGUAGGUGAAGAAAUUCAGUAUCUAUAUUCAGCAUGUUAUAACAGGAGUUGGCCAGGAUCUCUUCAUUAGCAUUUAUGUGGUUUGUUAGGGUGUGCAUUUCCUCUCUUGGCUUCCAGGUCUGCCAAGAUUACUUAUGCCAACUGGUGGCUUUAAUAUCAUGAUUCCUAAUUAAGUCUGGUCUUGUAGAAAUGUCCUGCUUUCUGCAGUCCAAGGACAAGGUGUGCAGCUCGGCAGUAGAUGCCAUUUUGGGCUUAGUCCUCCUAGAUAUAUGAGUGUAUAUUGUGGGAGCCAAAUUACUGUAAAGCCCAGUGUUAGUGAGAAUUCCUAAUGGCUAUUGGUUAUCUAAGUAUGUAUAGGGAUUUGGGCUGAUGUGUACUAUGGUCAUUCCUGCCGCACAGGAGUAGUGGGAGUCUAAAUGCAGGACUAAUUUUUGUGUAUUUGUUAGUGAGCAUUCCUCCUUGUUAUUUUCCAUUGAUCUGGUAGGUAUUUUGUAGAAAAUAGCACUUGAAAAAUCACCUUGUAAUUGGUACAUUGCAGCACAGAGCUGUGUUCAGGCCUGGCUGCUCUGCUCACAGGUGACUUUGUAUAAUGCAUUUACAAUUAUAAAAUGUAUCAAAACUAUACAUGAAAACCUACUGAUCAAUAUACAUAUGUAUUACAUCUGUAACUUGUAAUAAUUCUGUGUCAUCUUUUUCAGAUGGGAUGUUGUGGAAAAAAAUGUAAGUUGUGAUCUAUUUUGCCAGUUAUUGAACGUGUACCAAAAGACACUGGAGUAGUGACUGGAACAACAUACCGUAAACAUUUAACCACCUGCAAAGAAGUUAACAGUUUGCCUAACUUAGUGCUAGUAACAUACAAUCCACAUACUACAAAAAGUAACUCUGAUGUAAAGUGGUAUUGCUGAUGCACUAGUGCUACCAGAACGUGAAUCCAGGGAUAAAUACCACAGAUGUUUUGUCACACAGCCCUUUAUCACAUUUUUUUUUUAAAAGACUCUGAGUGUAUCUUACCAUUGGGUUUUUUUCUCUAUAAUGUUGAGUAUUGUAGGCAAGUUUUUUUUUUUUUUUUUAGAUAUAAUGACCAGAUUACCUUCAGGAUAAUUUUCUAGCAUGUUUAAUUGUACUUCUGUAUAUGACUUGCCUGCUCACUUUGCUGUGUCAGGAAAUCACUUGUUCGGGAUAGGCAUUGGGAGAGUAGGAAUUUAAAGAAUGAGGGAGCUUUAGCAAAAUGUUCUCGUUCAAAAAGUGGUGCAAAUAUAUAAAGGUUAGGAGUAGCCAAAGUAAUUUGAAUGCUAGUUCCCAUGGUCACUGCCCCACUUUUAGUACUUAUGUCCCUUUUCAGAACAGAACACUUUAAUAAAUCUCCCCCUGUUGUCUCUGAUUCUCUACCUCCACAUACUAUGUACAGUGAAUGGAAAAACCAAAGCUUAUGACGAUUAACAAGCAGCCAGUAGGGAGACACUCAGUUUUCCAUUCCAGAAUUGAUUAAUUCCUACAGGUAAUAAGAUUUUUAAGGCCUUCAAACACACACAUAUUAAAUCUAGGAUAAGCAAAUAUUAAAAGUCGUGGGAGAUGUAGGUUCUCCUUUAAACUAAAUGGAUAUAAAUUAACUAUCUGUUUUGUAUUUGUGAAUGUCAUUUACCUUCCUUUUUUUAAAUUCUUUAUUUAUGAAACUGUUUGAGUUAAAUAGGAAUAAGCUUGCGCUAUAUAAAUACCAAUAAUAAGUAGAGGAACAGUGCAAAGUAGGGGUAAAUAAUCUGUGUCUAGAUUUCAUGAUCAAUCUUGUCUCCAGUAGCAAGGGAGCCUAAUGCACGUCCGCUAGUCGUGAGGCUAACAUAAUUGUCCUUCCUUAACCCUGUACAUCACAGUUUAGUUUGACUGUGCCAUUAAAGGACCACUAUAGUGCCAGGAAAACAAACUCAUUUUCCUGGCACUAUAGUGCCCUGAGGGUGAAGUUGAAGGAAGGGGGUUAAACACUCACAUUUCUCCAGUGCCGGGCUCCCUCCCUCUCCUCCUCCUAUGGGAGUCACUGACUGAAUGCGCAUGGGCGACUAGAGCCGCGCGCACAUUCAGUCAGUCCAUAGGGACGCAUUCUCAAUGCUUUCCUAUGGACGCUGGCGUCUUCUCACUGUGAAAAUCAGAGAGAAGCGCGGAAGCACCUCUAGCGGCUGUCAAUGAGAUUAACCCAUAUGUAAACAUAGCAGUUUCUCUGAAACUAUGUUUACAGCAGGCAGGGUUAAUCCUAGCUGGACCUGGCACCCAGACCACUUAAUUAAGCUGGAGUGGUCUGGGUGCCUAUAGUGGACCUUUAAGCCCUUUGCUAAAUGUUACUGUGUGGUUUGCCAGCCCAGUCGCGUAUCAUGCGCAAUAUCUGACUGUAAUGUGUUCUAAACUAGUAUUGCAGAAGGUAGUGUUAACCCCAGUUCUAUUUUUUGGAAAAUAAUUUUCUGUAAUCUAUAUUGUACUCCUAUUGACAUUUUAUUGAUCUAUAUUAAUAUAUUUCUUUAUUUAACAGCGUGAACAAAGAAUUAAGAAAGCUCUAGAAUAUCUGGUAUGUAGCAAUUACUUUGUGACUACUUUCAACAAUGUGCUACCAAACUUCUAGAUCAGUGGUUUAUAUUUUACUGUAUAACUUUUUUAUUGUUUUCAAUUGACACAUUACAAUGCAAGGACUUAACGUGUCCAGACAUACAAUACAUGUUACAAUCGAAAUGUUCUGCAAAGAAUUGGAUUGUAACAAACACAAAAACAGUGGAGCCUAGAAUAAUCUCUUCAUGGCACCAUUCCAGCUAAUAAAUAAAAUAACAUGUCUGGACACAGUGUUACAUUCAGCACAAAUAAAAUAAACACAUCAGAUUAAUGAACGUAUGUUAAAAGAAGAACAUAGCAUAAAAUGAGUAUUGUCCCAGAGUCUUUGAUGUAAUUAAAUAAUUUCACAAGUAUAGCUUCAAACUUUUGGUAGUAGAAGUUGGAAACUCCGUCAGGGCUUUGUUUUUGGCUAGUCACUGAAUUGUCACUGCUAUUUCCUUCUCUGUGAAGGGGGCUGUCAAAACUGCGGAAGGGCUACAACCUCCAGAAAUAUAUUGUCCAGGGUCAGCUGGGCUGUUGUGGGAUCAGCGUGUAAAUUAUACAAUGCUUUAUGAUACGUGGCUAGUUGAUUUACAAUAUGAGUUGAGUUCAUGAGUUUAUAUUAGUAGAGUCAUAGAAACAAAAAAAUUUUUUCCUUCAAUUCUUUAUUUUAUUUGUGCAUAGAGUUAACAAGCAGUUUUGCACUGCCACAACAGCUGGUGCAAUCAUAAAGGUAAACAUGCGAUAACAGUAGUAUAGCAUCAAAAUCAUUGCACAUUUUUAUAUAUAAACAGGAUUAAGUCAUUAUUAGGUGAGUCGUGCACAAUAUUGUGAUAGAAGUUAUAGUGGGUACGUCGAGUAAUGUUAGAUUUAUUGUGUGUUUAAACAUGCUGGUAGUGGUAGCCUAUUGCUGUCAACUAAAAUCUAUCAUACUGUCCUGUGAGUAUGUCUUGUUGCGAGCAGGUUAUGCUGAUAAAGGUAAUUUGCUUGUCGCUAUAGGCUACAUGGAAGUAUACGUAUUGCUGCCAUCCGGAGCAUUUAGUAAGGUGUUAGGGGAGCUUGCUGGGCCAUAAGUGUUAGAAACGGAGUAUUCCAGUGUGCUUGCAAAACAGUAUAGUGAUAGUAUAUUUAAAGCAAAAUAAGCAAACCUGUAACUAGUUACGUUAUAGCUGUUCAAGAUUGAAUAACUUAGUUGGCUAAUAUAGCAAGUAUCACGUAAGGGGCAGUGGCUGAUUAUUAUAAGCGGGAUUGCUGUAUUUUUAGCUCAGGUAGCUUGUAGAAUAGUCCUCUGUGGCCCCUACACUAAUCUGAGCUUAAACAAUAUUAACUUGGUAUGGUUCACGAUGAGGUUGGUGCUUGUAGGUUGCCGGGAUCCGUAGCCAGCCAUCUGUGUCAAGGUUGCAGCGCUGAGUGAGGGUGCAGUGUCCACUUUGCUGCCCAUCACCCGCAGGGAAAGGAGGGACAGUCACCCAAUAUCUGCAUGGGGUAAGUGUUGCAGUUGGUGGCCGUGUCUGAUGAAGGAGUCUCUGGCAGCGGCACCCCACCAUACCCAGCUCCCGGUGUAUUCCUGCGCACCUGUUGUCAGUUCCGCUGUAGAGCGCUUCUAGAGCCUCGCUGUAAUUGUCUCUGAGGUGGAGUAAUCUUCUCUUGGAGGUUAGGGAAGCGUGGAGGGGGUAACCUCGGGGUAAUUUGCCUCUAGGGAGUAGGGCGGUACACUGCUGGUCUAGGUCUAUGGUGCUUACGUUUCCGCCGGGUCGUCCGCCUUCACCUUCCUGCUACCUUUUUUGUGCCCCGGCCCCUUCCCGGGGUUGUGGUUUGGUGCGCAAUUUCGCUCAGUUGCUUUGCAGGUGUGGCCUCUUUGAGAGCAUCCCUGCGAUGAGCUAUCUUGGUCCAGAAGUCGGCCAUCAGGCGAUCAAGCCGUUCGGAGAGAGAGGGCAGCGGCAUGUUUGCUGCGGAGUUGCACGUGGCGUCCGCCAUGGCAUGAAUUGCAAUGCAGGUAUGGCAAUGUUGGUGCCUUGUCACUGGGGUACGGUCAGCGUUUGCCGGGAUGUUCCUCAGCGGGGGUGUGACGAAGUGCCCUUUGCCACUUGAAGCCUUGGCUCAUGCUUGGGGGAUAGGAUAAGUCUGCAGUGCUGAUGGUGUCGAUUGAAGUGCUUGGGAGUCCUCGGCAAGCACUAGGAGAAUACAUUGAUGGAGGUACACGGUCGGAGUGCCAGCGGGUCUGUCACAUUUGGUGGCAAGCUGUGGGAUGGCGUCCUAAUGUGAGGAGAAGCAACUUGGAGACACUGGUAACGUUACGGAGCUACAAGUGAGGGCGACGCUAGCACUUGUGCAGCGCAGCACCCCUGUCUACAGAGGAAUCCAGAAUGCGCGGAUCAGAGCGCUAGUGGCCCAGAGUGGGGGCCGAGCGAUCAUGACUUAUUGCUAUGAGGGCGAUGCUUACAUUGCGGAGGUAAAGAGGCGGCUAGCCGGUUAUGGCCAGAUCCUUCGGAAGAGGUGAUCGUCCGAAUCAUGCAAGAGUUGGGUGAAGAGAACCAAGCAGCACGGGAAUGUGAGUUCAGAUUGUGGAGAUUGGGGCUGCGGACAACUGGUCUUUGUCUGACCCUUUUUAACUGUCAUUUUGUUUUCCUCUGAGGAUGAGUUGUUUUGCUCCAUGAGUGCUGCUGCUUUUGUGUGCUCAUUAAACAGACCUGCUUGACCCUUUCUUGAAGCCUUGGCUCAUGCUUGGGGGGUGGGAUAAGUCUGCAGUGCUGAUGGUGUCGGUUGGAGUGCUUGGAAUCCUCGGCAAGCACUAGGAGCAUACAUUGACGCAGGUACUCGGUCGGAGUGCCAGCGGAUCCGUCACAGGGGGUAUACGUUGGUUAGGCUGCAGUUGGCCAGAGGACUGUCUGAGUAGCCCUCAAGUCUAUCCCUGUGUUGGAGCCAUCGAUUUUGGUUCAUGUUUUUGGUGCUUGUUGCCCCAGUGGUAGCCCUCGGUCUCUGAUGAUCAGGUGGUAUUUGGGGCUAUUUGCUGCAAUUUUGGAUGGAUAAGGGAAAAUUGUCACAGAGCUCUUGUGGUGUGCGACCGCUCGCAUGGCUGCCAGGAUCCGCCCCCCCUUUUUUGUUUUUAUAUUCUUUAUUUUUGAGGUGAAGUUAAACAUACAGCGAGUGACCGUGACAUAUGGAUAAGAUACAUUGUGUCUGAAUACAGGCUUAGAGUUAAUCAAUUUAAGAUUCUGGUGCUUGCUUACAAGUCCCUACGUAAUGCUGCUCCAACCUACGUAUCCUCCCUAAUACACAAGUAUGUCCCGUCGAGGCCCCUGCUCUCUGCCGGAGACCUACGUCUAUCCUCUGUCCGUACUCCCGCAUCUAAUGCUCGCCUCCAAGAAUUCCCCAGGGCCGCACUUUCUGUGGAAUUCCCUACAGUUCACCCAGUCUCCACUCCUUUAAAAAAAUCUUUAAAAACAAAAUUCUUCAGGAAAGCAUAUCAUUUAAAUUGUUGGCGGAUUUUCAUUCCCCCCACCCCCACAUGACUCCUCUCCUGCAACUGUCAAAAAUAAUCUACUAAAUUCCCAGUGAAUAUUUUUCUAGCACCUAUUUCAUUACCCAUACUUAUACAUCUUGUGUCACUAUACCUCACUCCCUCUAGCAUGUAAGCUCAUUGAGCAGGACCCUCAACCGCUAUGUUCCUGUGCAUCCAUUUGUCUGGUUACAGUUACAUGUCUUUUAGUCCAUUCAUUGUACAGCGUUACGGAAUUUUGCUGGCGCUAUAUAAAUAAUAAAAUAAUACACAUAAUGUCAUGAGGAACUGCAUAUAUAUAUAUAUAUAUUUUUUUUUAUUAUUAUUAUUUAAAUUGUGGUACAAUAACUAGUAGCAGUGCAAGCGUUUACAUCCAGGCUUAUACUUUCACUAUAAGACGUUCAUUAUCACGUAAGUUGAAACUGAGACUUGGUACUUAAAGCGACACUGUCAUGCCGAAUCCUGUUUGUUUUUUUUAACCCCCCUCCGGCCUCCACUACAUCUAACUAACACCCUAGUCACCCCCAAAUGCCCCUAAGCCCUCCACAUUACCUAUUUUUCAUUCCUUAUUUUCUGCCCCGAUCUAUAUCCAGGGCGUCGCCAUCUUUGUGUGGGUAGAUGAAGUCCCUGUGGGACACGUCAUCUGCCCACACUAGAUAGACUGUGAGAUUCCCGCACAUGCCCAGUAAAACACCUGGACAUACGAACGGGAAUUAAAUCUAUUCAUUCAUUCAUCAGAGAGAAGAAUGAGUGAAUAGAAAUAUCAGCCGAACAAACAAACACUAUGUAUCAGUGUUCGUUUGUUCGUGCAGUUUAUUACAAGGAGGGAGCUACUGGCACGCAGCUCCCUCCUUGUAAUAUGUAAAGAUAGAAGUGACAGGGAGCCACUUCAUAAGCCCCCAGUACCCCCUCACUCUAUGGGGGUCAAUGUGACCCCCAUAAUAGCACAAGGGAGAUUAAAAUUUCCCACAUGCCCCUACUCGCUAUACCGCGAGUAGGGGCAUGUCCACUAAACAGUGAGCAGCCUGUGGCUGCUCACUGUAAAAAAUAAAUAAAAAUAAACUAUUGGCCCCCAGGGCGGCGGGUGGCGGCAAUAAUGAUAAUGAGGGGGGGGGACCUACUGUCGUCGUCCCCACCCCUGGGCGGCGGGUGGGGGCCCUAAGUCAAUUCCCCCCACCAAGGUGACUAGGGGUCCCCAAGCCCCUAGUCACCCACCCCCCCACCCAAAAAAAAAGUCCCUACCUACCCCCCUCACCCUAAAAAAUAGUAAGGGGGGAAUAAAAUAACUAACCUGUAAAAUAAAAUUAAACUUACCAUUCGAUGUCUUCUUUUUUCUCAAAUCUUCAUUUUUCAGCCCCAAAAAGUCCAAAUAAAAAAACAACAUAACCAUCGAAUUGCAAAUAACAUAAAAAUCCCGAGCGCAAAAAAAAAACCCGACAAAAAAGAAAAAACCCGAGCGCAAAAAAAUAAUCCAUCUUCACCCAUGCAGGGCGAGGCAAGGUUUAUAAAGCCUUGCCCCGCCCUGCAAUUAGGCUAAGAACACUCUGAUUGGUGGGUUUAAGCCAAUCCGAGUGCUCUUUGUCAUUUUACACAGCGUGGGAAAAUUCAAAAGAACUUUCCCACGCUGUGUAAAAUGACACAGAGCACUGUGAUUGGAUGGCUUGAAAUCCAUUAUUAGAAUGAAUAAAACACCGAUCUAUUCGUGCCGCAAAUACAGUUAGAUAGUUAUAUAGCUGAAAAAAGACUUGCCUCCAUCAAGUUCAGCCUUCCUCACAUUUGUUUUUUGCUGUUGAUCCAAAAGAAACCCCUACAUACUUAACCCUGAAUAGGGCUAUAACACAUACUAUGUUACAUUGCUGCCAGCCUCCCCAUGUUUGUCUUAUUAAGAGUUUAUAAGUAUGUAGGGGCAGCACCCCAUCCUCUCUCAUCAGAGAAAUUUGCCUAUUAGCUGAUACCAGCAAGGUGAUUUGUAUGUUAUAGCCCUAUUCAGGGUUAAGUAUGUAGGGGUUUAUAAAAUACCCCUUCCUGUCUCAUUAGAGAUGUUUACACUUUGUCUGAUACCAGCAAAGUUUAUUGUAUGUGUAGAAGCCCUAUAAAGGGUUAAAUGUGAAAGGGUUUAUAAAAUAUCCCUUCCUGUCUUAUUGGAGAUUCUUGGCUGAUAUCAGCAUAUCUAAUGACUAGUGUAGGACUCACCUAUUCAGGCUUGCCUUGACGUGGCAGGUGAGCUUAUAUAUUCAAAUGGCCAUUGGAAUAAAACUAAAGAGCCUCCAUUUUGUUUAAAUGUACAUGGGGAUUUAGGCCAGAGCGCAGGUAACGCUCUUUGUUUUUACUAUAUAUGAACUGGCUGCCUGGUUAAAGUGGUAUUGUCAAUUUCAAAAGGGGUUUAUGUGAUUGCAUGCGAGGUUAGAGCCUACAACCCAAAUAACUCUUUGAAGCUUGGUCCCCCCCGUCCCUCCUCCAAAUUUUAACUUAUGGCCCCCACACGCUGCGCAUGGGUGGAGGCUAGGGGGAAGGCAGUAGGUCCACUCCUAUUGUAUCUUGGGGCCCCCACUCUUGGUGCACGAGUGGGGGAUAAGUGGGGACACUUUGUCCCCCCUCUUAAUUAUUUCUAAAGGUGGGCACUUAAUUACAGUAGUGAGGGGGGGGGUCUUUUUUAACAACCGUGAGCAGCCACUGGGUCUUUUUAGUAGGUAGGUCCCUAAUUCCCACAGUAUUAAGGAGUUCUCUACUCGUGGCAUGAAUAGAUCGGUGUUUUAUUCAUUCAAAUUAAAUUCCGAUCCGAACAAAAGUCCCGAAUUGCGUCCUGACACGAAUGGACAAAAUGCUCUUAUUCUGUUAGGACGAGAUUCGGUAGUUUUGCCAAAUUAAUCAGCAGGAGGAAAGUGAGAAUUGUGGGAAAAUUGCUUUGACCACAGGAAACAGAGUGGACUUUGCUCCCCCUGUGGGUCAUAGAUGGUCAAGCGUAGGAAAAAUACAUAAGACAAAAUAGUCCCUCCUUUGUCUUAUGUUUUAAAGAAAACUAGAGCAGACAGGAAGAAAUGAAGAACAGGUCCUGAGAGAAGUGGAAGCGAUUGGGGAAAGGUAAGUUCGGCAUGACCGUUUGACAUGUCAUGAUUCCCUUUUAUUCCAGAAGUUUGGUCCUUAAGGGGUUAAAGGACCACUAUAGUGGCAGGAAAACAAACUUGUUUUCCAGACACUAUAGGGUUUUUAGGUCCCCACCCUCAGUGACCCACUCCCACUGGGCUGAAGGGGGAGGAAGGGGUUAAUCGCUUACCUUUCUCCGGCGCUUGGGAAAUCUCCUACCUCUUUUCCGACGUCAGCGCUGCAUGCGCAGCAAGAGCCGCGCUCGCAUUCAAUCAGUCCAUAGGAAAGCCUUACUCAAUGCUUUCCUAUGGACGUCAGCGUCUUCUCACUGUGAUUUUCAGUUAGCUGCAGGGUUAACCCUAGAUGGACCUGGCACUCAGACGACUUACUUGAACUGAAGUGGUCUGGGUGCCUAUAGUGCUUCUUUAAGUUCUGAUUUGACUUCUGUUAUCUGUGCACCUGUCCGUUUGGGUGAUGUAGAUUUUUUUUUUUUUUUUUUUGAUUCCAAUGCACAGAGUUGCUUGUAUAAUUUUUUUUCCGGAGGUGUUUAAGUGCCCAUUUUUGUUUUAAGAUUUCUCGUAGAACUGCCCUAUAAGCCAACCAUAAGGUGUGAUUUGAGACAGAUUCCCCCUCAUUGGUCGCGAAGUAGUCCCUCAUUGCCUUACAUAUGUUUUAUUAUAUCUUAGGGCCUGACUAUAAUGAAUCAUUUACUCGCUAAGUGCCUCAUCCCCUAGCUGGGUGUUGUACUGUGAACAAGAUGUCCAACGAAGCGUGGCUGUAUCAAAGCUUUUAUAUGUGAAGGAGCUUGCUAACUAAUGGGAGUUAAACUGCCUUCACUGUGGGACAGCAUGGGCAGCUAUCUGGGCUUGAUCUACAGAUGUCAUGGGUUGGAAACACGUGCCGGUCCCUGAAUAGCGAUUAAGAAACAUCACCUUCUGUUUACACCUUGUUUCACAACUUCAGAUGCUUUAUCUGACAGUGGCUAUAGUCUCAUUUUCCCUUGUGGCAUUCCCAAUUUUUCUCACCUCUCCGACUCGCAUACCAGUGAAUUAAGAUACGUCUUUGGAGCUCUCCGGUGCAGCAGGUAGACUGUGGGACUGUUAGGCUGCUACAGAUGCCACUGGAUUUUAAUUUCUUCUCACUUUGUCGGAGCUCGGCUCACACUUGUCACAAAUUUUCUCCUGUGUCCAGAUAGCACGUUUUCUUCAGCCAAGCGUGAAGAUGUCAAACGUGAUGAAUGCAAAUUAGGCCGCACUUUACUCCGAAGUCCCUCUGGUGGCCAUCUGAGUGACUGCCACUGGAGGUGUUCCUAGCCUCCAAGGUGUAAACAGUUUUUUGUUUUUUUUGUUUUUAAAUACAAUGUUUAAAUGAAAAGGGAACACUUCUGUCACAUGCCAUUGUUUUUAUUUCCUUAUUUUUAUUUAUUUUUAUUUUCAUGUUGUCUCUUCAAAGUACUAUUUAAGUGUUAACCUACACUCAGUCUUAUUUUGAUUUUGUGGUUUUCAACAGGAAAACUUUGACAUUGAGUCUGAGUCAGAAAGCACUAUUGUAACAAAUCUCACCCAGAAGCUGACUGCAGCCUUGAAAGAAUACAACACUGUAACAAAAGAAAAAGCUGUAAGUAGAUACUUUUGUGUUUUAAUAAUGUCAUCUACAUUUGUGAAACUCCCCAACAUACUAUGUUUAGUAUAAGUAGUUCAGUAUUAGAAUAUGUUUGUACCUAGAGAAAUGUUUAGGUGUAAAUUAAAUUUUCUAUUUGAACACAAUUUUCUUUGUCUGGAUGUUUUUUCCUGUCUUUGUUUUUGUUUCGACCAAAUAGUUGUUAUUCAUUGAUAUGCAGUUGCAAUGCGCUUUACUGGUAAAAUAAAACAGAGUUUGUACAACAAAAGUAAACGCUGAAUUCUGGCUGAAAAACAGGUUCAGAAUUUUUGCAACGCUAUUCAAAUAAUGCAGUUACAAAAACAUUCCAUGUGUGUCUUUUUUUUUUCAUUUCAGCUUUUCCCUGUCAAGCUUGCCAAGGCGAAGGAUGUGGCUUUAGCUAUAAUGCAGCAUUCUGCAAAUGUAAAAAAUGUCCCAAAACCAGUCUCGGCAUCAGUCCCAAAACCAGUCUCGGCAUCAGUCCCAAAACCAGUCUCGGCAUCAGUCCCAAAACCAGUCUCGGCAUCAGUCCCAAAACCAGUCUCGGCAUCAGUCCCAAAACCCUUUCCAACGUCGGUCCCAACAUCCUUUCCAACGUCGGUCCCAACAUCCUUUCCAACGUCGGUCCCAACAUCCUUUCCAACGUCGGUCCCAACAUCCUUUCCAACGUCGGUCCAAACAUCCUUUCCAACGUCGGUCCAAACAUCCUUUCCAACGUCGGUCCAAACAUCCUUUCCAACGUCGGUCCAAACAUCCUUUCCAACGUCGGUCCAAACAUCCUUUCCAACGUCGGUCCCAACAUCAGUCCAAGCAUCCUAUCCAGCAUCCUAUCCAGCUUCCUAUACAGCAUCCUAUCCAGCUUCCUACCCAGCAUCCUAUUCAGCAGCCUUUCCAGCAUCCUAUCCAACAGCAGUUCCAACAGCAGUCUCAACAUCAGUCCAAACACCAUUCCUACCAUCAUUUCCACCACCAUUCCCACCACCAUUCCUACCACCAUUUCCCCCACCAUUCCCAACAACAGUCCCAACACCAGCCCCACAUAAGCAGAAUACACCUGUUGCAAAGCAGAAUAAUCCUUUUGUAAGACCACAGCUGAACGUGAAGCCUGCAGGUACUUUUCUGCAUUUACAAAUGUUUUAAAAGCCUAUUUAAUGUGUAUUUUCUUCUAUAUUUCAAAAUAUAAUGCCUUCAGCAUAGUUACAUCAAGGUGCUUCAGUAUUGUUUUUACAUGUUAAUACUUUUUUUUUUUUUUUUAACAUGAGUGCAACAUAAGAUACAGUAUAUAACAAAUAUUGAGAAAUUGAUUAAAAUAACACAUUCAACAGAACCUUUUUUAAGACAUUACAGCGUAGGGAAACCUCCAGAGGCCACUCCUCAGGUGGUCACUGGAGGUGCCUCCUGGGGCAGUGCUGCACAAUUUGCUGACAUAAUCAAUUCUGAUGUCAGCCAAAGAGGUGGAUCGGGGCAGAGCCAGUGCCAGCUGCUGGAAGUAAGGUGAGUUUUACUAGCUUCAAGGGGGACAAGGAGGUCACAAUGUGCAGCACUGAUGUUCAGCGUCUCUACACUGUACAAGGAGAUGCUGAACUUUCCCCGUAGAGAUGUGUUGAUUCAAUGCAUAUCUAUGAGGAGAUGCUGCUUGGACAGGGCAGUGUUUGGCUCCGCCACUCAGCCUGAUGAUGUCAGCCAAGGAAGGGGAUCAGAGCAGAGGUAUCGCCUACUUCUGGAAAUAAGGUGAGUUUUACAAGCUUCAAAAGGGACCAGCGGGGCUAGAUAGUGAUUUUAACAAUAUCGGGUCAUGUGUUAUCCUUGACUUGUGUGUGUAUAUAUAUGUGUGUAUGUAUAUAUGUGUGUGUGUGUGUGUAUGUGUGUGUGUAUAUAUAUAUAUAUAUAUAUAUAUAUAUAUAUAUAUAUAUAUAUAUAUAUAUAUAUAUAUAUAUAUAUAUAUAUAUAAAAUACACACACACACACACGGUUGUGCUCAAAAGUUUGCAUACCCUGGCAGAAAUUAAAUUUUGGCAUUAAUUUUGAAAAUAUAACUGAUCAUGAAAAUUUUAUAUAUUUUUUUUUUUUUGAAGUAUAGUGAUCAUAUGAAGCCAUGUUGUUUAUCACAUAGUAAUUUGGCUCAUUUUAAAAUCAUAAUGAUAACAGAAAUCACCCAAAUGGUCCUGAUCAAAAGUUUACUUACGCUUGAAUGUUUGGCCUUGUUACAGAGACACAAGGUGACACAUACCAGUUUAAAUGGCAAUUAAAGGUUAAUUUCUCACACCUACGGCUUUUAAAAUUGCAAUUAGUAUCUGAGUAUAAAUAGGUAAUGACAAACGGAAAUGGUUAGCUCUUUGUCCCGGGGUAUAGAAGAUAAAUAAAACUUAACUUUUAAUAUAUACAAAAAUAAUAAAAUAGGUGAAGUGCAGAAAGGUAUAUGUACAAAUGAGGACUAUCUCAAAUGUUGUCACUAGAUGGAGACAACACCGGAUAUAUUGGUCUAAGCAAAUAAAUAUUUAUCAAGAAAAGGUAUAGCAAUAAAGAAGACAUAUAUUAGCCCAAACAGAUAAAGGUGUGUGUGUGUGUGUGUAUAUAUGUAUGUGUGUAUAUAUGUAUAUAUAUAUAUAUAUAUGUGUAUAUAUAUAUAUAUUUUCAUUCAAAAAGGGCUCUGUGGUCCCACAAUUAGUUCACAUAAAAGCAGAUGACAUAACUGCUCUGUAUAAUAUACUUUGUUGCAAGCUAUCUUUCUAAUGCAACUAGAUACAAUGACACAAGAUACUGUCAUGGGGUUUAACUAAUAUAGAAAAUAAUAAUACUGCUACAUAUAUCCAAAAUGUACUGGAUAUUUGCCAAAGUGCCUAAAAGUAGUAGUGCACUAUAUGAGGAUUAGUAAAUAAAUAGUAAGGAGCUAGAGUUCGCUAAUUUGUGCCUACGUGGGGCACAAAAAGUAGAAUAAAGAUCUUAGACUAAAGAAAAUGAUAUUCUAGCAAAUCGGCUGGUAAGAAUCCUAUAGUAAACACUAUGCUGUGCCUUCAAGGGAACCUAGCAAAAGAACAGAAACUGUCUGUCACUAGCUAGCUAUAUGCAGCAGAAGGUCUGAAGGUCUCUGAACUCCCAGACGUGACUGUUACUGAAGGAUAUCGCUCGUGCAAAUCAGGGGGUAGCCGCCUGAACGGCGAAACGUACGCCGGGGCUCUGACACCCAGCAUAGACUAUUCUCUUUUGCACUUGAGAUUAUUAACGUGCGAUCAGGGCUGCACUUAGGCGCCCUGUGCGAAAAAUCUUUGCAGCGCACAUACUCACAGAGGUACAGACAGACCGUCACAUGCAGACAGUCAUACACACACACAGUCACACACACACACAGACAGGGCGUUUUAGCCACAAGGCUAACAAGGCAUUUGCCUUGGGCGGCAUUUUUCAGGGGGCGGCAGAAAACACCGCCCCUAAAUGCCCAGGGCAAAUGCCUAGUUAGCCUCACGGCUAACAGACGUGCCAGGCGCUGGGUGGGCGGCUGGUGAGGGAGCACUUCCCCUGAGCGGUCAGCUCAGCUCCCUCGAGUGCCACAGAGUGAGGCUGUGAGCCGGGUUGGUGACGUCAUAUUCCGGCUCCCAGCCUCAUUCUGCGGCGCGCGAGGGAGCUGACCGCUCAGGGGAAGUGCUUCCUCGCCAGCCGCACGCCCGCCCAGCCCGGCAACCACUGGACCCCAGGGAGAGAGGGAACCCCCCAGCAUUCCCAAAGGUAAGGAGGUUGGGGGGGGGGGGUAAAUAAAAAAUAAAAAUGUGUUAAUGUGAGUGUGUUUGUUAAUGUGUGUGUUUUGUUAGUGAGUGUGUCUGACUGUGUGUCAGUGAGUGUGUGUUUGUCUGUGAGUGUGUGUGUCAGUGAGUGUGUGUCUGUUAAUGUUUGUGUGUGCCUGACUGUGUUUGUCUGUUAGUGUGUAUCUGACUGUGCCUGUGAGUGUGUUUGUGUCUGUUAGUGUGAGUGUGUUUGCCUGUGUGUGUCAGUGAGUUUGUGUGUGUUUCUGUUAGCGAGUGUAUGCGUAUCUGUCAGUGAAUGUGUGUGUGUUUAUUUAGAAGGCGGGGAAGGGUUUUGGGGUUGGGCUGGCGGCGUGCCUGAGUUUUGUCCUGCCUAGGGCAGCACAAAACCAGGAUACACCACUGCACACAGGUACUCACACACAGAGGCAGACAGUCACGCACACACAGGUGCAGACAGUCACACACCCACAGCCCUUAAGCGCCCUGUGCGAAAAAUCUUUGCAGCGCACCCUCCCCCCCCCACACACACACACACACACACACACACACGCAGACCUUUACAUACAUAUACACACACACACACACACAAGCAGACAGUCAUAUAUGGUUACCUCUGUCCUUUAUGGUCUGGGAGGAGUGAAUGCAGUGCAGGCAGCUCCUGGGGUCUGGUUGUUGAGGAAGCAGGGACUUCUUCCUGCUUCCCAUGCAGCCGUCAUUUUAGCUCCGCCCCUGCCGCAAUGUAAACCCCGCCACAAUGCUGGGAGGUUUUUUUUCUAAACACGGGUGGAGAAUAAUGAAAUCCCUCCACCCGGGUAGCCGGCCAUGUGUGAGCUGUGUCGGCCGCAGGGCGCCCCCUGUUCCACGGUGCCCUCUGCGGCCGCACAGCUCUCACAUCCCUAAGGCCGGCCCUGCGUGCAAUGUAUUAUUGACGCUCAUAGAUUUGCACGAGCGAUAUCCUUUGGCAAAUAUGCAGUACAUGUUGGAUAUAUGUAGCAGUAUUAUUAUUUUUCCUGCCGUUUUUUUGAUGGCAACCACCACAGUGAUUAUUUACUGGCAGUGCAAUAGGGUGAUUCUCUACCCCUUUAGCACUCCAGCUAUUUAACCAUUCUGCUUAUUUACGUCCUGUACUCUGUCUCACGAGUCCUAACUUUGGAUCUCACCCCUCACGCCACUCAACAGCCGCUGCAUACUAUAUUAGUUAACAUACGCUGCUUUUCUAUAUUAGGUAAACCCCUGACAGUAUCUUGUGUCAUUGUAUCUAGUUGCAUUAGAAAGAUAGCUUGCAAAAAACUAUAUUAUACAGAGCAGUUACCUCAUCUCCUUUUGUGUGAACUAAUUGUGGGACCACAGAGCCCUUUUUGAUUUUAUAUAUAUAUAUAUAUAUAUUAUACCAAAAAUAAGGCUUGCACUCACGGUCCGUAGUAAUGUUAAAAAUAUAUUUCUUCUUUAUUCCAAUAUUCUUAAAACAUAUCUGUAGUCAUCAACGUUUCAGCCAUCACUCGUGGCUUUCAUCAGGAUCAGUUCAAUACAUUGAACUGAUCCUGAUGAAAGCCACGAGUGAUGGCUGAAACGUUGAUGACUACAGAUAUGUUUUAAGAAUAUUGGAAUAAAGAAGAAAUAUAUUUUUAACAUUACUACAGACCGUGAGUGCAAGCCUUAUUUUUGGUAUAUUCUAUAUUGUUUGGCUAUGGCUAUUAUGCACCCGGCAUUUUUUGAAUUUUGCAAGUGUGUGUGCAGGGUACCAGUGAAAGAUAUAUAUAUAUAGAUAUAGAUAUUUCUAGUGACAACAUUUGAGAUACCCCGGGACAAAGAGCUAACCAUUUCCAUUUGUCAUUGCCUAAUAUAACUGGGUUCAUUCCCUGCUCUACCAGCCAACAUAUUGCAUUUUCUCCCACCCUUUCUCUUACUCUGUGUAUAAAUAGUCAAUUAGUGUGUUAGCUCUCACGUGGAUGCACUGGGCAGGCUAGAUACUGAGCCAUGGGGAGCAGAAAAGAAUGGUCAAAAGACCUGCGUAACCAGGUAAUGGAACUUUAUAAAGAUGGAAAAGGAUAUAAAAAGAUAUCCACCAAACGUAGACGGGAACCUCGGAUCGCUGGCCCACCCAGGAUGAUGAUCGACGCUCCUACACCCUGGCACGCUGCCCAUGCCUAUACCAUCACAAACCGGGGAUGAGGCGGCAGUGGGGACACACAUAAGAACCAACUAGAUUGGCGGGUAGUCUAAAGUGCUAGGAAGUACAACUGUUGUAGGGAAGCUGGAUAUAGGAGCUACAUCACUAAUUCAAGAUAAAUUGAACACUACUAAUGGUAUGCUAAUACAAGAUACCAUAGAUUACAUCAUGACAUUGCCAAUAACAUCUAAACAAAAUUUGCUUCACCUUGAUUCAACAUAUUUGUGGGUUUGUAACCUUCCCGAUAUUUAUGAUACACAGUAGAGAAUGUCUUCCCUUAAAUGUUUGACUUGCCUCUCAAAGCCUUGCGUGGCUAACUGGUUGUAUAUUUGCAUGCAAAGGACAUGUGAGUCCUACCUCUUUAUUGCAACUUAAAGGGACACUAUAGUCACCCAGACCACUUCAGCUCAAUGAAGUGGUCUGAGUGCCGGUUUCCUCAGGUUUUAACCCUGCAAAUGCAAACAUAGCAGUUUCAGAGAAACUGCUAUGUUUACAUUGCAGGGUUAAGCCAGCCUCUAGUGGCUGUCUUCCGGACAGCCACUAGAGGCGUAUCUGCCACUCUGGAGGCAUAUUAUGCCUCCAUCACGCAGAGCGUCAAUAGGAAAGCAUUGAAAAAUGCUUUCCUAUUGACAACUUGAAUGCGCGCGCGGCACUUGCCGCGCAUGCGCAUUCGGCUCUGCUGACGGCGGGGGAGGAGAGGUCACCAGCGCCGAGGGAGCCCUGCGCUGGAAAAAGGUAAGUAACUGAAGGGGUUUUAACCCCUUCAGCACCACGGGAGGGGGACUCUGAGGGUUGGGGCACCCUCAGGGCGCUAUAGUUUUCCUGACACUAUAGUGAUUCUUUAACAAGUAUCGAGAAGUUCAACGGAAAUGUUAAUAAAAAUGUAAUUUACACAUAAAAUUAAAAAUCCAAAGUAUUGAAAAUGCCAGUCCGUACUGUUAAAUCCCUUAUUUAGAAGUGAAAAAUUCAGGGAUGUCUUGAUACCAAGCCAAGGUCAGGUAGAUCAAAAAAGAUUUCAGCCACAACUGCCAGAAGAAUUGUUUAGGAUACAAAGAAAACCCCACAGGUAGUGGUGAAGAAAUACAGGCUGCCCUGGAAAAAGACAUUAUGGUUGUUUCAAGAACCACAAUACGACAAUACUUGAACAAAAAUGAGCUGCAUAGUCGAGUUGCCAGAAAGAAGCCUUUACUGCUCCAAUACCACAAAAAGCUGGUUACAAUAUGCCCGACAACAACCCUAACAUGCCUCACAGCUUCUGGCACUCUGUAAUUUGCAGUGAUAAGACCAAAAUAGAGCUUUAUAGUCACAACCAUAAGGUCUAUGUUUGGAAAGGGGUCAUUAAGGCCUAUAGUUAAAACUAUCCCCACUGUGAGCUCAAAGGCAAGGGGAAUUUUGUGAAAUUUGAUGGCAAGAUGUAGCAUGUUAUCAGAAAUACUGGCAGACAAUUUGCAUUCUUCUGCAUGAGAAGCUCUUGGACUUUCCAGCAUGACAAUGACCCUAAGCACAAGGCCACGUUGACCCUCCAGAGGUUAUAGCAGAAAAAGGUGAAGGUUCUGGAGUUGACAUCAGUCUCCAGACCUUAAUAUCAUCGAGCCACUCUGGUGAGAUCUGAAACGUGCUGUUCAUACAAGACAACCAGAAUUUGCAUGACCUAGAGGCAUUUUGCCAAGACGAAUGGGCAGCUAUACCACCUGCAAGAAUAAGGGGCUUCGUAGCCAACUAUUACAAAAGAUUGCAUGGUGUCAUUGAUGCUAAAGGGGACAAUACACAGUAUUAAGAACUAAGGGUAUGCAGACUUUUGAACCGGGGUCAUUAAAUUUAUUUUUUCUGUUGCCAUAUUUUGUUUUAUGAUUGUGCCAUUCUGUUAUAUCCUACAGUUGAAUAUGAAUCCCAUAAGAAAUACAAUAAAUGUGUUUUGCCUACUCACUUAUGUUUUCUUUAAAAAUGGCACAUAUAUUACCAAUUCUCCAAGGGUAUGCAAACUUUUGAGCACAACUAUACAAAUGAGCUACAUGCAUGCUUUUUGCCAUGAACAUAACACAUUGUGGGGUUUGUGUAGAUGGGGUAACAGAACUUAUGUAAAUAUGGGUAUGGGACACAGAAGGAAAUUAUAGAUGGAGGGAGACAAAGUGAUGGGGGAUGGUGGAGAGAAACACACAUACAAUAGGUAGAUGGGGAAGAGAGACAGAAUACAUAACCAUGCAAUCACUGUAUGAGCAGUUUCACUAGAUGCAAGCUGCAUCUAAUCUGACAGAUGUGGGGGUUUCCUUUUUAAAAACUUUUGCCAAAAACAGUUCAGUACCUUUAUUUGACAGUUGCUCAAUUUUGUUUUUCAGAAACCACUGUGGCAAAUAAGAAUUUGGGCAUUCUAGGGCCAGCACCAGGUUCCCUCUUUCAUCCCAUAGGGACACAGCCAGGAGGCAAUCAAACAAGCCCUUCAUUUGUAACAAAUAGCAACAGUUAUGUUCAACCAGUCCAAAAUGUAAAUAACCAUGAAUCUUUCCUGUCGAAUGCUACCGAGAUUACUGCUAAUUUACCACAACCUGGAUCGGUACCUGAUAAUCAAUUAAGCUCAGAGGAUUUAACAUUUUUCAAGAAAUUAAAGACACUGCUGGAAGUACUACCCAAUGAAAAACAAAACACAAGAAAUAAUCAAAUGGAUUCAAAAUUAUUCAUGUUAAAAGAAUUGUUGCUUGAUAAGCCACCAAGCAUGGACAACACACAAUUAAACCACCAACUGAUGACACAGAUUUCUUCCCUAUCACAUGAUUCUACAAGCACAGACAACAAUCAAUUGAGACAGCAACUAAUGAUGCUAUUGGCAACAAAUGAAAUUGAUCCAAACUUGAAUAAUCAGCAAGAUUUUACACAUACUAAUGACAGUUAUGAAGACUUUCAAUAUGCUGCUCCAAGUGAAGACACAUUUAACAAUAUUAAUUACCAACAGCCUCUUGAUGUUUCCUGUAACACUGUGAGUGUAGAUAUUGCCUCUGACAUUGAACCCUACAAGUCACAAGAAAUAGUCACAGAAGUCUAUUCUUAUGACAGUACAUUGGAUAAUCGUAAUGACUUGUCAUACAGUGAGCCCUCUGUAACAAAACAAGAUUACUCUCCUAAUCCUCAUGAUCAAUACAUAGAUGAACCACGUUCUGGAACUUAUACAAGAGUAUCCCUUUCUCCCACAAUAUUAGUACCAUCCCAUCUGCAUGAUGAUUACAGACAGCAAGACUUGAGUUACAGGAGGAGAGAGGUUUCUGCACGUGAUAUUUUGUAUGAAGAAAGAAUGCCUGGGUAUCGUUCAAGCAGAGAUUUGCUCGAUGAGUCAGAUCUAUCGCGUAUACCAUAUUCUGAAAGGAGGAGAGAACGAAGACUCCCAGAGAUAAGGCAUAACAGUGAGGAAUACCACUUAAGGCCAUCUCAUUUUUCUGAGAGAUACCUUUCAGAUCCUGAAUUUCACGAAUCUGAAUUUAGAGGAAGAAGAGUUCUUGAAAGAGAUUAUUUUCAUUCUUCCAAGCGUCCAAGGCUAGACGAUAUCGGUAUGAGUCCUCUAGAUUUAAACAGAGAAGGCCUUUCUGCUGAAAUUCUGAGGAGAAUUCGUGGAAGAGACUUAUUUACAGCUUCCGCAAUACUGAGUGAAUAUGCAGAAAAACGCUAAUGAAGUAAGUUAAUAGUUUUUAGCUAUAGUAUACAUUGCUUCACUUAAUUUCAUUCUUCAUUUUAUACUUUCGAAAAUGUACUAUUUGUUUAUGGUGGAGAGGGAUAUAAGACCUAUUCCAAGAAAAGAAAAUAUUAAUUGAAAACAUACAAAAUUCAAUUUACCUUUUUUUUUUUCCUCUUCAAUACAGCAGUGAAAGCAAAAUCGCUGGCGUAACUUUGCUUCAAUACGCCUAAAGUGUGGUGGUAGUAGUAGAUGUGAACUAAAGGGACAUCUAGGCAGUUUAACAAGUUGAGCUUAAAUUAAAGCUAAUAAGCGCAAAGAUCUCUGGUUAUGGUCUUUUAAUUUGUGUAUUUUUCCUGCAGUGCUCUAAAAUGUUUUGCUGAUUUCAGCAGUGUAACCCAGUCUCCUUGGCUAUCCCCCUUUCAAAUGUCAACAUGUUCCUGAUGCUCAGUCUCUGAAAUGUACCUUUUUCAGCCAAUAAAAAGAGGCAUGUCUUCCGUGGUUUAACCCCUUAAGGACGGCGGGCGUUCUAUGCAAUACUUUUUUGGGCGGUCCUAAAUGCCGGCGGGCGGCAUAGAGCGUCCCCACCGUCCAGGGAACUUACCGGGUCCCCACCGAUCCCAUGCCGUCAGGCAGCCCCCUUCUCACAAUCUGGCCCUCCAAGGCCAUGUGAUCGCUGGGACCUUGCGAUCCCAUGGCCGUAAUAGCUGGCUCAUGCAGUGCCUACAAUGGUCCUGCCUGAGCUCCCAAGCUGUCCCCCUGCUGCCUGUAAAAAAAAAGUUUUAAAAGUUAAUAAAAAAAAAAAGUUUAAUAAAGUAAAUGAAAGUAAAUGAAUAUGUAUAUGAUUGAAGUACUUUUGUAUGCACACACACACAAACUAUUAUCCUAAGUGUAUUUUAAGAAUACAUGUAUAAUUAUAUUAUGUAUUAAUAUUAAAAUACACUUACAAUGACGUUAAAUAUAUAUAUUUACAAUUUUAUAUAUAUAUAUAUAUAUAUAAAAUAAGAAAAUUAAAAAAAUAAAAAUUAUAUACCUGUAUACUUUCGCUCUAAUUGUAUUUUGAUAUUAAUAUACAUAUAUAUUUAAAUCAAAAUACAUUUAGAAUGACAUUUUAAAUACAUUUAUGUAUCUAUAUAUAAAUAUAUAUCUAUAAAUAAAAAUAUUCCAAAAAAAUACCUAUUUAUAUAUAAAUAUAUAUAAAUUCUACAUAUAUAUUUAUAUAUUUUUACAUGAUUAAGUAAUUACAAUUUGAGAGACUUGCCUGACAACAAGGCAGAAAGAGAGAAUAUAGUCCAGAGAAUAUGGUUUGCAAGCCCUAUAUUUAACCAUGUAACUUUCCAAGACACCAUAAAACCUGUACAUAGGGGGUACUGUUUUACUUGGGAGACUUCUCUGAACACAAAUAUUAGUGUUUCAAAACCAUAAAACAUAUCACAACAAUGAUAUUGUCUGUGAAAGUGCAGUUUUUUGCAUUUUCCACACACAAACGGCACUUUCACUGACUAUAUAAUUGUUGUGAUAAGCACUAAUAUUUGUGUUCAGCGAAGUCUCUCGAGUAUAACAGUACCCACCAUGUAAAUGUCUUAUGGUGUUUUCAAAAGUUAGAGUGUAAUAUAAGACUUGCAUUUACAUUUUUCACAUUAAAAUUUGCCAGAUUGGUUAUGUUGCCUUUUUGACCGUAUGGUAGCCCAGGAAUGAAAAUUACCCCCAUGAUGGCAUACCAUUUGCAAAAGUAGACAACCCAAGUUAUUGCAAAUGAGGUAUGUUCAGUCUUUUUAAGCAACCACUUAGUCACAAACACUGGCAAAAAUUAUUGUUCAAAUCUGUUUUUUGCAUUUUUCACACACAUACAAAUUAGAAUGCUAAAUUUGGCCAGUGGCUACUAAAAAAGACUGGACACACCCCAUUUAUAAUACACCAUUUUUACCCCAUUUAUAAUACCUUAGGUUGUCUACUUUUGCAAAUGGUAUACAUUCAUGGGGAUAAUAUUCAUUCCUGGGCUAUCAUACAGUCUCAAAGGUAACAUAACCAGUCUGGCAAAAUUGUGUGUAUAAACUAAAAAAUGUAAUGUGCUAAAUUUGACCCUGUAACCUUCCAAAACACUAUAAAACCUGUACUUUGGGGGUACUAUUUUACUUGUGAGACUUCACUGAAUACAAAUAUGUGCAUUUUAUUGCAGUAGCAGCUAACAGUAUUAUGACAUUCAUAGUUAAAAUGCCAUGCAGUGCUAAAGAAAUAAAAAUAAAAAAAAUCUUACCUUUUCACUUUUUUUACAUUUUAUUCAUAUUAAAUUAUGUAGAAGUUUGGUCCUUAAGGGAUUAAUAUGAAAGAGGUGAAUUACGGUUGGACAGACAUAGCGCAGAUCCCAGGUUUUGUUUACCUUUUGUUUUGAUCACAACUUGUACAACUGGCUCAGUCCUUAAGGGGUUAAAGGGAUUCUCCAGUGCCAGGAAAACAAACCUCUUUCCCUGACACUAGAGAAUCCUUGAGAGCCCGCCCCCCAUCCCAUGGUGCUGAAGCGGUUAAAACCCCUUAAGCUAUUUACCUGAAUCCAGCGCCAAUGUACCUCGGCGCUGGGUCAGGCUCAGCCCACGCUUCUCCCCCGCAAACAUCUGCUGGCGGGGGAGACCUGAUGAGCACGCAUUAGACCUCCCCAUAGGAACGCAUUAUUAUAUCCUUUCAUAUGGGGAAAAUCUGAGGCUAUAGGUCUGUGAGGACGUCCAGCAUCAGAUAACGGACCAAAAGUCCAUUUAGAUUUUGAAAUCGCCCCCAGUGGCUCUGUUAGACAGCCUCAGAGGAACUGCAGUGUUUUACAUUUCAGCACUAAGUGCAAAAGGGACACAGCAACCUACAGUGUCCCUUUAAGCACACUGCACCACAGAUACAAGGCUAGAGCCCAUAUGUGCUCCUCUCCCUCCCAGUAAUGCAAGUAAUACAUUCUCUUCCACCCCUUGUCAGCCAAUAACCCUUUCCCCUCUAGCCCCUGUUAAUUAUCCACUCUGUAUAGAUGGAUGGGGAUAUAUAUAUAUAGAGAGAUAGAGAGACACACAGACACACACACAAAGGGGAUGAGGGGCAACAUAGUAAUCCAUAAGCUAGCCACUUGAAGCUUCGCUACCGAGCACGCUCACACACUGGCUUGCUUCGCGGGUUUGCGAGUCAGGCCUAAGGACGACCUGUGAUGUUACUCACUACUGCAGACUGGCACACUACCUGUUGAGUGGGGUACUAUCCCUACAUUUACUCUUACAUUGCUGCUCCCUUUUCUUUACCCUCCCCUCAGGGGCAAACUCGUUGCCUUCUCCCUUUUGGCGUCAGACUCGCAUAAAAUUUACCUGGUGCAUCACAUCUUGGCGAUGCUCUUUACGGGAAGGUAGGUAUUCAAGUCUUUUAUCCCACAUUACACUAUUUAUGGUUAUGCUUACGAUGACCAAUUCAAUACUUACAUCUCCCCAUCUGCCCUGCAUGGAACCUGCGUGUCUCUUCGUUUACUUGAUGAGAACCGUGUUUCUCCAUUAUGUUUUGUCUUGUUUAUUUCACUCUUGCAUUACCUGCGUGUACUUCAUUAUCUUAAAUUGGUUCAUACAUUUUGUGCACUCUUAAAUGUAAAACAAUAUUACAAUAAAAAUAAAUUACAUAGUGAUACGUGUGUGUGUGUGUGUGUGUGUGUGUAAUAUAUAUAUAUAUAUAUAUAUAUAUAUAUAUAUAUAUAUAUGUGUAUGUAUAUAUAGAUGUAUAUAUAUAUAUGUGAGAGAGAGAACACAAAGCUCUUUAGGAGUUUGCCUGUCUCUUUACUAUAUGUGGUGAGAAAAUGUAUGUGUGUGUGAGAGAGAUGUGGUGAAGUUCUAGUGUUUGAAUGCUGGGAAGGAGGUUUGAGCAGGCUUGUGGGCAUGUGUUGAAGGAUGCGAAUUGCAUCAUGAAGCUCCAGCACGCCCACUAAGGCAUGUCAUUACUCUAUGAGAAUCAUUGGAGCAUGGCCAUUGGUGGACAGUCCAGCUGAAAUACAGGAAGCAGGGGGAAAUGACAUGAUAGCAGAGAAGGAUCAGAAAAUCUGACCAAAUUAAAGAUUAUAAAAGGUACUUCUAAAAGUCAUUUUUACACUAUUUAGGGGGGGGGAGCAUUUAGUGACAGUGUGUUUACUGUUGGAGAGGGGGGGAGGGGACGACUCAAGGAUAUGCAUUGUUUUUACCUAUACAGUUCUUUUAACCCUUUCAUGCCGAGAACACACAUAUUCAAUAUAUAUAAAUGCAAUUAAUGAAUAGAACUUUUGCUGUCUUGUUAAGACCAUAUUCAUAAUAAGCCCUAUAUAUUGUAAUUAUACUAGGAAUUCUAUAUAUCAAAGAAGGGAAUAUUGUGUUCUGAUAAAACAAAAAAAAUUCUGUGUUCUGAUAAAAAAAAAAGAUAUUUGCUAAAGCAAAAUGAACAUAAAAACCUUCUUAAUAAUCUAACCAAUAUUAUAAUUUUUAUGAAAAUCUUUCGUUAUAUAUUUGCUAUUUCAUAUGCUAGGAAAUGUUUCUAUCACAUCAUUUUCAAUGUAAAGUUUUCAGGUUUUCUCUUCAAAACUUUCUUUGCAUCAAUAGAGACAUGUAUACUCCAUGUGUCUUAAACACAUGGUUUUUCUGUCAUUCCUCCUGGCUAGGGAAUUGUUAAAGGAGCACUAUAGGGUCAGGAACACAAACAUGUAUUCCCGACCCUAUAGGGUUAAAAUCCACCAUCUAGCCCCCCUGGUCCCCUUCUGCCUCCUUAAAUAUAGACAUCUUACUUGUAUUCAAGUCUGGAGCUGCUUAUUUUGUACCUGUUUCCUUUAGACCUUCCCACUGCCUGCGGUCAUCAGCAGAAGUAGUAGUCUGAUCCAAUCACAAUGCCUCCCCAUAGGAUUGGCAGAUCAAGGGCAGAGCCAGCACAAUUCAAAAACAGCCAUGGCCAACAAGCCCUGGCCAAUCAGAUGAAUUGAAUCAAUGAAUCUCUGAGGAAAGUUCAGUGUCUGCAUGCAGAGGGAGGAGACACUGAAUGUUUGGAUGCAUUUUAGGCAGUCAUGACCCAGGAAGGAUCUCAAACAGCCAUCUAAGGAGUGGCCAGUGAAGUUAUCACUAGGCUGUAAUGUAAACACUGCAUUUUCUCUGAAAAGAUAGUGUUUACAGCAAAAAGCCUGAAGGUAAUGAUUCUACUCACCAGAACAAAUUCAAUAAGCUGUAGUUGUUCUGGUGACUAUAGUGUCCCUUUAAUUUCACCUCUACUUCACUGGGUAAAUGGAAAAACAUGGCUUCUGGCAUCCAUUUUGCAUUAUAAUUCUGAAUAUUAAUCAUUCAUAGUUCUUGCUUGAUAUAGUUAGUAUACCCAACAAAAAAAUAAUAAAAACAAAAUAUAUAUGUGUGUGUGUGUGUGUAUGUAUAUAUGUGUGUAUGUGUAUAUAUAUAUGUAUAUAUAUAUGUAUGUAUAUAUGUAUGUAUAUAUAUAUGUAUGUAUAUAUAUAUAUAUAUAUAUAUAUAUAUAUAUAUAUAAAUAAUAUCUUGGGGUGUGUGUUAACUAAUAGAGAGAUCCAAUCAUCUAAAAUAAUGAAACAAUAUAUUGACACGAGGACCGGGGAACUCCCAUGAGGAACAACAAGGUCAUAUUACCUUGCCCAGCCAGCCAGCCACGCGAGCCCUCUAUGAGCCAAUGCAAACCGAUCAAGGCAAUGGUGACAAAGAAUAAAAGUAACCAUAAAGUCAGAGAAAGGUGGCUUAUCAAGCCAACCGGACAACCCCAUUGUUGCCUUCCCUCCAUUCUUGGGGUGAGGCAGAGGCCAGGCCUGUUGGAAGAGGGGAUUAAAAGAAUAGGGAGAGAGGGGAAAAAAAGGAUGGGAGGGGAGGUGCAGAAUGACGGUCAACAAAUUGGGGUAGGGUUGGUGAUUCGGGCUGCAGGGUAUUUUACUUCUUUGGGUCAAGCUGGUGGGCGGUUGCACAAGAGUCUGUAUCUUAGGGGGUGUUGCUGGUGUGUCACCUGUCGUCUGACUUGUUUCCCAGGUAUGCGCUCUUUCUCCUAUCGUAUCCAUGUCCUUCGUCAUUGCAGAAGGGCCUGAAAGUCUGCUGAUUCAGUGGACAAUAUCCACUUGGUCCAAGUCAACGUUGUAUGCUUGUGAUCUCCCUUCUGCAUGUAGUGUAUGUUCCUCCAUAUGUUGGAACCACAGCGUCAGAGGAGGGAACAUAUACCUCCUCCAAAAAUACGGAAUAAGGCUUUUUGUUGAGGAUUCGUAUGGUCAAGGGUUUUUUGUACACUAUAGACCGCAGCUUAGUGUGGAGGAGAAGGAGCGCUAGUGGUGUGAGGAGGAGGAGGGUCCUCCGCGAACCGACACAUGAUCGUGUUUAUUGUCCCCCAGUUAGAUCGGAUAAGCGGACAGGCCCACCAGAUAUGCAAUAUCUCAUUUGUGCCUAUCUCUCAUUUGCAUUUCCAGCAUGUAUCAUCUAUGGUGGGGCCAUAUGUGUGUAGUAGUUGGGGGUCUUAUACAAGAAGGUCAGCUGUAAUUUACAAGCUGUAUGCCACUAGAAACGGCACCACUGUUCGGUUCAAAACUGCUUCCCAUUUCCCCAUUAAGCCUGGGUUGGGGGGAUUCUUUUUAGCAUAAGAAGCAUGUUAUAAAGGAUAGAGAGACCUUUCUACAUGGGGUCUUUAUCAAUACACAUCUUUUCAAAGUUGGUGAGGUCUCUCACCAGCAAGUGAUUUGAGGGAUAUAGGCAAUAAAUUCAGUGAGUUGUCUGUUGGAAGUGGUGCAUGAAGGUUUCCGUGCCUCCAGUCAGCAGGGCUUCAGUGGGUCCUCUAUAGUCCGCUCUCUACUUACUUGGAAGACCUGUAUCCAGCACAUCUUCAACGGCUCUCUCCUUAAGUACCGGGGGGCAAGGGUGGGAUUAUGGACCCCUCAGGUGAGUACACCAUAACACAAAGUGGCCUUAACUACACUAUCUGUUUCUAAAACUGCAUCGCAAGGUACACCCCUGGGCCUAGGUCAUUAUAGCACCAGGUACAACAUUAAUGAAGUACAAAAUAAAAAAACCCUAAUAUCUUAUUCACUUCAUUGUCGGUGAUGAAUGUGAAACACAGAGAACACAAUCUCAUCCUCCUUACUACAACCAAAUACUACAUACUAAUACAUCUAAUGCAUCCUGAAGCCCAUGAUGCUCCUCAUUAUAAUUCAUGACAACCCCUUGCACAGUCUGAGAUCAGUUUGCAGUACAUGUACAUGAUAAUAGAACACAAUGUAUGUCAUUAUACAUUACUUUAUAAUUCCAGGCCCACUUUCAGGGGUCUGUCCCGCUGUCACACGUUUGUUUGUUUUUUACACUUGCCUUUCUCUCUUCUUGUCUUCUCCUUGUCAAAAAUUCUUCUUUAUUGUGCUCCAAAGCACACUCCUUGGAACGGUUCGUAAACGCGGGAAACUGAAAAUGGGAAUUCAUAAACUGGUAAAUGCUUGUAUAUGAAUGUUUGUGAGACCAAGUGAACUUGAGUCUUUUUCUUUUUUGAGCAUGCUUUCUGCAUGUGUAAGUGUAUAUCUGUGAAAUUGUAAUAGUUGAUGUGUGCCUGCGAGUUUUCACCAAAACAGCUGCUUGUGCCAGGAGCACACAUAUUCUAAACUCUCUACUGGGAUUAUCUCUAAAACAAGUCAUUGAGGAACCAACUCGUAAGGAGGCCAUACUAGAUUUUGUGUUAACAAAUGGAGAUUUAGUAUCAGAUAUUACUGUAGGUGAAAGUUUAGGAUCCAGUGAUCAUCAGUCAUUGUCACACCACAAAAAAACAAAAGUUCGAGUUUUUAGAAAAACAGACUUUUCUAAAAUUAUAAUAUGCGUAAAGGAAUCCUUGUCAGACUGGAGCAGUUUAAAUAGAGUCCAGGAGAAAUGGGAUUAUUUAAAAGUUGCUCUACUGAAAGCAACAGAAAAUUCCAUUAGGCUUGUCAGGAAGUGCAGAGAAAUUAACCCCUUAAAACCGGAGGACGUACAAUUACGCCCUAUUAUAGGCGGCUCUAAACGCCGCCGGGCGUAAUUGUACGCCCUCCGGUUUUUGUUAACUUACCCGGUCGCCGGCGGUCCCACGCCAGCGAUCGCGGUGGGGGGGACUCCCAGGGAGCCUCCCCGCGGCAGAUCCUUCUCCGGUGCUCCCCGGCCAUGUGAGAGUGGGGUCCUAGCGAGGACCCCACAAUCACAUGGCCGGGUAGGCUGCCUCCUGCAUUGCCAGCAGGGGGGCUGCCUGUAAUGACAGGUGGUCCCCCUGCUGGCUGGAAAUAAAAUUAAAAUUAAAUUUAUUGGUGUAAAAAAAAUAAAAAUAUAUACUUAGAUCAUAUGUAUAUAUUGUGUGUAUAUAUAUAUAUACACAUAUACAUACACACACGUACACCGUCUAGGUGUAUUUUACUAUUAAUAUAUAUAUAAUUAUAUAUAUAUAUAUAUUAAUAUCAAAUUACACGUAGACUGAUAUUGAUUAAAUAUAUAUAUAAUUAUUGUUAUAUAUAUUUAUAUAUAAUAUUAAAAAAAAUGUAAAUACGUUAAAAAAUAAAAUUAAAAAAAUAAUUAAAAAUAAAUAAUUAAAAAAUAUAUAGAUGUGUGUUAUUUCGUUCUGUUUUGUGAAAUUAAUAUAUAUAUAUAUAUAUAUAUCAAAAUACACGUAGAACUAAAUAAUAUAUAUAUCUAUAUACAUAAAUAUAUACGUAUAUAUCACUAUAUAUAUACCUAUAUAUAAAUAAAAAUAUUUUUUAAAAAUUAUAUAGAUAUAUACAUAUAUAUACACAUACGUAUAUAUAUACAUAUAUUAAUUCUACAUAUAUAUUUAUGUAAUAUUUUUACAUAAUUAGGUAUCUUAAUUAAUUACAAUUAGCGGGACCUGCCUGACAACCCAUGCCGAAAGUAAAGGGAAUUUAAUUUGCUAGCACUAUAUUUAACCCUAUAACUUUCCAAGACACCAUAAAACCUGUACAUGGGGGGUACUGUUCUACUCGGGAGACUUCGCUGAACACAAAUAUUAGUGUUUCAAAACAGUAAAAUGUAUUACAACGAUGAUAUCGCCAGUAAAAGUGAAGUUUUUUGCAUUUUUCACGCACAAACAGCAUUACACGGACAAUAUUAUUGCUGUGAUACUUUUUACUGUUUUGAAACACAAAUAUUUGUGUUCAGCGAAGUCUCCCGAGUACAACAGUACCCCUCAUGUACAGGUUUUAUGGUGUUUUCAAAAGUUACAGCGUCAAAUAUAAGGCUUGUGUUUCAUUUUUUUCACAUUAAAAUUCGCCAGAUUGGUUACGUUGCCUUUGAGACCCUAUGGUAGCCCAAGAAUGAAAAUUACCCCUAUGAUGGCAUACCAUUUGCAAUAGUAGACAACCCAAGGUAUUGCAAACAGGGUAUGUCCAGUCUUUUUUAGUAGCCACUUAGUCACUACUAUUACUAUUGCAAAUGGUAUGCCAUUAUGGGUGUAAAUUUCAUUCCCGGGCUACUAUACAGUCUCAAAGGCAACGUAACCAAUCUGGCAAAUUUCAAUUUCAAAUGUAACGUGCUAUAUUUGACCCUGUAACUUCCCAAAACGCCAUAAAACCUGUACAUAGGGGGUACUGUCUUACACGUGAGACUUUACUGAAUAUAAAUAUGUGUAUUUUAUUGCAGUAAAAGCAAACAGUAUUAUGACAUUGACCGUUAAAAUGUCAUGUAGAACUAAAAAAAUCCAAAAAAACUAUUUUCUCCCAUUUUUUUCAUAUUAAAUUAUGUUUCAUAGCUAAAUAUUUGAUAUUAAAUGAAAGCCCUGUUUCCCCUGAAUAAAAUGAUAUAUAAUAAGGGUGGGUGCAUUUACUAUGAAAGAGGUGUAUUACGGUUGGACAGACAUGUAGCGCAAAUGCCAGGUUUUGUUUUGUUCACAAUGUGUACAUUUGGCUCCGUCCUUAAGGGGUUAAGAAACCACUGUGGUACUCAGCAGAAGUGGCCAAAAUAGUAGAAAAAAUAAAUUGAAAAAAUAAGCAUUUAGUAAUUAUUUUAAAAAAUAAAAGGUGAGGAAGACAGAUCUAUAAGAUUAGGCAGAAAGGCUAAGCAAGUUAUAAAAGCCUCCAAAGCACACACAGAAGAGAGAAUAGCACAGUCAGUAUAAAGGGGGAUAAAACAUUUUUUAGAUACAUAAAUGAGAAAGGGAAAGUAAAACAAGUAUUGGGUAGAUUAAAACAAAGGAAAGAAGAUAUGUAGAAGAGGUUAACGGUCUGGCUGAUUGUCUCAAUUCAUAUUUUUGUCCAGUGUUUAUAGGUGAAAAUGAAGGAGAGGUACUUCAGUUAGAGGGACACAACAGUCACUAAAACAAUUUUAGCUUAUUGAAGCAGUUUUGGUGUAUAGAUCAUGCCCCUGCAGUCUCAAUGCUCAAUUCUCUGCCAUUUAGGAGUUAAAUCACUUUGUUUAUGAACUCUGUUCACACCUCCCUGCAUGUGAUUUGCACAGCCUCCCUAAACACUUCCUCUAAAGAGUAAUCUACAAUUUAUCCUUCCUUUAUUUAAAGUUCUGUUUCAUUUAGAUUUUCUUAUCCCCUGCUAUGUUAAUAGCUUGCUAGACCCUGUAAGAGCCUCCUGUAUGUGAUUAAAGUUCAAUUUACAGAGAAAGAGAUACACUUGUUUAAGGUAAAUUACAUCUGAUUGAAAAUGAAAACAUUUUUUUUUCAUUCAAGCUGUGUCAAUCAGAGCCAGGGGAGGUGUGACAAGGGCUGCAUAAACAGAAACAAAGUGAUUUAACUCCUAUAUGGCAAUGAAUUGAGCAAUGAGAGGCAUGAUCUACACACUAAAACUACUUCAUUAAGCUAAAGUUGUUUAGGUGACUAUAGUGUUCCUUUAAGAAAAAGCACAAAUGUGUAAUUUGUUACAUGUGAGUUUACAGAGGAAGAGGUUCUAUUUAAACAGUCAAAAGUAAAGACAAAUAAGUUGAUGGGGCCUGAUGCAAUACACCCAAAGUUAUUAAAAGAACUUAGUGGUGUACCAGCAAAACCAUUAACAGAUUUAUUUAACCAAUCAUUGUAAACAGGAGUAGUCCCAAAAGAUUGGAAAUUAGCAAAUGUUGUACCCAUUCACAAGAAAGGUAGUAGGGAGGAGUCUGGCAACUAUAGGCCAGUAAGCCUUACUUCAGUAGUGGGGGAAGUGAUGGAAACCAUGUUAAUGGAUAGGAUUGUUGAACAUCUAAAAUCACAUGGAUUUCAAGAUCCGAGACAACAUGGGUUUACUCCGGGGAGAUCAUGCCAAACUAAUCUUAUUGAUUUUUUUUAAUGGGUAACUAAAAUAAUAGAUCAGGGUGGUACAGUAGACAUUGCUUACCUAGAUUUCAUUAUUGGUUUUGGCACUGUUCCGUAGAAGGCUUAUCAAUAAACUGCAAUCUUUGUUUGGAUUCCAAUAUUGUUGAAUGGGUUAGGCAGUGGCUAAAUGACAUGCGACAGAGGGUUGUAGUCAACGGAGAAUAUUCAAAGCAAGGUCUAGUUACCAGUGGGGUACCUCAGGGAUCUGUACUUGGACCCAUUCUCUUUACUAUUUUUAUUAGUGAUAUUGCAGAAGGGCUUGAUGGUAAGGGGUAUGCCUUUUUGCUGAUGAUACUAAAAUUUGCAACAUGGUUGAUGUUCCAGGAGGGGUUAGCCAAAUGGCAAAUGAUUUAGGUAAACUAGAAAAAUGGUCAGAGCUGUGGCAACUGACAUUUAAUGUGGAUAAGUGCAAGAUAAUGCAUCUUGGGCGUAUAAACCCUAGGGCAGAGUAUAGAAUAUUUGAUACCUUACUAGCCUCAACAUCUGAGGAAAGGGAUUUAUGAGUAAUUAUUUCAGAUGACUAUAAAAGGUUGGUAGACAAUCUAAUAGAGCAGUAGGAAAUGCUUGGUUGUAUAGUGUGAAGUAUUAGUAGUAGAAAGAGGGAAGUGCUCAUGCCAUUAUACAGAACACUGGUGAGACCUCACUUGGAGUAUUGUACAGAGUACUGGAAACCGUAUCUUCAGAAGGAUAUUGAUACUUUAGAAAGAGUUCAGAGAAGGGCUACUAAACUGGUUCAUGGAUUGCAGGAUAAAACUUACCAGGAAAGGUUUAAGGAUCUUAACAUGUAUAGGUUGGAGGAAAGACGAGACGGGGGGAUAUGAUAGAAACAUUUAAAUACAUGAAGGGAAUCAACACAGUAAAGGAUGAGACUAUAUUUUUAAAGAAGAAAAACUAUCAACAAGAGGAUGUAGUCUUAAAAUAGAGGGGCAAAGGUUUAGAAAUAAUUUCAGGAAGGAUUACUUUACAGAAAGGGUAGUGGACGCAUGGAAUAGUCUUCCAGCUGAAGUGGUAAAGGUUAACACAGUAAGGGAGUGUAAGGAUGCAUGGGAUAGGCAUAAGGCUAGCCUAGCUAUAAGAUAAGGCCAGGGACUAAUGAAAGUAUUUAGAAAAUUGGGCAGACUAGAUGGGCCGAAUGGUUCUUAUCUGCCGUCACAUUUAAUGUUUGCCUUAAUUAUUCAUUAUACCAUUAUCCUUUUAAUAUUAAGUGAUAUAGGCACCCAGACCACUUCAGCUUAAUGAAGUGGUCUGGGUGCCAGGUCCAUCUAGGAUUAACCCUGCCUGCUAUAAACAUUGCAGUUUCAGAGAAAGUCUAGUGGCUGUCUCAUUGAUUUUCACAGUGAGAAGAUGCCAGCGUGGGGGCACCCUCAGGGCACUAUAGUGCAAGGAAAAAGAGUUUGUUUUCCUGGCACUAUAGUGGUCCUUUAAAUAGUUUUAUUUAUUGUAAAAGCCAUUUGACGUAAAUAGUCAAACUUCCUGUAACGCUUAAUGUGUGACUGUAAUAAGUUAUUGUAAUAAAAAAUAAAACCGGUGGGGGUGGGGCCUGACUUCCAAGAUGGCUGGACAUAAUCUUUAGCAGCAUCUGCUGCUAUCAGCCUUUUCCACUGAAAACCAAUUUAAAUCAAAGAAUGGGGACUCUUACCCCCACUGCAGGAGCAGUUUCAAUACGUGCUGUUCUGGUAACCUCGUGGUGACCCAAAGAUGGCUCAAUGAAGCACUCACCAACUCAAGCAGGUUUGGAAAACAUCGAGGCCAAGUUUGAUCAGCUAUGCCUGCAGUUCUAGACUUGAAUUUCUUGCUGCUCUCCUGUCACACCGCUGAUUCCAGCUGCUACUCCGGCUCGCUAUUUUUCUUGUGGGGUGUGAGCCCAUGUGGUGCUACAUCCACCCAGCCGUCCACAACCCACAGGAGUGCUUUCUAUCCCGGAGACCCAGAGGGUCCUGCCACGUGGAUAGAGAGAAUCCCUUGAUUAAUUUGAGGUGCAGCCUCAAAUUAAGGCCUAGUUUCAAGGGGGUGAGGAGGCCCGGCAUAACAGUUUGACUUUGCGACUUCUGUGUAAAGCUUGCUGUAAUUAUGUAAACAGGAUGAGGGGUGAAGCAAUUGCCUUCUUUGAGACGCAUCAUCUAUUAUCCUAUGUGUGGUAUCGGAUGACUGGAUGAGGCUAGCUUCUACACUAGAGCAAUUAGUUCCUAAUACUGCAGUGAUUUAUGUUAUGUUUUUGUCUUAUGACUCUAAUUGUGUUUUUCCCACCCAGGAUCAAAUUAGUCCAAAUCUCUUGUUUUAGCAACACUUCUACUAAGUUUAACGGUAGUUUAGAAAGUCUUCUCUACCAACAAGGUGAAAAUCACUCUGUCUAGAUUAAUUAUCUAACCUGUUAAAUUUUUGGGAGAAAUGUCCUGUUUAUUCAGUCCCCCAUGUAGUCCUCUACUGUAUAACCACUGUAAAGUGAUUAAGGAAACCCCUUGCAUGGGGAACCACAUAAAUACUGGAGCUGUGAAUAAAAUCAUCAGUUGACUCCCAGAACUGUGUUUCGUCCGGUUAUUGGGGGAUUUGGGAUAUUGCUUUCAUUUCCAGCGCUUCACUUGGAUUAUUUUCUGUACCAGCGGAGAUAUUGGGAUUUAACAUUGCAGCUCCGCUACAGUUUGCAAAUGCUGUUGUGGCAUAGCAGAAUUGUUAGUAUUCAUUUGCAUUACAAAAAAAAAGUCAAAAACAUGUGGGCAGUCAGUACAACAUAUAUAUUUUGCAAGAAUCUGGCACAAAAAUGCGCACGUGUUAACUAGGAUUUUGAGGGGACUUCUAAAGCCUAGAUGGAAGGGUCAAAAAUACUUCCACUGAUAUACAUAGUUUUCAACCUCCAUUAAUUUGGAUGUCCUAAUUAACAGCUCCAUAUAGUUCUGCCAGUGAAAACCUGCAGAAUUUAUAUGCUUUCAAAAAGGAAAGAGUAGGUCUGCCUUGAUAGUGAGUUGUUCUGUUGUUUGUUACCCAUGACAGUGACUUGUUCUGUUGUUCGUUCAGGAAGACAAUAUAGAAAGAUCCAGGUUAAGAGGAAUAGCAUAUGAUAUUUUAAACCUACCAUUUCCUUCUGAUAAACCCUGGGUGUCGAUGAAAGGGCAUUCGAUGCCACAUCAAUUUAAUACUUUUAACAUCCUUGAAGGCAAUUGCCAGACUUCCACACUAGUAAGUACUAUGGCAGUAGCCAGGUCUCCUCAACUAUUUUAGUAUAAAGGGGGACACUGUAGCGAACAAAAAUUGGAGAGGUGCCCAGACCACAGAUUACUUAACUAAUAAAGGUAAAUUUUUUUAACUAUCUGUUAAACGUAGAGAAACAAAUGAAUAAUUUUUUUUUUUUAAAAAGGGAUAGUUUUUAAUCUAUUAUGAACCAAAGUAUUUACAAGUGUGAAUGGAGACAAUGAAAACAAAGUUUAGUAAAUAGCAAAUAAAAAAUAAUUAAAAAUUGUGUGUAUUGGAGUGAAAGUCUUAAUAUUUGUGAGGACAGAGCCUCAAUCAAAUUGUAGUGGAGUACUUGACAUGGAGGCAAUAAUGGCUCUGUAUCUGCCCAAUAAAACUGACUCAGUGUGCAGGCUUAAAAAGACUACAUGGAAAAGAAAAGAAAAACUGUAAGUAGACGUAAGGUAAAUGUGCCUUAGCAUACAAUGAUCGGUACUCGGAUAGUCUAUUACUAUAAAGACUGGCUACAGAGUAUUAAUCCUGAAUGAAGCGCUGUGCCUCCUCCGUCCACUGAACCGUAUUGGGUAGUCUAUAUUGAAGAGACUAGCUUGCUAAGAGAUACUUCCGAACAGAGAUCUGCUCUAAAACUAGAGUAACUUAAUAUUUCUUAAAUGAAGCACUCCGGCUCAUCCGUCUGCUGUCGUAUUAAGACAGGCUAUGUCUGAGGCUUACUUGCCAAGAGGUACUCCAAACAAAGAUUAGCUUGCCCUAUCCUUGAAUAGUAUUUAGAAGGUAGACAUCAUAAUUCUAAAUUCCCCCACUGAAAAAAUGACUCAAAAACCAUGGUGCUCAGUGCUAUCAACUAAUGCUGUGCUAAAAGUGAAAGUCAGCCUUUCCCAUGUAGGCUUUUCUCAAUAUAUUAUAAGGUGAGGGUUCAGCUGUACUCUAAUAGUAGUUUAUCACUGCCUUAUAACGUACAGCUAUCUCUACAUAUAUGGAUCUACUCUGUAGGUUAGCUCAUCUCAAUAGACUGUGUAUGUUGAUAGAAUAUUUGACAUAAAUGUGAGGUCCACAAUACAGGAUGUUACUUUUUUCAAUCAAGCAAUAACUGAGUCUAUCCUUCUCUGUUCAUUUGAAUAUUUAAGUUACAUACAGACUUUAUAAGGACUUUUGCUACCUUUUUGAAUAAUUUUGGUUCCAUCUAUAGUAAAUAUAUUUCUUGGGGUCAGGAGCUACAAUAAAAUCUAUAUAUACUAUUUUUAGUAUUUAAUUGACAGCCUAUCACGCCCCUUAUCUCGUCUUUAUUCAAUUUCCCCCUGGGUGGUUACUAUAGAGUCUAUAUCUCUUUAUAGCUCUUUUUAAUAUGUAUAUACAAUAUAUGUUUUUUCUUCCAGUUAAUAAAUAAAAUUUACUCUAUUAUAUGCUUUACAUAUAUCAAGCAACCUUUUUGUGUGCCCAAAGUGACCUUGUCCCUUGGACAUACACUUUAUUAUAAAACUUAGGGUUACCCUCUGCUCAGGUUUGCUUAUACACACUGUAGUCCCUGUGUGGGACACUUCGUUUUUUUAUUAAUAAAAAUAUACUUAGUAUGAUAUAGAUAUAAUAUACGCCCGGGGGGAGGGGGGGCCAGAGCCAGCGCCCCUGCGAGACGGUCGCAUCCUCAGCAAGCUCCGAGCCACCGGCUGAUUAAACGGCAAAUAUACCGACCCACUGGGCACAUACAAAGCCAAAGCCGAGCUCCACUGGGUCCAGUGAACAUGGGGCGCCGCUCAAAAAAGCAGCAAGCGGAUCCCAGGAUCGGCUGCCGAGAUAUAGGAAGCUUAUUCAGACAGCCGCAGCACCCCAUGCAGCCCAAAAUGGCGCCGACCGCGGCCUACUCCACGGCUUCGUCGGAAGCUGAGAGCCACCAGAGGAUGAUUUCCCUGCCACAAUACCAACCACGCUGCCCACAUAAUCACGGUAUGUGGGACUUGGGGAUGCUGCUCCCUCGACUAAGGCAAAUAUUAAAGCCUUAUUGCAGGACCUUAAGGCCAUGUUCCAAGCUGACAUAGCAGUGGUGAGAGAGGACGUCGCCAAGGUGACAGGCAGUGGAAGGGGAGCUGGGAGGUACACAUUUGGCACAAUCAGCCACAGAUACUGCGCUCCAUACCCUGCAAAAGAAAUGUGGUGAAAUGAGCCAGCGACUGGCAAGUCUAGAGGACAGGGCCAAAGCUUGCAAUAUAACGAUACAAGGCAUACCUGAAUCCAUCUCACCACACUGCUAACGCUUAAGCAAGCCAAGCAAGCUGCAACUGACCAAUGCCAUCGAUUGCCCAAGGUGCCCCCAGAGGCCCCUAGGGACGUGCUCCUGCAAUUUCAAAGGGACUCUGACAAGUCUGCAGUCCUGGGAACCACGAGAGUAUCUCCCUCUCUGUCUUUUGAGGGCUCGCAGCUGUCCUUCUACAAGGACCUUUCAAGAGCAACCAUGCAAUGGAGGCAAUCACUCCGCUCCACUACAAAGCUUCUGAGAGAGGCUGAAAUCCCGUACAAAUGGGGCCCAUACCACCUAGUGGCAGAGAAAAGCGGUAAGAAGUUCCCACUCUUGCAACUCCAAGAGGCACCUGCCUUCCUCCAAGCACUGGGAGUCUCAACGGAAACCUUAUCACCACGGAACAGAAGAACACGGGCAGUAGAGGAAAUACCUCCAUUUGUCCCAAGGCAUGCACUGGCUGGGUCGGCGGACCCUCCAGCUUGACACCGUCUGAACUAUCUGUUUCCUUCAUGUCAUAAUUGACAGUUAUAGAAUUUCUUUCUCCUGAAGUUUUGUUAUUAAGUUCUGUUAUUAUUUGUCUGGCUCCGUAGGAAAAUUUGCUAAGCCGUAGCACCACCAAAAAUCCCUCCCCCCCACUUUCUUACCCCUAUUAAUGCCACGCUUGUACCAGCCUUUGUUUAAGCUCUUGGCCCACACACAGCGCAACAUAAAUCCUCAUGAUGCAACCCGACAACAGAUAGCGCCUUAACCCCUUAAGGACACAGCUUCAGAAGCUUGACUUACGCUUAAUGACACAAGCAAUUUUUUCAUUUUCUUGCUGUUUGCGUUCAACUGCAAUUUGCAUCUCUCUCAUUUAUUGCACCGACACAUAUUAUAUACUGUUUUUUAAAGGACAGAAAGGGCUUUAAUUUGAUAUAACAUAUAUAUAUAUAUAUAUGCUUACUUAUUAUAAAAAAAAUACAGAAAAAUGCAAAAAAAAUGAAAAAUAUUGUUUUUUUUUUACAGUUUUUGCAAUAAUAAUGUGUGCAUAAUUAGUGCAGGUUAAGGAAAGUAAUUAAAAAUAAAUUUAUUUGUUCUGAUUUACAGAAUAUAUAAUGUGUCUGGGAUUUUAAGUUUUUUUUGGUAGUUACAGGUCACAAAGCACAAGGAGUAAAAUAAAAUUUUAAUGUGGAGCGAUUUUAGAAUUUGGUAUGUUUGUCUUGUAAGCUUAAUAGCCAUAAAAGAAAACAAAAUUGCCACACAAAAGUAUAUAUUUAUAUAAAGUAGACAUCACGGGCUAUUUACCUAAGGUUGUUUUGACACUUUCUACGUAGCCAUAUUACCGCCAACCUCUGCUAAAUAUUGGAGUAAAAUUGUGUUCUUUUUGGUUUUUGGCACACAAACUUAUAACAGAGAAAUUCUCGUGUAUAUUUUGUAAAGUUGGUGUGUGCUAUUCCUGUACAAAGUUUUAUUUUGUGUUCAGUUACAUCUGCUGAGUAAAAUGACACCCCCAUUGUAUGUCUUUUGCACUAUUUCGUGAAGUUACAGUGCCAUACAGGAUACCUGUCCUUUUCAGUAUUCACAGUAGAAUUUUGAGAGAUGAAUUUAAUGAGCCUUAGCUUCCAUUUGGGGUAUUAUAACAGUUUGACUGUUCAAAAAACCCCCACAAAGGCCUACCAUUUGUAAAAGUAGACACUCCAGGGUAUCUUAUAAGGUGCAUAUUGUGCCUUAACAUGCCCCCAUUUUUUCACCAAUAUAUGCCAAAGUAUGUGGUAAAAAAAAAUUUUGUGCAUUUUUUACAUACGGAUUGCAUUUUUGCUGGGCGUUUUGUAUAUUUCAUAUGUGCCACUAAGUUCAAACCCCCCAAAUUAUGCUCAGCUAAGUCUUCUGAGUAAAAUGACACCCCAUAUGAAUGUCUUUGGCACUAUUUCGUGAAGCUACAGUGCCAUAUAGGAGACCUGUCCUUUACAGUAUUCACAGUAGAAUUUUGAGAGAUGGAUUUAAUGAGCCUUAGCUUCCAUUUGGGGUAUUAUAACAGUUUGACUGUUCAAAAAACCCCCACAAAGGCCUACCAUUUGUAAAAGUAGACACUCCAGGGUAUCUCAUAAGGUGCAUAUUGUGCCUUAACAUACCCCCAUUUUUUCACCAAUAUAUGCCAAAGUAUGUGGUAAAAAAAUUAUUUUGUGCAUUUUUUACAUACGGAUUGCAUUUUUGCUGGGCGUUUUGUAUAUUUCAUAUGUGCCACUAAGUUCAAACCUCCCAAAUUAUGCUCAGCUAAGUCUUUUGAGUAAAAAUACACCCCCAAUGAAUGUCUUUGUCACUAUUUUGUGAAGCUACAGUGCCAUAUAGGAGAACAAGCCAUAUCCGUUUUUACCAAACUUUGAAUUUUGACGCUGGGCCUAUGUGCAAUUUCCAAGCAUCUUCGCAGGUUUUAAAUUCAAUCUACCCCACAAAGGCCUACCAUUUCUUAAAGUAGACACCCCAGGGUGUUUCAAAAGGUAUAGUUUGAACCUUAGCGUGGGAUCAUUUUUCCGCUAGCUUGUACCAGAUGUAGUGGUAAUAAGCAUUUUUUCUGCCUUUUGACAUACAAAGUGAGUUUGCACAGUAUAUUUUGCAAACCUUAUGUGUGCUACGACUGUAUAAUACUUCAUAUGUUGCUCAGCUAUGUCGGCUGAGUACAGCAAUACCCCCGUAUGUACCUUUGCCAGGUAUAUGUGGAUGCUAAAGGGGCGCAUUUGAGACGCAGCCAUUCAGUUUUUUUCUAACUUUGAAGUUUUACGCUGUGUCCAUGUUCCAAUUUGGAAUAGUUUAGACGGUUGGUUAUUGAAACUUCCCCACAAACACAUACUAUUUAUUAAAGAAUACACCCUGGGGUAAUUCAAAAGGCAUAUUUUGAACCUUGGCGUGGGAUAAUUUUUUCUCUAGUUUGUUCCAGGUGUAGUGGUAAUGAGCGUUUUUAAAAUGUAUUUUUUUACUUUUUAUAACUUUUUUACUUUUAAAAACUAGUUUUUAAACUUUUGUUUUGCUUAUAAAUUUUUUUUAAACUUUCCUAAACUUUCUUAAAACUUUUUUACAGAUUUAACAUUUUUCUAAGCUAUUUUUUUUACUGUUAACCCCUAACUAGCAGUACGCAGCACUAACAGUAAAUUCCCCAUUUUCCCAUAACUCCCACCCACCCCAGCUAGCAAAAUAUAUAGUUAUAAAAUAUUUAAAUUAAUUAAUUAAAUAAAUUGAACCCCUGAGGGUUAAAAAAAUAAAUAAAAGUUAAUCCUCAGGGGUUAAAAAAAAUUAGAUCACAGUAUAAUACUGUGAUCUCUAUUUGAUCGCUGUAGGCAGUGAUCGACUGGCAGGGAAGGGGUUAAUUUUUAUUUGGACUAGGUAAAGUGUGUUUUUUUGUUUUUAUUACUUAAAUGUUAUUAAAACAUUUUUUUAAGCUUAAUUUUUAACUUUUUAAAGUUUCUUUUAAAACUUUUUUUUAACGUUAACCCCUAGUUAGCCUAACGCCAAAUCCCCCAAUUCCCCACUAACUUCCACCUACCCCAGCUAUCUAAAUAUAUAAUUUAAAAAUAAGUUAAUUAAUUAAUUUAAUUAAUUUAACCCCUGAGGGUUAAAAAAAAAAGAAUUAACCCUCAGGGGUUAAAAAAAAAAAUCAGAUCAUAGUAAAAUGUAAUCCCUGCCAAUUGAUCACUGUAGUCAGUGAUCAAUUGGCAGGGAAGGGGUUAAUUUUUUAUUAAAAUGGGUAAGGGGGGGGACACUUUAAAUAAACUUUAUUUUUUUAAACAGCAGGGGGCAGGAUCAGCACUGAUCCGGCUCCCUGCACUUCACACAGAACCCGGAAGUGCAGGGAGCCGGUAGGUAAGUAUUCAGAGCACAUGUGCUCGCUCCGACUUGUGGUCAGAGCGAGCACAUGUGCUGGGCAGCUUGACCGGGUGCUCCCGGUAUGCCUCCAAUGCAGAGGCAUACCGGGAGCACCAUUAACCCCGCGAUCGCCGCGAUAGCUGCGAUCCGGGGUUAAUUUUACCGCGUGACGGACAAGGUCCGUCACCCGUCGUUAAGGGUCUCCCCUGUGUGACGGACCUCGUCCGUCACCCGUCCUGAAGGGGUUAAGGACGGAGCCAAAUGUACAAGUUGUGAUCAGAAUAAAAUGUAAACAAACCACUGAAUUUGACUCUGUCUGUUCAACUAUAAUUUACCUCUUUCAUACUAAGUGCACCCACACUUAUUAUAUAUCGGUUUGUUCAGGGGAAACAGGGCUUUCAUUCCAUUCAUAUAUAGAACUCCAUUUUAUAUGAAUAAAAUCUAAAAAAAGUUUUAAAAAAUUAAGAAAUUUUGAUAUUUUUCAAUUUCUGCAUGUCAAUUUAACUGAUAAUGUCACAAUACUGUUUGUUUUACUGCAAUAAAACAUACAUAUUUGUAUUCAGAAAUGUCUCAUGAGUAAAACAGUAACCCCCAUGUAUAGGUUUUAUGGUGUUUUGGAAAGUUACAUGGUCAAGGUCAGGGAAUCCAGGGAAAUCAAGCAAACAAACUGCAAAAGUACCAUACAGAGUGAUUUAGUUCAGCUCUGUAUGGUAGACUUUGAAACAGUCUGUUAUGCAGAGGGCGGGUAGGGAUGGACAGGAGGGGCAAUAAUAACUGGAGUCCUUUCGGACUCCUCUUUUACAGCAAAUACGGCAUUUUCGAUGGGGUGACCUUUUACAGGGUGUGGGGGGUAUUCGGGAAGGGAAAUGUUUGCUGAAAAGUCGUUGGACAUCUUCUGAUUCCAAAGGAGGGUUAGGAUUUGGGGUCUGGGCAAAUAUAAUUUGAGACAAAAUUUGGACCAUAAACUCUAGAAAUGGGCAUGGUCUACCUAUGGCUUCCUUUUUAUAAAGCACAUAGGCAUUGAAAAUUGCAAUCUGGUUUAUGUAAAUUGCAAUUUUCUUGUACCAGGUCCUACUCUUCCGGUUCACCAGAUAGGGCUGUAUGCACUGAUCAGCCAAGUCUACUCCCCCCAUAAACUUGCUGUAGUCAACAAUGCACUUCGGCUUCUCCAGCUGCUCAGUUCCACCUCUCACAGACACUGGCACUGAAGUUUUGUUGUGCAUUGUAGACAACAUGUACACAUCUUUCCUAUCGGUGAAGCGAAGGGCAUGCAACUCAUCCUGGCAAAGCGCUGAAAGGGAGCCUCUACUGCAUCUACCUCUUGCCAGGGUUUGGGGGAAACCUCUACGAUUCUUACGCACUGUGCCACAGGGUACGUUCUCAAAGCAAAAUAGAGUUUUAAAUAACUCUAUGCUUGUGUAAUAGUUGUCAACCCAUAGCAUGUAUCCCUUAUUUAACAAGGGAAGGAUUAGGUCCCAUACUAUCUUGCCACAUGUACCCACAGAAACAGGGCAUCCUGGUGGGUCAAGAUGGCUAUCCUUCCCCUGAUAAAUACGAAACGCCCAUGUAUAUCCAGAUUUUGAUUCACACAAUUUAUAACAUUUUACUCUGUAUCGGGACCGUUUAGAAGGGAUACUGUUUAAAAAGUAAUCUACCCUUAAAUUUCAUUAAGGACUCAUCUAUACAAAUAUUUUCUUCAGGGACAUAAUUUUGGGAGAAUUUGGGGCCGAAUUUUGUACAGCCUGUCAAACAAUGGGUCGUUUCUUGGGGGGCACAGUGUAUUGUCGUUAAAGUGGAGGAAACGCAGCAGGGAAAAGAGGGGUAGCCAGGAUGGGGUGCUUGUACCAGUAGGACCUGAUACUCGGCUUUUUGAUAAUGCCCAUAACUAGUUAGGGCCCAAAAUUUGCACAUUUCUGCGAGAUCCGUGGGGUGCCACAUAUUACGCCGAUUGUAAUGUGACCCCGGAUUCGCAGUCAGAUAUUGGUUGGCAAAUAAAUUGGUUUGCUCAACCAAUAACUGAAAUACUUCCUCUGACAUGAACAAAUCAAAAUAUUUUAGGGGCUCUCAAGCAUAACAGUGAUGCCAGGGGUUGCCGUAAAUGGGGGAAUAUCUGGGGCCAUCAGGUUUGGGGGCACUCAGUCUCCUUCUGGCAUUGGGCUUGCUGAGCGUCCUCUUGUUGUUGGUGGUGGUGGGGCACCAUCACUAGAGGAGUCAGUCAUAGCCUCAAUGUCAGAGGCAGUGAUAGUGUCACAGUCUUGCAGAGUGUCACUAUCACUGCCUGCCAGAAUGGCGUACGCCUCCUCGGCCGAGUAGCAACAUGCCAUUCUAGGGGGUCUACUGAAUAAUUAAUCCAAAAAAUCUAAGGGGGAAAUUACAAAAUUCCUACCUGCCUAACACCCUACUACCCACCCUCAAAAACUCACAAAAAAUAAAAUAAAUGUACUGAUCGCAGUUUAGGCUGCUGCGACCAGUACAGAAAGGUAUAAUUAUUUUAUUUUGUUUUUUUAAUAAAAAUAACCCCCCCAAAAAAGUCAGCCUGAUCAGAGAGCCUUCUGAUCACAGUGGAUCACUGGUGCAAUACUGUACAGUACAGUGAUCACAGCAGCGGGGAAAGGUUAAGGGUGAUUUGGGUUGCUGCGGCUGACAAAGGCUGACAAAUAUUUUUUGACCCUAAAAAAAUAAAAAUAAUAGUACAAAUGUACUAAAAUCCCUAAACAGGCUGAUCACAGUGUUAAAUGCUGUGACCAGCACUGGAAGGGUUUAUUUUAUACAGUUCUUUCUCCUACAGGGCUCUCCAGCAACGAUCUCUCUGCCUCUCUCUCUCAGAUCGAAGUGAGGUGAGGAGAGGGGCAGAGACAAUGUGUCAGCCAGUGAUUUAAAAUCAUUGGCUAUAACAUUGUAACAGUGAUCGCAGUUAAUGGCUGUCACUGCGAUCACAAACUGCAGAUCACCACGGAUUGGCCAUAGGGGACCUGCCUGGGUUGCCAGGCAGGUCCCCCCACCGUGAUCUGCAGUUUGGGAGGGAUCAGGGGAACCUAGGUGGUCUUAAACGCUGCGGCGUGCAAUGCCACCGUGAAGGCGUUUAAGCCCAUUAACACCGGGACGGCAUAGCACACCGUAACAGCGUUAAUGGGUUAAACGCAGAGGAUGUAAUGCUUAUUAUUUACAGUUAUUUUUAUCUUUUUUUUUCAAGUUGACCGUUAAGCUCAUAAUUCUUACACCUAAAAAACCUCAUGUCGCAUAUACCAACAUGAUGUUAGGUGGCUACGCAUUAAUGGCUGCUGUUGUAAUCUAUAACCUGCUUAAACUCUGUUCCAACUGCUUAUGACACUGUAAUGCAAUCUAAACUAUGUACAUAUGCGAUGUGAACAAAAAUAAAGAAUUACAAAAAAUAUAUAUAUAUAUAUAUAUAUAUAAAUAUAUAUAUAUAUACACCCUGUUCCAAAUUAUUAUGCAAAUUAUAUUUUUCUAAUUUACCUAAAUAAUUGAUGUAAAUAACAGUCAGCAUAAUUAUCAUGUUAUCAACUAAUAAGAGUACAAUUCAAAUUUUAUUGAACAAACCUAAUGAUAGUAUUUUUUUUUAAAACAUAAACUUACAAUGCAUUGUUCCAAAUUAUUACGCACAGCAAGGUUCAAAACACUUUAUAGGUUGUAAAGAACUGAAAAUUGUCAUUUGUUGUGUUUGCGGAAUAUUUACUGAAAUCAAAAGCUAUUUCAAUCAAACGUAUAACAACAUUUUAACUUUUUAAACAUUUUAACAGGUCACGUUACAUUUUAACAUAGGACCCCUUAUUUGAUAGCAGCUUCACAAGUCUUGCAUCCAUUGAACUUGUGAGUUUUUGGACAGUUUCUACUUUAAUUUGUUUGCAAGAUGUCAGAAUAGCUUCCCAGAGCUGCUGUUUGGAUGUAAACUGCCUCCCACCCUCAUAGAUCUUUUGCUUGAGGAUGCUCCAAAGGUUCUCAAUAGGAUUGAGGUCAGGGGAGGAUGGAGGCCACACCUUGACUUUCUCUCCAUUUAUCACCAUAGCAGCCAUUGAUGCAGAGGUAUUAUUUGCAGCAUGAGAUGGUGCAUUGUCAUGCAUGAAGAUGAUUUUAUUGCAGAAAAAAUAGUUCUUCCUUCUGUACCAGGGAAGAAAGUGGUCAGUCAGAAACCCCACAUACUUUGCAGAGGUCAUCUUUACACCUUUCGGGGAUCCUAAAGGGGCCGACCAGUUCUCUUCCCAUGAUUCCGGCCCAAAACAUGAUUCCACCACUGCCUUGCUGACGUUGCAGCCUUGUUGGAACAGGGUGGCCGUCCACCAACCAUCCACUACUCUGAAACUGCUAUGCUUAUAGAAAAAAGGGUAAAACCUAGCUGGACCCGGCACCCAGACCACUUCAUUAAGCUAAAGUGGUCUGGGUGCCUAUAGUGGUCCUUUAAGCAUAAUUCCAUUAUAUAUCUUGAUGUAUUAAUGAUUUCUGCUUUGUUCAAAACAAUAAAAAGAUAACUAAAUAAAUCUUUAUCAAAUGCUCACAUUGACUGUGUUGGAAUUUCACUGAAAUCCUUAUGCAGUCAAAAGAUAUGACAAAGUAGGGACUACUUUGUGUUAGUAUUUUUCCUACACCUGACAAAAGACAGAGCGCUAACUUUGUCCAGUUUUGCCAUUUCCUCAGCCGUCACCAUUGAUAGCUGUAGGGUUUCUGGUGAGUAUAAUCAUUCCCUUCAGGCUUUUUGCUGUAAACACUGUCUUUCAAGACAAAAUUCAGUGUUUACAUUACACGGGCCACUCCUCAGAUGGCUACUAGGGGUGCUUCCUGGAGAGGUGUGCAGCACUGACAUUCAGUGUCUCCACCUUCUGCAUGGAGACACUGAACUUUCCUAAUAGAGAUACAUUGAUUCAAUGCAUCUCAAUGAGGAGAUGCUGAUUGGCCAGGGCUGUGUUUGGCUUGUGCUGGUUCUACCCCUGCUAUGCUCUUGACAUCUCAGCAAAUCCAGUGAUUUACUAUGUGAAAGCAUUGUGAUUGGCUCAGAACACCACUUCUUAUGUCAGUCAAGCAGGGUUAUCCGGGGCAGAGCCAGCAGCAGCAGACUUGAUUUAAGAUUUUGCUAUAUUUAGGGGCAAGUGGGGGGCCAGGGUGGCUUUAACACUAAAGGGUCAGGAAUACAUGUUUGUGUUCUCCCCCUUCUCUACCACACAGAUUUUUAUGUUUGUACUGCUUACAUGGAUUUGAAGUGUUCAUGGCACCUGGAUACUGUAUGUGCAGCUUUUUCCUUUGAAACACUGAAAACAUAGAGGUUAACCCCUUAGCUGCCGGACAUGUAACUCCACCUCUUGCUGUAUCAGUUGCCAGCCCAGAAAAAGUCUGUGUAAAAUUUGUCAGCAUGCUAGUGCCAGUGAGUCAAUGGCGGUACCUUUAUGAAAAGUUUUUUUUUUUGUUUAGAUUAACCCUUUGAAUUUCAGUAAACACAAUUAAAAUUUGUUUAUAUAUAAUUAUUUUUUGUUUCCCAUUCUAGACUCAAAAAAAAAGACUGAUUCUGAUAAACUGCUAGAAGAUUAAGCAAAAUCCUGGAAAUGUAUCAUCAAUAUUGGAGUCUUGGAAUCCUGUGUAUAUAUUUUGCAUACUGGUUGUUCACAGAGGAAAUAUUUACUGUUUUGUGUUACCUUAAAUGCAGCAUUUCUUUUUACUGUUUUUAAACACCCUAAUGGAUAACAUAGUGUAUGUAAACGUGAAUAAAAAAGGUUGCCCAAACACA